AUGGGUCGACCAAGCAGUGGGCACUUUUUUGGCAGCAAGUUCAGUGCUGCCCUCUCUCAACAAUGUUAUAAUAACGUUGCAUUGCCUUGGAAUUUCAGUAAAAUUUCAAUGCAAUCUUAAUCGGUAUUUCAUAAACAUUAUAACUUUAUGAAAUACUGAAAAGUGACAGAUCCGCUUUAAAGGGACAGUACUAGCACCAAAAUAACCAUAGCUUAAUGGAGUGGUUUUGAUGUAUAGAUAAUGAUCCUUCAGUCUCAUUGCUUAAUUCUCGUAAGUAUCAAAUGCUGCAUAAGUGUCAACCUCAUCACUAUGCGUAACUUCAGAGUACCAAAACUGCACACUGUCUUUGUGCACACUGAUUUAUUACUGAACACACUACAACAAGCCACUUGCAAAGUUCAAUUAAGCCGAAGUAAUUUAAUUUAGAUAUGUUUGUUUGUAAAUGUCACUGGUUCCAUUUUCUCAUUCCAAAUGGUUUGUUUAGAUAGAUCUCAGUCAAGUGUGACUUUUGUUCAUGGAACAACUAAUGAAAUUGUAGUUAUUAUAACUGCCUAUAUAGAAAUCAAUAAUACAAUGGUAAAAGAUUGCUUGUGUAACAUUUAUAUGUAAAAACUAAAAUGGAAUGGGUGGUUCUGACACAUUGCCGUGUGAAGACAUGAAGCAUUUACCUUUCUUUAGCACAUUUGCAUUAAAAAAUUAUAUUCUACUUACUUUGAUUUUUUUUGUAGUUAUAGUUAGAAACAUUCAAUAUGUAUCUAUACAUUGAGGAUUAUUAUUUUAAGGCAGUUCAGUGUGAUAAGGUUGCUCUAUGAUUCGAGUAUGUAACUGGAACAAUGCUGUAGUUUUGAAGAUUUGUUUUGUAUAUAUCAGCUCUGGAGUGUAGUAGUCUUGUUUGGAUUCUUGACCCUUAAAGGUACACUAUAGACACCAAAAGCAACUUUAGCUUAAAGAAGCAGUGUUGGUGUAUAGAGCUUGCCCCUGAAGUCUCACUGCUUAAUGCUCUACCAUUUAGGAGUUAUAUCAAAUUUGUUUUUCUUUUGUGCAGCCCUGUGAGUGAUACAGCCUGCAUGAAAAAAAAAGGUUUUCAUAUUCAGUCAGAUGUAACUUGCUUUAAAAGUUUGUAUCUCCUGCUUUUUAUAUUGCACUUUAAUUACACACUGAAGGCUCUUGCAGGGACUAGGAUGCUAUUAACAAGGCAGGAGAUAAGACAUUCUAAAUCACACAGCAUUUGCAAUAAAGGAAGUGUGAACAUUAGAUGACUCUUUACAGGAAGCACAGGAAGGCUGUGUAAGUCACAUCCAGUAGGUGAGACUAGUGUUGCAUUUAACUCCUAAAAAACAGAGAAUUGAGUAGUAAGACUACAGGGGCAUGAUCUAUACACCAAAACUGUUUAAUUAAGCUAAAGUUAUUUUGGUGACUAGAGUGUCCCUUUCAGUCACCCUCCUGUUUCCUACCUUUUAAGUGCAGGACGGUGACUUUCCCUGGGUCCAGUGAUGGCUCAGGUUGAUGGGAGUCAGAGUUCACACUCUGACUCCCUCUGCUUCCUCCCGCGUGGGCUCUGUGUGUUAGCUGGGAGGAGUGACAGGCAGUCAUUUCCAUCCAGCGUGUGAUCUCAUCACAGAGGGCCAGGUCGCGCUGUUAAAUCGCCUCUGCGCUGACCGGACCCCCUGACAAUCCAUCUCCAUUGGGUGGCCCUUACAGCAUGGGCCACCCGAUGGACCCCUUGAACGGCAGCCCCAGCAGUUUUCCGCAUGGGCCAGGGCCGCAAAAGAUGGCGGCGGGAACCCGGUUGCAGGGGUCUGCAAGGCGGCCAGGCCCUCUGUAGUGAAGGGCCCGGUCACAGCUGUGACCCCUGUACGCCAGUGCUUCCAGAUAUCCAUUUGAGGCACUUCCUGGUCCCUAAUGGAGUUUCACUCUGUGAAACAACAUUGGACGUCUUAAUAGGAUGUCUAAUGUCUUAAAAUUUCCCAUAAGAAAGCAUUGAUUUAAGACUUUCCUAUGGGGAAGCUUUAAUGCAGGCGGCGCUUUCCUCGAAUGUGCAUUAGGUCCCACCAUAGCCAUGUUGACGUGGGAAGAGGACACAUAGGCAGCACCGGGGGAGCCUCCGCGCUGGAAAGUGUUAAAGGAAACAAGGGUGUUUAACACUUUAAUCACUGGACGAUGGGAGGGUACCUAAGUUAUAAACAAGGACACUGCAGCAUUAGGAAUACAGGUUUGUGUUCCUAACGCUAUAGCGUUCCUUUAACUUUUUUCACACAGUAUAGAAGUGAGCAUUUAGUAGAUUGCCUGGUGUUUGGUUUUAUUUAGCUCCAAGCAUAAUGCAGUAUUCAUUCCACUUUCUGUAUGUAUGUUUUGGUCUGUUUAUAUCUCUGUAUAAGGAAUAUUUGGAUUACAUAUGUGAACAAUGUGAAACUGUGUUUUGCAGGUUUAAAUGGACUUUAUAGCGUAACAUGUAGUCUAGGAUGAAUAAUGCAAAGCAGGACCCUGUGAAUGUUAGAGAGGCUUGCAAUCCCUCCUAGAAAUACAAGGAGAAAAUAUACAUCCAUAUACAGCAGACUAGAUCUAAAUAUUACAACAAGAGCCCCUAGACAUUUUAUAUUUCUGUCUAAUAUACCUGACCGUUAAUGUAAUAAGAAGGACGUUAUUAGUGUUAUUAGCAGGUUAUCUGAAUGACAAUACUUUGAUUUCAGAUCAUUAUGGAUAUGACUGAACUUAAAUCGAAAACAGUUACUUUGACUCCCUGAAUCUGUUGUUGUGAUAAAACUUGAAAUGAUAUUAAAGCAUUUUACCAGGAAGGAUCAAUACAUUGGCUAAUAGCAAAGUAAAAGUAUUAAAAAAAAAAGUAUUAAGUAUUUCUUAAAAAUGUUUUAUUGAAUUAUUUUCAUUUUUUCUUAACAAUAAACAUAAUAGAACAAUAUAUUUAAAAAAUCAAAUAAAAAAGGAAAGAAGGAAAAAAGGAUUUAAAAAUUUGGGUGGGGCAGGGGAAGAGGUGGAAAAUAAAAAAAUAUCCAUCUAGAUUAAUAUCUUUAUAUUUGAAUUGACUAGUAAGCAUUAAUGCAAACCAAUAAUGGAUUUGGUACAGGAAGUUGUAGUUGUAUAACAUCUCCGAAAUGGCUAUAAGAUUAGUAAUUACUUAUAUGAAAAAUAUAAGAAACAAAAAUCUUUUAACAAUCUCUUUCUCCCAUAUUUCCCAAUAAUACUUUAGGCUAUCUGUAAAUGAAGACCUUGUCUAAUAGCUAAUUCGUCCUGUUUACUCUCUAAAAUGGUAUGUUAUGGUUCUUUUAUCGAAGGGAUAGUUGAAGAUUUCCAGUGUCUGGGAAUAAUAGAAGCGGCAGCAAUCAAUAUUUUCCCUAUAAGGAUUUUAUCAACCUUACCCAUGUUCAGGGAACCUCUUAAAUAACGCCAAAUUUGAAGUAAAUAUGGAAAUAGAUGGGUCUAAUCUCUUAAUAGUCAGUGAAUAUGUUUCCAAAACUCUGUAUGGUUAGGGCAGUACCAGGAAAUGUGACAAAGGGCCAAUCACACCGCAAUCAAGCCAACAUUUAUUAGAGAUCACAGGAUUCAUUGUAUGUCGCCUAAUAGGGGGCAAAUACCAGCAAUAAACAAUCUUUCAUGAUUCUCUAAGUGACCAGAACAUUGUGUUAUGCCUUUGACAGCAGUGGUGAAUCCAAGCCAGUCCUCCAGAUUAUAUUCAAACCCCAAAUGGCUCUAAUAAUAUAGCAUCUUGGGAAGGACGGCCAUCUUGAUAGAUACCAACCUUCCCAACCAGGAUAUCUCUAACUCACACCAUCUGUCCAUCUCCUUUCACUCCCAACACGACAUACCAUCAGAGGAAGACUUCAACAAUGGUGAUUAGAAAGUAUCUAAUUACAUAAUAAAUAUCUAAGUAAAUAAAACUUUACAUAGUGAUACUUUCUAUUUAGGUAGAUAUGUUUAGUAUCCAUCAAAUUGUUGCUUUUGAUAUGUCAAGCAACGUUAACACUUUAAUGUAUCGGAAGAGGUAAUGACACACUCUACAGAUAAUGUACAAGUAAAUGUCCCAUGAUGCUUUACCAGCCUGCUGUUGGCCAUUCUGGGUUCUAAAUAGAAUAGCAUUACAGGCUUCAUAAAGUCAAUAUUUUAAAUAUUAUGCUUAUGGCACACCUAAGGUUUAGGGCUAAUUUUCUUGGGUUUAGAAUAUUAACAUUUACUCUAGGGGGACCUGCAUUUAGGAUAAUAUGGACUACAUUUCCAAAAGGCUGAGUGAUGUGGAAGAGUUGCUGUGUCUUCUACAGGGGUACAACUCCUAGCACACUCAGGCAGCUUUAAUCAAACAUCCUGGGAACUGUUAACGCUGAAGCAUUAUAUAUUAUUGUGCCCGAUGUAAAAUUAAGAAGAAUCUUGCAGCUUUGCCAGAACUUUAUGAUUUCUCUAAUUAGCAUGUAAAUCAAACAAUUCAAAUUGUGUGUAUCUUGGCAGAGUGCUAAUCCCUAAAACAUGAUGUAUUUUCAGUGAUCAAGGGCUCCAGUUGGAUACCCAAGGUAUGAUGUGAUUAAACCAUCAGCGUGUUGAUGAAUAUUUUCUAAUAUAAAUUUAGAAAUUGCCAAAAAGUUGGAUUAAAAUGCAAAUGUAAAGCAGUUAAAAUGUUAGGGAUUUGCAUAGUUACAAGUACAAGUCGUUAUGACACGCAAGCUUUCAUUGUCCUAUUUUACUCACAGUAUAUUAUUUCAAGACUACUUUUAAAUGGUACAAGCAUUAUAACUGUUUGUGCUUUAGUGCUCAUGCAUUAAUAUUUAAAGGAGCAGCAAGUGACAAAUUGACAACGUUUCUUGGCAGUCAGUCUUCAGAACCAUGGAAAUUAUGCAAAGAAAUGAUCAAUGAAUUGGACAAAAUAAUGACAAAUUAAUCAAGAAUUGUUUCUACAUACCUGACUCAUACCUCCCACCCAUACUACUUUGGGGGUCCUAAUCUGCUGUCCCUUAUUUUAUAUCUAGUGACCACUAGACCAAUGCAGUACUGGAUCCACUUAUGAUAAACAGCCUGCACCCAUGGCAUCAAAGCAAUGGGCAGAGACCUUAACCGGUACUUUGCACAUGUGCAGUCCAGAGUGGGACUGAACAGACCGCCUACUAUUUAUCUAAAACAGGCUGACAUGCCUCUGUUUCCAGGUGAAACUGCCCCUUAUGGCAUUAUCAGGGAUGUUCAACAUUCACUUUAAAAUGAACACUAUGCCCCAAUUUAAAGGGACACUAUAGUCACCAGAAAAACUUCAGCUUAUUGUAUUUGUUCUGGUGAGUAUCGUCAGUCCCUGCAGCCUUUGUGCAGUGAACAUUGUUUUUUCAGAGAAAAGGAACUGUUUACAUUACAGCCUAGGGACAUUUCCACUGGCCACUCUUCAGAUGCUACUGAAGGUGCUUCCUGGGGCAGUGCUGCACAGUGUGACUUCCAUGGAGACACUGUAUUGUCCUUAUAUAGAUGCAUUGAUUCAAUGCAUUUCUAUGAGGAGAUGCUGAUUGGCCAGGGCUGUGCUUGGUUUCUCCUGGCUCUGCCCCUUUUCUGCUUCCUUGACAAUAUCAGUUAAUCCAAUGCUUUCCUAUGGGAAUACAUUGUGAUUGGCUGAGAUCACCACUUCUGAUGAUGUCAGCCAAGGAGGCAGUUCAAGGGAAAAGUCAGCACCAGCAGACUGGAAUAAAAGUACGCUUUACUAUAUCUAGACUGGCAAGGAGGGGAGGGGGCCAUGGGGCUUUAUAGUGUUUUUAACACUAUAAGGUCAAUAAAUUAUUGUGUUCCUGACCCUAUAGUGUUGCUUUAAUGUCACCCAAUGUUGGGAGGUAUGCAGUCUAUAUAUCUUUCUCACUUUGCAUCUUUCUACGUGAUCCUAUUUUUCUAGUUUCUGCCAGUCACAUGCAUCUACAAUCACACACAUUAACAUACAUGCAAAGGGCACAUAAUCACAGACACAGUCACAUAUAUAGACACACAGACACAUGUACUCAUAUACAUAAUCAAUUACAUACACAAUCACUCACAUGUAAAAACACACACUCGCACGUAGUAACAGAUGAAUUGCAGUCGCAUACAGAACAUACACAGUCAAUCACACAUACAGUCCCAGACACACAAGUACAUGCACAGUGAUAUACAUACAUAGAUGCACAUACAUAGACACACACAUAUACAGUCACAUACAUAGAUAUGUAGUCACACACAUAUGCACAUGCAGACAUAGACAUGCAAUCACACACACAUACAUAGACACACAAUAACACACACAUUCACCUAGAAAAUAUAUAAACCUCCCUGUCCUUUUCAGAUUAUCAGCAUGUUGGCACCGAGGUAGGAGACCACUGUUAAACUCCCUGGUCUACGGUGGGGAAGCAAGAGAGCAGUGCAGACCCUCUUACAGAUUCCUUCUAUCCUGCAACCUCUAUCUGUGCAACUUUGCAACACUUUACUAUUGUGACGCAUGGUAUCUCAUUAAGCAGGUGGCUGCUUGUUAAAAAAAAAUGAAAAAUUGGAAUGCUGCCUCCUCCAAAGCGGUGCUGCCCAUCAUUGUGUGUGAGUGCAUGUCUAUGUAUAUAUGUGACUGUGUGUAUAUGUGUGUGGGUGUCUGAAGAUAUAAAUGAUGUAGCAAGGUGAAUGGCUAGUUAUAUAGUUAUAUAUUUGAGAGGAAAAGUAUAUGAGGGGAGAGGGACAUUGCCAUGAUUACACUUGGCCUAAGAACCCAUAUCCUCUGCUGAUUUAAUUAUUGUAUAGUUCUCAGGAAUAUGUUGGCACUUUAUAAAUAGUAACAAUAAGUUUUCCUAAGCUCACUUUAAGUUAAAGAAAAAUAACAUGUCCUUCUGUACAAUCAUCAUUUGCUAAACCUUAACAUAUGGCAGUCUAUAUUACCUGACAAUGCAUGGCAGAAUAGACGCAUACAAGCUGCAGUUGAGAGACCUUGAACCUCUCUUUGACUUAAUUAUAUAAGAUAUGUACAGUGGAUAUUAUUAUUAUUAUUAUCACCAUUUAUACAGUGCCAACAGAUUCCGUAGCGCUUUACAAUAUUAGGAGAGGGGGGAUUUAACUAUAAAUAGGACAAUUACAAGAAAACUUACAGGAACGAUAGGUUGAAGAGGACCUUGCUCAAACGAGCUUACAGUCUAUAUGAGGUGGGGUAUAAAAUACAUUCGGACAGGAAAUAGCAAUCAGAUAAGGUGGGAGUGAGGCAUAGCUGGAGGACACAGUAGAGUGCUGCCCUUUAGGGGGGAGCAAGGGACAGGUAUGUGUGGUAGAGGUUACUCUGGGAGGCCAUAAGCUUUCCUAAAAAGAUGGGUUUUAAGGCACUUCUAGGCAGGCUAUUCCAUAGGAAGGUAGCCACCCACGAGAAGUCCUGCAAGCAUGAAUUGGCCGUACAGGAGUGAGCAGCGGACAGGAGGUCAUGGGCAGAUCAGAGAGACCGAGAAGGGGCAUACCUAUGGACCUGUGAAGAGAUAUAAGAGGGGCUAGAAUUGUUCAGUGCUUUAUAGGUAUGGGUUAGCACUUUGAAUUGACUCCUAUAGGAUAGAGGAUAUAUAUAUAUAUAUAUAUAUAUAUAUAUAUUUGUGCUUGGAAUUUAAAUACGUAAUGGAUAGUAUCUGUGAGCAAAGUUGGUUGUGGUGUGCCGAAACCAACGUACGAGUGGGCCUGUAAAUAAAAGAGGGCCCACCAAGGAUAAUGUAGUUAAAACAGGGUGUAGGUGGGUGGGGACAAUCAGCUGAGCGGCAGUGGUGAGUAGGGGCUGGGAGUUUAAGUAGGGGACUUACUCCUCCCACAAAGUCAGGCCUAAUGGCCUUUCUACUUGUGCUCGGAAUUUAAAUACGUAAUGGAUAGUAUCUGUGAGCAAAGUUGGUUGUGGUGUGCCGAAACCAAUGUACGAGUGGGCCUGUAAAUAAAAGAGGGCAAAAGAUAAAUUCGAGAAAAUACACACUUUAUUGCAUUUUACAAGACCAAGUUCCUGAAAGCUUGGCGAAGCUCUUUCUCUGGUUGCGGAAUAUAUGCGUUAUAUAUGGAGGAUUUCCAUCGCCCGAGCCUUUUGAUGAUGUGGACCAGUGCGUUUGUGCUAGAGGCUGCUGAGGCGGCUCCUAUGCGGAAGGAGUGCCCGGAGAAUGCAGCCGGGUUGUGUCCGAGCUUAGAUAACAGGGUUCUGACAUGUAACAUCAAUUUUGCCGUGGUAAGCGGGUGCCCUUGUAAUGUUAAGAGCGGAGAGUCUGGCAGGUGAGUGUGAAGAGUUGACCGUAGUUGGUCGAGAACUUUCACCGGACACCAGGCAUUAUCAGUAGGGAAGAGAGGAAUUAUUGUAGGGUGUAUUGACCGGUUGGUUUUAGUGGUAGGGAUAGAAAGGAGGUAGUGAUCCUCUACCUUGGUGAGGUGUGAAGUUUUAAGGCAUAGUGCGAUAUCUCCUUGACAAACCACGGUGAACUCUCUAGGUCUGAGAAAACCAUAGAAAGCGAGAUAUAUAGCAGAUUUUAUCACCGUAUUGGUGUUGCUAUCAAAUGGGGCUGUGUCAAGGAGAUUGCUAAGUGACCUGAAGAUAGGCCCGUCUAUGGGUAAUCUAGUGCUUGCGAGUGGUGGUGAAACCUUUGAUAUACCUUUCAAGACCUUUUUAAUGGGGUAUGAAGACAAAAAAGGAGUGCUGUUAGGAAAAUUGGUGAGGCUGUGGUGCUGAACCCCGGUGAGGUAAAGUUUAAUGGUGUUGUGUGACAGAUUAAGGUGUAGGUGGCAAAAAGAGGCAAAAGACACCAUGGUUUGGAUAGAAAAGUCACCUUGUAGCCCGAAUUCUGCAGUGAAUUUGUUAAAUAUGUUAAGUGCCCUAUUGUAAGUGAUAGCAGUGUUGGGUGAUAAUGCUUGGUGAGUGAGUGAUCUAGCGUGAAGCAAGAGUGUGCUUAAUCCAAUAUUAGUUCGUGAAACCGUGGUGUCCUGGAUGGCUGUUGGUGAGCUGCUGGGAGUGCCUGAGAAAAUGCCUGGAAUCGAGAACGAGAAAGAGCGUCAGCGGCGGUGUUGUGAAUACCCGGGAUGUGAGAACAUACUAAGUGAAACUGAUUGGAUGCUGCCAGCCAGGUCAACUUGCGAAUCAGCCGCAUGAUGGUCAGGGAUGAUGAGCGCCCUUUGUUAAUGAUAUCGCAAGCUGCCGAGUUAUCUGAGUAGCAUUUUACUGCCUUGCCGGACCAGAGAUGACCCCAGGUGUGUGCGGCCGCCACAAUGGGGUAAAUUUCAAAUAGGGCUGAGGUCUCCCUGAAUCCUGGCAAGGCAUCCGUCUCAGUGGGCCAGUGGCCCCUAAACCAGUGGUUCCCGAAAAUGGCUGCGAAACCGGUGUUGGCUGCUGCGUCUGUGUGGAUGAUGGGUGAAGAGGUGGAGAGAGGGGGGAUAAACAUGGAGAUACCAUUCCAGUCUUUCAAAAACUUCCCCCACAUAGCUAAGUCAGCCUUGGCGUGGGGGUCCAAAGAAACUGUGCCGGAGUCCGGGACUCCGUGGAGCAGGCAAAGAAGUCUGGAAAUGAAAGACCUUCCCUGCGGAAUGAUGCGCAUGGCGAAGUUCAGAGAUCCAAGAAGGGACUGAAGUUCUCUCCUGGUGCAAACGUCAUUCCGCAGGAACGUGUCUAUCUCCCCUCUCAAUCGUGAAAGUUUGUCGUGUGGAAGGCUGGCUCUGAGUUUGACAGAAUCGAGCUCUAUGCCUAAAAAGGUCAACUUUGUUGUGGGUCCUAUAGUUUUGGCUGGGGACAAAGGGACUCCCAGUGUGGAAAAAAGUGCGGUAGUACUAUUGAUUGCUGUGGGUGUUGAUGACCCUGGCUCUAUCAGUAGAAAGUCGUCUAGAUAGUGAAUAACGGAGUGACACCUGAUGACGUUCAGAAGCAGCCAGCAUAGUGACUCUGCGAAAAUGUCGAAAAGUUUGGGGCUGCUUCGAGAACCAAAAGUGAGUCGUGUUGAGAAGUAAUAAUACCCUCGCCAUUUAACACCGUGUAAGUGCCAGAGUGAGGGGUGUAUGGGCAGUAAUUUAAAGGCGUUAGUGAUGUCUGUUUUGCUGAGCCAGGGUCGAUUACCAGAUGUCAUGAUGGACUGUAUGGCGUCGUCGAUGGUGACGUACUGCAGAGAGAAUUCGUCUGCUGGAAUGAGUGCGUUUAUGCUUGGAACAAAAGAGGAGUGCGGUGCCGAUAAAUCGAUAAUGAGACGUUUUUUAUUAGAAUAUUUGUGAAUAGCAAUACCAAUAGGGUUAGUGCGCCAGGAGGAAAACGGUGAAGAGGUGAAAGGACCGAUCAUGAAACCGUUGUGGUUUCUGCGGAAAUGAGAGUGUCUACAGCGACUGGGUCUAAACGUGCAGACUGGAGAUUAGGACAUUCUAGUGUACCUGGGGGAAUGGCUACUAUGCCUGUGUGAAACCCUUGUGAGAAACCUGUGGUGAGAAAAUCCACUAAGUGCCUGCUGGGGUGAGACCUUAGAUAAAAAACCAGGUUGUCGAUAUUUAUGUCGGUUAGUCAUUUGUUUGGUGACAACCUGGCUGGACACAUGGUCUUGGUAUGUGCCCUGAAACAUAUGGAGCAGAUGUGCAAUAAUCUACAGGCGCUGAAACUGCAGGAGCCUGCGUUGAAAUUAUUGCACACCUGUGCUUUACCUAAAAAGGAGAUGGGCCUACCCAGCUUAUCCCGGAGACCACCCGCUGGCUUGUUGUGAGGGGUGAAAGAGGAGUGAGGUGUGAACGUGGGGUGAGGGGUGGGAGUGGAGGUGGUGGGAUCUGGUUCGACGGGACAUAAGUCCGCCAUGUGGGAUGUAGAAUUACAGAUGGCACAAGCCGGGGGCCUGAGUCCAGCGAAGUGGCGACAGAAAAGUUCCGUGUCCAUCUGACCCCAGUUCAUUCUAAUGUUGAACUGCUUGAGAUGGGUCGCCGCCUUCGCUGAAACUGACUUGUGGUAGUCAUAGAAGGAAGAGCCCCCGUACUUGAUGCCUAGAUCCACUACCUUGUGGAGAUAGAGAUCUAGCUCUUCUCUCCUAUGGGGAUACACCGUGCAAAUGACGUCGCGGUAUAUCCCAAAAGCUAUCACAAACUGUGGGAUAGACAAUUUUUUAUUAAGCCUGGGAUCCCUCGUUUUGAGCACAACUGAAAUGUCACCAUAAUUGUAUGCCUUGUUCUCGAGUACAUCCUGAGAGGCUAUGAGUAAAGACACCAGACACACAUCCUUCCCGUCUAGGAUAUCUUUCCUGAUAGAAUCUGGGACGGAGUGUGCUGGUGACUCGAAAGGUGUGAUGGCUGUGCCAGGUGCUGGAGGGGGGAGUAUAGAGGGACAUGUAGGUAUGGCAGGUACAGCCGUGGUAGAGACUGGGACUACGGUGUUAGUACCUGAGGAGGAGAUGGCGCUCUCCACCUUAGACAGCCUGCUAUUGAGGGUCUGUAGAUUGGCCAAGAUAUCUGCCAGGGUAUCCUGGGUGGCCGUGCUGUUUCUUGGUGGUUGUCCUUGAGAGCUAGUUCCCGGCCGAGGCUCGGGGACUUGGUGGGUAAGCAGCCUGUAAAGUUCUGCCUUUCUAGCUGUGGCCGGAAAGGGGAUUCCCCUGAGCCUAAGCUCGGCCGUGAUUUUGGGAAUAGUCCAUGCUCUCAAGGACGUGGGGGUUGAAAGAGUAAGUGAUUCGCCUGGAGACACGGGUCUGAUUGGCGUGAAUGGUGUUUCUUCUAUCAGUUCUUCGGUUGGAAUUGGUUCUUGGGACAUUCUAAAAAGGAAUGAUUAUGUGAAAGAUAUAUUAGAAGGGGAGUGAGGUAAGAAAGGGGGGGGGUAUGGGGAGUGGUGUGUCUGGAAGAACUGGACUUUAAUGCUAGAUGCCGAGGCGAAAAACUUAACUAUUGAAUGACUGGAUAGGUGAGGCCCUGCUAAUGCCAAGUGGCGGUGAGAGGCUCUACCUAUGAUUUGGCUUAUGACGUAGGUGCCACAGACGUGGUGGCGGGAUGUUGGCCUCUCGGUGACGAUAAGAGAAAUCAAAACGUGUGGCCGUGACAGGUGAGGCCCUAACUAGAGCCCUGUAGUAAGGCAUGCGAGGCUUAUAACUAUGAUUUGGGCGUGGGGCCGUACCUCCGUGUUGAGGUGGGGUGGGGUGGUAGGCCUCGCGGGAUCAGAUUUCCUGAUAGGGUGGGCUAAGGCAUUAGCCUGUGCCGUAUAGCCAGUUCGAUUGUAUGCUUAAGGGUAAAGUUAGAGGACUGGAGUGGUGUGUGGAUACUAACCUUGACUGGUCGCAAAUGGUAUCUGGAGCCUCCUGAUAAGUGUAGAGAGUCUUGUCUUAAUGUUGUCUUUGAGGAAGAAUCCUGGGGGUUUAAGACAGAUGUUGAUGUGUUUAUACGUAUCGUGAUGUCGUAUGAAUAGUAUUGGGAGAAGGUUUGUUAGGGGCACCACGUGAGAUCCUGCAUUGAGGGAUCUGGGAGGUUAAGGUGUAGGAAUGGGAUGAUUUUGGAUAUGAGUGAGAAGGCAGAAUGAGGCCUUGGGGUAGCGAAUGGACGUACUUGAGUAAGGACGUAAGUACCUGAAGGUAUGGCUGAGUACCGGGUCAGGUUUUUGGUGUCUUCUGAGCCUGAUGGCCGUAUGACCGAAAGUCUGUGUAGACAAGUAGUAAAGAGAUAACGUAUCCUGGGCGUAAGCCUGAGGGAAGGUAGUAAUGGAGUUGAGACCGCGUGAGGUCUAGUAUUGAAAAGAGAGUGAACUAUACCUUGGUUUUAAGUACAGAGAUUGUUUAAUCGUGGCAGGUUAACUGCGUAGAAACGGUGGAAGCUUAGAUAAAUACAGGAUCUAAGGGUUUAACCAAGACAAAUUCCAUAUUUAGCAAUAGAUGUGAAGAUAAUUGAUAAAACCUGAUAACUCAAGGUGAUAAUAAACCAUACCUGUUCCUGUAAUAAAAGGACCUUGAAAUAACAACUUUAUGCAGAAAAGCAAGAGACCGAUGCAAUCUGUAAAAGCCAAAAUGUGACAGCGUGAUUUAUGUGCAAGGAAUAGUACGGAUUAUGUGUAAUGGGUAUAACUUGUAAAUAGUGUUUAAAUGACUUAUCUGAGUGUUAUUUGGAAAGAAUGGUAUAGCUUGUAUUUAGACACGUAUGAAGUUAUGAACCAUGGUAAAACAUUAUGUUUAUUACAGAAAAAUACUUUAAAUGGUUUAACAAGGUAGGAAAACACAGGGCUGGUAGUUAACCAGAUAAUGUAACCAAAAACUGAUAUGAAGGAAUAAAUAAUAGUAGGAUAGUGUGAUUAGAACUUAUGCAUGCUUAGCUUAAAAGAAUAGAAAUAACCGAAUGUAAAUUAGUAAGAUGGUGUUCGUGAAUUUUACCAUACGAAUAGUUUGGUGCUGAAAUGACCGAACAGAAAAAGUGAAUACAGAUAAUAAUGAGCUUAAACAUGAAAUAUAUAUUCGGUUGUUUCCGUACGAAAAUGCUUUAAAUGAUAGCGAAAUGAGCCGAACGUUCGUGCGUUUUUUGGCGCGAAUGGAGAUAUUAACGAAAAGCGUGUAUUCGUGAAAAUGCGAAAGAGGGAGCCUACCCCUACGUUUUUAGGCCCGAACGGCGGGGAAAUAGCGAACGCUAAUUCCCACGCCUUGCUUACGUGAACGCGCCGGUCUCGUGACCGGAAGUCGGGUACCUCGACCGGAGAGAAACGGAGUGGAAGGACCUCGGACGGACGGAGGAUUGCACAGGGCGUCUGGCUGCUGGAAACAGGUACAGUUCUGGCGGGAAGCUGGACCGGAAGUGCUGGUUGCUAAGGACAAUCAGCUGAGCGGCAGCGGUGAGUAGGGGCUGGGAGUUUAAGUAGGGGACUUACUCCUCCCACAAAUUCAGGCCUAAUGGCCUUUCUACAUAUAUAUAUACCCAUUAGUCAGCAUUGUGCAUUUUUGUACAAGGACAUAUAUCACAAAGGGUGAAAUCAUUUAAUUCACUUUUGACUAAUUGUAACCAUUAGACAUAAUGUAUAUUGUUUGGCUUUGACUUGUCACUGCCACAUACAAACAUAUUUUCUAACUAAUCCUGCAUCUUGCUCUAUUCUUAGAUCUGGAAUCAUCUGGAUCCUAAAAUAUUUAUGCCUUUGGCAAGUCAAAGGAUGAAAGCACAUAGCCCUUCAAAGUACUUUAAGUUAGAAAAAAAAUGUAACACGCUAAAGUGACAUUUCACAUAAUUCUCCAAAUGAUUGUGCUAGGAAAUAACAGCUCAGUCUUAGUAACAGUGCCCUUAAAUUAUAUGCAGUGAAUAAUGUGGCAUGUGGGAGAUCAGAAAAAGACAAUACGUGUGACGCACAAGCUGUUAUUCAGUAAACUUAUAUAUUUUGUGUGAGUAUUACAAUAUUAUCUCAUCGACUGAAAGUGCUUCUAAGGAGCUAACACCUGUGAAAGCACUAUAAAGGUGUUAAUUUAAUUUUAUGCUUGCCUAUACAAUUGCACAGAUUCUAUAAAAGUUACUUUUGAAACAUGCAAACAUAUGCAAAUAUAUAGUAACCUCUAAACCAGGCAAGCUGCUCUAUUCCUUCUGCAUAGGAAAUGAAAGACAUGCUGUUGCACCAUUUAACCCCCUCACUGCCAACCGCUGCUGUUACUAUUAUUACUAAUACAAAAAAAAAAAAAUAGCACCUUACUUACCUGCUUCCCCGAUCCUACACUGAUCUUUUCCCAAUGGAAAAAAAAAUCUUCUGUGGCCUUAAUUUCUCAUGCACUGUAACAGAAGUGGUAAAUUGCUCCUCCUGCACAGUUCCAGAGGCAGAAAGUGUUUUGGGCAUGUAUUGGGGUAUAUCUGCAGCCUGGGAUGUCCUCUGAAAAUCAUAAUUCUUAUAUAGACAUAUUAUUGCUUGAUUAUUUAGACAUAAUAUUUAUGGUUUGCUGUCAAUUUGUGAACUCUCUCUAAAAAUAAUAACAAAUUGUUUAGGCAUACCCAUGAGAAGAAUGCUUGAAUAUGUAUUCAUAUCUUUAUAUCAUAUCUAUUAUAUGAUAAUAAAUGUAAAAAACUUAUACAAUCCUUAUCUUGUAAUACCUUUUUUAUUGGACUAACAGAAUUGUUUAAUGACAGGCUUUCGGGAGAACCUCCCUUUCUCAAGUCUGAAGCAUUUCUGAGCAAGACGACACAUAGAAUUCAAAGUUGAGUUGUGAUACAGGGGUUAAAGCGACAUGAGUGCAGAUAAGACACAGGUUUGAUGGAAAAUAGACACCAUUCUCACAGAGGGCCUGCACUCAUGUUGCUCCGGCACUGUGCAGUAUAUAACUAUAACAGUAUAAACUUUUCACUAUAGCAGUUGUAUACUGAAUCCUGAAUCAAACAAGGGGAGCCAGAAUUUCCCAUUCUGCUUUAGUGAUAUUAGUUUUGUCCAACUUUGGUAAUCAUUCAGUGAGUAGGAGCAUCGACUGACACUACUACAUAUUUAGGAAACAUCACAGAAGACCAGGAGGACUGGCAGUGUCUGAGAGACACAUAAUUAUUAAACUGUCCAAAAUUGUUUGACUCCUUACUACAGUAUGGUCCCAGGGAAAUAUUGGCACCAUAACCACUACAGCAGACUGUAGAGGUGUAGAGGUUAUGGUCCUUAUCAUGCCCUUUUAACUUUGGUAAAUUGAACACCGAGGCGUAACUAGAAUUCAUGGGGACCUGGUGCGAAAAUUGUCAUCACCCUCCCCCCAUACAUUGCCCCCCCUCCAUCCAUGUGUCACAUUCACGCCCUACAGCCCCUCCAUGUGUCUCUUUUAUGCCCCACAGGGUCAUUGUGGCACGGUUGAGGGGAAUGAGUAUAACCAAAUUGGAGAGGUUAAUGUGAUAGGGUGAGUGUGGCAGGGGGAAAGAGGCGAGUGUGACAGGUUGUGGUGUUGAGAGAAGGUGAGUGUGAAGGUGAGUGUGAUAGGGUGAGUAUGGCAGAGCGAUGGGAGGUGAGUGUGGCAUUGGUGAAUGACAGAAUUGGGUGAGUGACUGAGUUAUUGUAAGUGUGGCAGGGUGACAAUGUGUGUGGGGGGGUGACAGUGUGUGUGUGGUGGGGGGGUGCAAGAUACAAAGCCACACGUGCAUACACUGACACACACACAGAUAAACACAUCAACAUACAUACUAUACAACACAUACAUAUACAUACAUGGACGUAGGGACAUCCUAGAACCUCCUCCACUAGAUACAUGACGCUUGGGAGAUAUAACUGUUUUAGUGUUUUCUGUCGAUAUGACUCUGUAAUUAGGCCCAUCAUCAUUGUCAGCACCAGCCCCCAUGGGCUCCUAAUCCGGCACUGCUUUCAGACACCCCCUUCCAUCAAUCCCAGUGCUCUCUUUACUUUUCAAAGCACUACUGAGCUUAUCACAAAAGCAGUGUUUUAUGGAUAGGAUUCUAUCUAUGUUUGUGUUUCGUCAACCUACUAUUGCAGAAGGCUAAAAGUUGACAACAAUUUCCACAAACUUCCAGAAGAAGACAUGACAUCAGCUGACACUCUCAGUGGGCAACCAGUGAUAGGCUAAAAGCAUCAGCAGACAAUCACUGCAAGUCAUAUAGAAGAAUAGGAAUGACAGGGAGACAGAGCAUUUGGCCGAUGAGGACCCAACUUCGGGGUUAAACCCGUCAAAAACAGCGUAACCUUUUGAUGUACGUCAGCACCCAACCUUUUGAUGUAAGUCAGCACUCAUUGCCUCAAAAUAACUUAAUUAUGAUGAAAUUGUUUUUAGGGAAGAUAGUCCCUUUAAGCUUUCACUUUUGUCAACUAAUCUUGGCUGGAGCCUCAUUCAUACAAUUCCCUGAAUUUCAAUGUGCACAUUUGUUUUAAAGGGUUUGAUUACAAGUGUGACUUGUGGGUGAAGCAUCACUUUUCUGUUACACUAUCACACAACAAAUAAGCUAUUUAUUUAACUCCGCUCAUCGUAUAAAAUAAGAUCAAUUGAUGAGAUUUAUCAAACUGUUCUGUUCUAAAAAGUGGUGCAAAGUCACUAAUGGAAUGUGCCUGCUAGAUCUACUGGAUUCAAUGGCAAUUGCCCAAAUUUAGAUACUUUAGACAUCUUUUCAGAACAGAACCCAAAUUUCCCUCAGUGUAUUAUGUUUACACACACUACAUUCUAAAACCUUUUAGAGCACCUGUAAGUGUGAUUGUUGUACAAAUGCACCAAACAUUCAAAAUUCACGAAAAAAAGGACUUGUAAACAUGGGUCCAUUAAAGGGACACUCCCGGCAUUGUAUCUACUGUGCUGAAGUGGUUAUGGUGUCUGCAGUCCCAUGGCAAAAAACCUCCAUUUAACAUUAAACAGUUUUUAAUGGUAAAUGAGACUCCCCGUCUGUGCUUCUGGGUCUAAUAAAGAAUCAUUACCCUAAGCAGCAAUAGGCGGCUGUGAAAGUCUAAUCACCAAUUGCUGGUAUGAAUUGGUAUGACUGGAAGUAAGAGAGUAAUCUCUGCCUUAGCGAUAUCUUCAGUGAGUGCUGGGCUGUGGGUAGCCAGAGUACCUUAUUCAGUGGAACUGCUGAACAAUGUUUUAACACUGAGUGGAGGGAUAGUUUAAAAGGACUUGAGUCAGACACAGGACUCCGUAAGAUGAAAUGGUUAUGGUGUCUACUGGUCUUAAAAAACCGCUAAGGGCACUCAGUCCACCACUCCAUCUGAAUGAAGUAGUCUGGGUGCAGUGUUGUUUUAGUUUUAACCCUGCAAUGUAAAGAAUUGCCAUUUAGUAGAUAUGAAAAUGUGUAUGCAACAAGGUUAAAUAUGCCUCUAGUGGCUGUCUUCCUGACAGUCUCCUGUGAGUACGGAGUCAAAUGUUUCACUGGAGGAGCGCAGUGCUGGCAACACAUGCAUCUUUUGUCCCCAAUGCUCCUUUGUGAGAAGCAUUGGAAUUGAUGAACGAGAAGCAUUAGUGUGAUGUUGUGGGAGGAGGAUGAAGCAUUGGCAGGGCAUGAUCUUGAAGCUGGAAAAAUUGUGUGUGAUAUUUUAAUUGGAUUGGGGGAGUGUUGCUGAAUCUAAAUAAUAAGAAACUAUAGCAUGAGGAAUACAGAUACAGAUUUGUAUUCCUAACGAUGUAGUGUUCCGUUAAGACAUAUUCCUAAAAUAUAGCGCCACAGGAAAUAUGCACAGUGACAUCAGCUGAGACUUGGGCUAUGGAUUCGAACUUAGAAGGCAGACAAUAUCUUUACGGUGUUAGCAAGUUACCCUCCACAAAUCUCAACUCAGGUGAAGCAGUCAGUACAAUCUGCACAGAACUUGACAUGGUGCAAAGUGCAAAACGUGCAAUGGGAUCCCACCAAAUUAGCCCUUGAGUCAUAAUGAGAAUUUUUUUUAUUGAUAUCAUCUAUACAUUUGUUUCCAUUAGCUAACACAGACAGCAAUGUUGGAUAUGGUUUGCAACUUGACUGUUAGGGAGUGAAGCAGUUCCCACAAUAAACCCCAAAUAAUCAUUGCUGUACGAACAAUAAAACUCAAUUAUUAAUUCUGUGAUGCCACCAGAUCUUUGCAUGCACUAAUAAUUAAACCUAUAAUAAAACAUUUUGUACACAAUAAUACACAUACCCUUAAAGCCAUCAAAAGACUGGGGGUUUGGACCCAGAGUCCAUAAUCAGAAACCAAUACAAAGUCAGGGCAUCAAAAUAUGUGUAAAACUGACCCAAAGAUCUAUGCCUUUAGCUAGUGUUCUCGACAAAGGCUCCAUUCUGCUGUAAUUUAAUAAGAAUUCAAUUUUGAAAACAUAUCCAAAGCAGAGGUAUCAAAUCUGUGCAAAACUGAUUCAAACACAGACGUAUCAAAAUCUGUGUAAAAGUUGCUCCUUCUGACUGUGUUCAGGGCCGGAUUUCCCUUAAGGCCAUUGAUGCUAUGGCAGGCAAGCGAGGGGUGGCACAGCGGGUGGGAGAUCAAACAUCUUCCUCACCGUCCAGCUGAUUCUCCUGUUGUGGGGUAAGGCAAGCUGGCAGUGCUGGCACUCAAUAAUAUACCACACUGUUGCACCUGGUUACCAUGGAAAUGCUUUGAUACAAUGCCCUGGCAACAUCUCCCAGAGCAACAUAUCCUACCCGACCAUCAAAGAUCAAGUCCCCCCCUCCUUGACCCAAGGUAGGCAUCAGCAAGGUGGAAAACAUUUCUUUAGCAGUUCCUCAGGCCCUGUAUCCUACCUACAACCCCAGUCCUCCCAUUGCAGGCCCCUGUCCUCCCACUAUAGGCAGUAUCCCCCCACACUAAGGCUCCUAUCCUCCCAAAGUACAUCCUCUACCCUCCUCCCCCAAAUAUAGCCCAUAGUUCAAACUCCUUACCCAACAACACAGCCCCUCCUCUCCCACCACAGCACCUGUCCCGAUACAGCAGCACCUGUCCCCAAACAACACCUGUCCCUAACUACUGCUCCAGUAUCCCUACCACUGCCACUAUCCAUCCAUUACAGGCCCUAUACACCAAGCACAGCCCUAUCCCCCAUACUGCAACCUCUGUCUUUUAACUCUACCCCCCCCCCAUGCCCACUAUCACUCACAGCUCUUGUCACCCCACCAGUACCCUUAUCCUACAUUACAGCAACUAUCUACCCACUACAGCACCUACACCCCUUUUUCCCCAACACAGACUCAUCUCCCACUCAACACAUACAAUAAAGCCACUGUCUCCCCCAAACACACACACAACAGUUCCUAUCACCCGAAAAUGCACACUACAUACCCUAUUUCCUGCACACAUACACUACAGACCUGAUCCUCCCAUACAUUCUUUACAACCUCAAUUUUUCUGCACACACUACAGCCUAAAUUCCCCCACACACACUCUGCAGCCCAAUUUUUGUUCCCACAGCGUACACUAUAACAAACACGCACUACUUUUAUUUAUAUUUUAUUUCACCUGUGGCACCGCCUCCCCCUUCACCUUUUUUAGUUUUGUCUACUCUAUAGGGCCUGUGAGGGAGCCCUAUUGUUCAGGUGUGCUGCCCUAUAUUUAUCUCUGUAAGAUCUAGUAUAUUAGCGCUGAUCCUUUGUACAUAUUUUUCUUAUCCACAAACGGCCCAUAUUUACAUUCCCACACACAUACUAAACCACAAAGAGCCCCAAUCAAACACAACCCGCAACCACACAGACAGCAUCUCCCACACACAAGACACCCUACAAACAGCUUACCCUACAUACACAACCCUACAAACAGCUUGCCCUACAUACACAACCCUAAACAGCUUCUCCCACAUACACAACCCCACAAACAGCUUCCCACACAUACACAACCCCACAUGCAGCAUCCCCACACACAGCAGGAAACCCACAAGCAUCUUCCCCAGAAACAAGCAACCCCACAAGUGUCCUAUCCAGCCCUGACUGUGUUUCUGCUUUUUACAUACAAAGAGUUACACAGCCUAAUAAGAAAGAUCCAAAAACAGCAGUAACUAAAUCUGUGUAAAACUGACCCAAAGACAGAGCUAUCACAAUCUGUGUAAAGCUGAUCCAAACACAGAGGUAUCAAUAUCUGUGUAAAACUGACCCAAAGACAGAGCUAUCACAAUCUGUGUAAAACUGACCCAAAGACAGAGCUAUCACAAACUGUGUAAAACUGACCCAAAGACAGAGCUAUCACAAUCUGUGUAAAACUGACCCAAAGACAGAGCUAUCACAAUCUGUGUAAAACUAACCCAAAGACGAGUUAUCAAUAUCUGUGUAAAACUGACCCAAAGACAGAGCUAUCACAAUCUGUGUAAAACUGACCCAAAGACAGAGCUAUCACAAUCUGUGUAAAACUGACCCAAAGACAGAGCUAUCACAAUGUGUAAAACUGACCCAAAGACAGAGCUAUCACAAUCUGUGUAAAACUGACCCAAAGACAGAGCUAUCACAAUCUGUGUAAAACUGACCCAAAGACAGAGCUAUCACAAUGUGUAAAACUGACCCAAAGACAGAGCUAUCACAAUCUGUGUAAAACUGACCCAAAGACAGAGCUAUCACAAAAAACUGUGUAAAACUGACCCAAAGACAGAGCUAUCACAAACUGUGUAAAACUGACCCAAAGACAGAGCUAUCACAAUCUGUGUAAAACUGACCCAAAGACAGAGCUAUCACAAUCUGUGUAAAACUAACCCAAAGACGGAGUUAUCAAUAUCUGUGUAAAACUGACCCAAAGACAGAGCUAUCACAAUCUGUGUAAAACUGACCCAAAGACAGAGCUAUCACAAUCUGUGUAAAACUGACCCAAAGACAGAGCUAUCACAAGCUGUAAAACUGACCCAAAGACAGAGCUAUCACAAUCAGUGUAAAACUGACCCAAAGACAGAAUUAUCACAAUAUGUGUAAAACUGACCCAAAGACAGAUGUAUCACAAUCUGUGUAAAACUGACCCAAAGACAGAGUUAUCAAUAUCUGUGUAAAACUGACCCAAAGACAGAGCUCUCACAAUCUGUGUAAAACUGACCCAAAGACAGAGCUCUCACAAUCUGUGUAAAACUGACCCAAAGACAGAGCUAUCACAAUCUGUAAAACUGACCCAAAGACAGAGCUAUCACAAUCUGUGUAAAACUGACCCAAAGACAGAGUUAUCAAUAUCUGUGUAAAACUGACCCAAAGACAGAGCUAUCACAAUCUGUGUAAAACUGACCCAAAGACAGAGCUAUCACAAUCUGUGUAAAACCGACCUAAAGACAGAGCUAUCACAAUCUGUGUAAAGUUAUUUCCUCUGAAUUUGUUGCUGCUUUUUACAUGCAGAGAGCUUCACAGCCUAUAUCUAACCCCUUACCCCAUGCUUUUUAAGAAGGGUGCCUAAAAAGAGAAGUCCCAGCUGUUCUAGAACUACAACUCCCCUUCCAGUCUAUUUUGUCCAUUUCUAGAGGUAACAGAAUACAUCAUAUACCCCACCCUCUCUCACUCUCUCUCUCUCUCUCUCUCUCUCUCACACAGCUGCUUUAAAGAUACACUGAUCAGUCUUUAUUCUCUCAUUCAAUAAAGAUAACUAAUAGUAUGCAAUGUAACCAAAACUGAAGUAUUAAUUAUGUGCGUGGAGACUAAAUACUGGAGUAUGUUGACCAUCAUUUAAGAAAUCCAAACUGACAAUAAAUUGUACUAGCCCAGCAUUCCUGACAAAUGAACAGAGAACAUUUAAUUAUGAAUGGGAAUAGUACUGUGCUGUCUGCACUAAAUUAAUGAGGAAUCCCGGUUGACUGUGCAACAUUUAAAUGAAUUAAGUAAUCUCUAAAAAGCUAGUUAUAGAUUGACUACAAUUCACAUCAUCCAGCUCUGGAUGAAGGUAUGACACAAAACAUCCAAGGCCCUGGUCUAUUUAACCCUGUGAGAACCAGACAGGUGUAGGGAUCCAGGAAACAGGUAACUGCUUUGGAACAUAUUAAAUAACUCUCUUUUUACUGUUGGACAAACUCCACUGUUAAAGUGUUUAGUUUACAUUCUCAUAUGUAAUAUAUUAUGUAGUAUGUUUAAAUAUGUAUGCAUGUACUUAUGUACAUAUGAAUGCCUGUAUGCAUGCAUUUCAUUUAUUUAUUCUUUUUAUUUUAUUAGGGGAACCAUUUUCACCAGUAAAAUACAUGUGGGCAGCCUGGUUAAAUUAUACAUAAAAUUACAUAGCAAAAUGUAGCAGCUACAGAUAUAAAUGGUCAUGUGACUCCUUGAUAAUUACUCAGUGCUCAGCUAGAGAAAGAUGCACACUGUAUGUACAUUGAGAGCAAACAUUCCCAGGAACAGACUUAUGCAAUGACUUGAUAAUUGGAUUUCUCCUGUUCUGCAAUGGGUGGUGCUGUGUAAAGUGGCACAUCUAUUUGUAGCUGUAGAAAUAGAAAAUGGGCAGGGUUGCAAUAAGCUAACAGGACCAUGCAAAGAAUCCUAAAGCUCACACCUGUCACUCACUUUGAUUUUUUUUUUUUUUUUUUAUCAUCUAUAUUUAAUGCACGAUAUGCGACCUUGCUAUCCAAGGGCUCUGCCUUACCCCAGGGCCACACUUCACAUAUCGCAACACACACACACACAUUAAGUUAUUUAUCAUCAGCAGGGAGAUGCCCUAUUUAAUGUGUAUUAUUCUCUUGCACAGAAAAUCGUUCGUGAUCUCAAGACGCAGCACUCUGGGACGAGCUUGCAAUGCUGGAUAUACCGGUAAGGGGACUGAUGCAGCACCCUCAAUUAUACAGCACCAGGCUUUAAAUCUGGUACCCUGCAUCAUCAUGAUGUAGGCAUUUUUAACCCAUUCAGCGCUAGCAGGAUAAACCCAAUGCAUUUCACACAGUGACAUGGAACGUUCAGAAACGGUCAUGGAACGUUAACGCAUUGCAAUAAAAUAUCCCCUGAUACAUGUAUCACGCAUCCUGCCUUUGCCUGUUGAUUUAAAUGGACAGAGUACUAACCUGCACUCAUGCUGCACCCACAGGACUGAGGAUCACAUCCAGGAGCAAGUCAUCUGGAAUUCCCCCAAAAAGCAAUGUGUAGAUCUUCUUUACCUGUUACAAGUCAACCCACCAAUGCCAUCAUCACAGGAUCUCUCCCCCUGUGAUUUCCAAGCUUGCAACGCAAGAGCUUCUGUCAAGAAAUGAGAUAAGAGGCAGAUGAGCCCAGUCAGCCCAGCUCUGUCUCCUCUCCAAUAUCCACUCCCCCUCCAGCCUCAGCACCAAGCUAAUAAAUGACUGUGGGACAGCAGUAGUGCAGGGAAUGGGAGUAAGGGAGGGGUAGACUAUGGGAGCUGUAGUUUCAUCACAUCAUCUCUAUCUAGUUUAGACAUUGCUAAGGAGGCACUGGAAACUACAUUACCCCUAAUGCAACACUCGGCUAUACCCUGUCUUCAAAGCAAAACUGCUAGAUGGCGCUGUGGUGCUCUGUUAGAUUAAGACUUUACAUCUCAGUUCUCCUAAUGACAGCAUCAGGAAAAUAAUUAGAAGAAAAAGAUAAUCACAAAAUAGGUUAACAGGGAGAGACAUUGAGUAUAACCUGGAAACAGAUACAGUUAUGUUAAGAAGAAAUUAUGAAUAAAUAAAUGUUGAAUAAAAUAAAAUGUUGGUUUAGCUUCUAUUGCCCCAUUGCUAACUAAAAGCAAAUAUAAUUUAUAUUUUAUUAAAUGUAAUACCAAAUGACAUUGCACAAUAAGUAAAUAAUCAAUAGCUCUAAAUGCUCUGUAUCAUCCCAAAUAGGAGACAGAUAAAGAUUAUCAGAUUAUAUUAAGAAUGAAUUUCACAGCAAAUCCCAAGAUAUUUAAGAAAACAUAAUCAUUGGUUAAAAUCAAAUAAAUGUGCUGAAGAAAAUUGUACAGAUCACAUUCUGCAUUUAUUCUGGAAGGUACAAUUGUGUUUAGUUUCUAUUUAGUUUACCCAUAGGGAAGUGAUAAUAUAGCUCCCUUUCCAAUGCGUGUGGCAUUUGUCUGUUUGUCUGUGUUUGUUAUGCACAGCCAUAAUGCUGGCAAAGCAUCACUAGAGAUGUAGUUCACAUCUGGAGUGCCGAAGUUUGCCUACCUCUGCAUUAGAACAUAUCAGUAACUUGUGUAAAUAGUGUCAUUAUCCCUUAAUCCAUUAUCUACUUUAAUAUUAAGUCAUUUUACUUAAAAACAUGUAUUGGUUAUUUGAAACACUGGGUAUUUGAGGGUCACAUACAAUUAUGACGAAACGUUUGCCAUUGCAAAUAGCACCCUGCAUCCCCUCUCAGCUAUAAGUAGCUUAGAGCUGCAGCGAUUUGUAAAAAAAAAAAACAUUACUCUGACAGCUAUCAAUGAGACAUCCCAGAAUGCUCAGUGAUACAUUUUAGGGAAUGUAUUGUUAAUGCAUUAAAAGUAAUGGGAAAAAAAGGCAUUAAAAUAAGGUAUGACUUUUACCUCAUUGUUUCCCUUUAAGGCUUAAUGAAGCUGUUUUGGUGUAUAAAUCAUUCUCUUGAAGUCUCACUGCUUGCUCAAUUCUCUACCAUUUAGGAGUUGUUGUUUAUGGAGCCCUAGCCACACUUCCCCUGACUGUGACUCACACAGCCUGCAUUAUAAAAUGGUUUAAUUUUAAGCCAGGUGUUAACUUACUUUAGACAUUUUUAUCUCCCCCUUGCCCCAGCCCACACCAUUUAUCUACCCACCUAUGGAAGCAUGGCCGAUCUGUAUGCUGACUAGCCUUUGUUAUCCCUUCAGUAAAAGUUUCCACAGUGAAGUGAGGCGCAAUGUGUACUGAGAGGACAGGGACUCAACCACUAUGCCCUACACACUGCACCACAUCAAACUCAAUGAAUGGGGAGUGGGGGCAAAUUGGUCUUCGAAGUGUUAAAACCCUGCUGUCUGAGUUUCUUACUUCACCUGAGUGCUCUCAGCCAAUCAUUCCAUCAGUGUCUCUGCCUGAGUGGUUUUGUAAUCAGAGGCGGGACUUUAGGCUGAUGUUUAACUACUGUUAAAAUACGAUACAGUCAGGUGAAGUAAUUAUAGUGUCAGGAGUGUUCCUUUAAAAUAAACAAGCUCAGUACUUAGACACUUUAAAUUCAUAUAAAAGUUAACUGUAAGACAACCUACUUUGCUAAAUCUGACAACAUGCUUUGAUGUACAUUGCUCAGUUUUUGAAGAAGCAAAGAAAUAGUGCAAAUAAUACCUGCAGAAAUUAUGUCAAAGUACAUGCCAAAGGACACAACAUUUUGUACAUUAAAAAAUAUAUAUCUCCUCUACUGUGUCCCAUCUACCAUGAUGUUAAAAAAAUAAAUCUAAAAAUAAAUAAUUAAAAUAAAUUCUUAUACGUCCCAGAUUCCUUAGGACACAAUUAUCUCCACACUGUGGAAAACCAGGUCAAUCCAUUUCAGCUAUCGUAAGUGAAUUUUCGAAUGUUAUAGAUGCAGUUAAAAAAUUGGACAUUAAGAAAUAAUCUCCCAUUAGUGUGUUUUUGUUUAAACAGCAUGUGUGAGGUUUCAGCUCAAUAUGCAGUAAAUUGUAUUCUCUUGCGCCACUCCCUCAGUCUUUGAAGAAAUGAGUGAUAGUGUUGAGUAUUGCAAGGGGAAAUCCAAAAAGAGAUGUCAAUAAAACAGUCCAAAUCAAGGCUGGGAAAAAAUAAUCUAAACCAGAAAUGCUACAAUAUUGCAUGCAAAUAAUUAUCCAGAAAGGAUUCACAAACCAAGCAUUCAGAAGCUGUUUGUUUGUUUGUGUGUGUGUGUGUGUGCGUUGCUUGGGGGAGUUGUGAAUGUGUCAAAUCCAUAUUAAACCAGCAGUUUAUCUUUUUAAAGUUUUUCCUCUAACCCUUUUUGACAGUUUGCAUUUUUGGUCUUACUAUGCUCUCUUGGGAAUUGCUAAUAGGUCCCAAUCCCUCUAAGAGUAAAAACAUAAAAAAAAAAAGAAUUUAAACUUACCUGUAUUCCACUGACAGGUGAAGCUCCCGGCAGCAAUCUCCCUCCUCUGUCUGAUGUCAGCAAGGGCCUUGAGUGGUCCAAUCAAAAAUUUCUCAUAGAGCUUCUAUUUGCUUGCUCAGUAGUUAACAAGCCCCCGGCACACAUAUAAAAACAUCUCUGAAUGUGAAGACUUUCAAGCAGAAAAUCGGCACUUCCAUACUUCUAUCACCAUGACCACUUCAACACACUGAUGUGGUCGUGGUGGUUGGAGGAACCCAAUAAUGGUCUAUAUGUCAUAACACUCUGUUCCAAAAUAGAAUAACACUCACACAAUGACUGUAGGGCUGCACAAAGCUACCAAAACUGAACUGCUGGAAAAUAGUGUCUGAAGAAUAGAUUUUGAUGACAGCAAACAGAGUUAUUUUUUAAAGUGUUUUCCAAGUGAAUUCCACAUUUAAGGUCCGAUUAGCCGAACAGAAAGCAUAGCUGACUGAAUUUUCCCACUUUGUCUAUUUUGACCUUAGAUUUGAAAUUCACUUGGAAUUCACCUUGAAUUCUCACUUUAGAGAAAAAUCCUAAACCUGUAUUUGGGUUUUAAAGGAGUAAAUGUGUAAUUUCAAUAGCUUAAUAUGAGAAUUCACAUAUAUGCAACCACAUAACAUUGUAAAGCUCUGCUGAAUAAGUUGGCGCUAUAUAAAUGCUGCUACUACUAUUAAUAUUGUAAAGCUCUGCUGAAUAAGUUGGCGCUAUAUAAAUACUGCUACUACUAUUAAUAUUGUAAAGCUCUGCGGAAUAAGUUGGCGCUAUAUAAAUACUGCUACUACUACUACUAAUAAUAAUAACAUGAAGCUGUGUCACCUGAAACACACAUCUGGCAUUCAUAGGGUUAAGCAACCAAUAUAUUUUAGAAAUGGCAAAUAUUUUACAUGAAAAAAAAAAUCAAUGUAUAUAAAAUAUAGACAGUAUAGCAAUAAUGUUUAAGGAAUUUUUUUUUUUAAUGUAAACAAUGCCUUUCCAGAGAAAAGGCAGUGUUUAUUUUGCUGCCUAGGAACACCUUUACUGGCAGUCAAUCAGAUGGCCACUGGAGGUGCUUCCUGGGUCAGUGCUGCACAUUGUGCAGCACUGUCGUUCAGCGUCUCCACGCUCUGCAUGGAAGCAAUGAACGCUCCCCAUAGAGAUGCGUUGAUUCAAUGCAUCUCUAUGCAGAGAUGCUGAUUGGUGCAGCUGGACAUUUUGCUACACGUGUGCAUUAUCCUCCAAUUGCUUUCCUAUGAGAAAGCUUUGGAUUGGCUGAGAUCGUCAAUUCUGAUGAUCUCAUGCAAAGAGGCGGGGUGGGGGCAGACCAGUGCUGGCGUACCUGCGCAAUGUUGGAAUAAAGGUAACCUUAUUACCUUUUUAAGUGGGAUAAGGGUGGGCUGGCCACUAACACAGUGUUUUUAUCCCUAUAGGGUCAGGAAUACACUUUUGUGUUCCUAACACUAGUGUUCAUUUAAAUCUAACAGAGAAUUACAAGACUAGUACAAAGUUGAGGAUGUUAACAUUAAUGCUGAACUUAUUUAACAAGUUAUAAAACAAACAGGAGAAUAGAAAUAGUGUUUGUGGCUCUAGCAACAACAUAUAGAACAGUCCCAAAUGAAAUCCACACAGUAUCCUAUUACUCUGCAUGCCAUCAUCACAGGCAGUAAAACUGGCAUCACAUGCCAAAUAUCUGAGACAGCCGAGUGUGAAAUGCCAUAGCAGGGAUGGGUGUUCACAUAAUAUCAAAAAUGAGAUCACUGGGACAAAAAUAGUUUUGGAUAUACUUGAAAUAAACUUAGAUGAUGAAAGAGUAACGUAUGAACUAACACCUAGAUUUAACCACAAAAGCAGUAAUAAUUAUAACAACAAUUAAUUUCUAUGAUCAUAUUUAAUUUGGUCAUGAUUAUUCCAAAUGGUACAUAAUGCCUAACAAUUUAAAGGCUUACUCCAAUCAAAAAACUGUAUUUUCUUAAAGCACUGUUUUGUUUAAGGUAACCCUUGCCCUGCGUUUCCACCCCAAAAAACUUAAAAAAUUAAUACAAAAUGAAAGGCACACACUUUUAGACAAUUGUUUUGUUUUAUUCUAAAGAUUUAGCUUUAAAUGACACCGUUGCCUCACUCUACAGGCUGAAAAAAGGAAGAAAAUUUGAUUUUUCUCUUCAUAUUUAUUGGCUUCUUGUAUAUUAUGUUUUCCACACUCACCACAGGGGGCACUGAUCUAACCAAUCAAUAUCCUAUCCCUAGGAAUGCUGGAAAAGUAUAUUGGGCAUGCCUGAUAGAUUUACACAAGUGCAGUUGGAAGAUCUCUUCAACUUGUAACAUCCUGACAGGGGGAGAACAGAGGGAGUCUGAUCCGUGUGAUCAUGCAGGCUCUGGUGUUGGGUUUCUCUCUCCUGUUUCUGCACAAUGAUGACCUGUUUCUGUCAUUAUUGAACUGGUCUAAAAAUGAGAUGGGUGGGUAAGAGGGAAGAGGGGUAAACUCCCCCUAGAUGAAAUGCGUGUCCAAUCUGACCAAGUUUAUAGUAAGUUUAUAAAUGUUUAUUACAUACUUUUCAAAGUUUUUCUUAAUUUAUUUUGGUUUGCGUAUUUGUUUAAGUGUUUGCUGGUUAACCUCUGUUUACUUUCAACUUGUCUGAUCCCACCUCUAAUAACAAUAACUCUCUCCACAUGUACCAUCUAUGUCUAUUGCCUGCUGGUUCUAAUUGUAUCUAAUGCACAAUAUUGUUGACUUUGUUUUCUCUCUGGUGGCGAACUCGCAUGUGGAUUGAGCUAUAAAUAAAUAAAAAAAAAUGUAAAGUUUUUGCUCGUUUAAAAAAAGAUAAUUGUCAAGUGAUGCAUGUCCCUUUAAACCGCUAAAAUUUACCUCACUCUCUAACGCUGUGGAAAGUUCUCUCUCAGACUGAUUUUCCUUUGCUGGUGGCACUCCCCUUCACCAGCAGAGCAGGGAGAAGUCACAGAGAGAGGGAGUACCACCAUCCUCGGUAUGGCACAAGCAUGCUGUGCGUGCUGACAUCAGAUGCCAAUUUUGCACAGAAUUAACAUUAGCCACCUGGGAUUUUAGCUCCAGACUGGCUAAUAACGCCCUAUGAUGCUGCCAGAAGGGAGCGUUACACCACCUCUAGAAGUAGAGGGGUUAAUCUCAAACUCCCAAACAAAGCGCUCAGCCUAUCAGAAACGUGUAUCAGUGAUGUCCCUGUUUUAAGCCUCAGACUGCACUGGCAGCUAGAGGGUAGAGGUGACAAGCACUGGACAGAAGGCUUUAGAGUUACACCAUUUAUUAAGGCAAGGCAGUGCUAGGGAACUCCUGGCACCAUGACAACCUUAUUGCAUUAAGUUUUAUGGUGCUCACGGUGUUCCUUAAUAAGGCCAGCAAUAUUGGGAACUGUAAUUUUAGGUAGUGAUGUACAAUUUCACCACCCUGACUCCAGGUACAUCAGCACUAUUUGGAAGUUAGCUGUGUUACAUUUUCGUUGAUUAAGUGGAUCCACAUUAUUAUUAUUAUUGUUAUUGUAUUUGGGCAGUAAAGAGUCCCAUUAAAGGAACACUAAAUAGUUUGGAAUAUAAAGCUUGGUUUUAAUCCGUCACUGCAGCUGUGGCGCUUCUAGUGUCUGUCAUAUUGACCACUCUAUUGAGAUGAAGGGCUGUGGGUGCCUGUAGUGUCCCUUUAAGUAAAUCAUGCUCAGUUCAAAAAAAUAUAUUUUUGAAUUGAUUUGUUGAAUGUGGAUACAGCUAGAAAGCCAUUGCAAGAGACUCUUGAAUGCAUUAACUAACAGUAAGACAGAUAUUGCAUGAACAGAGCUCACAAGGGACAUCAGAGAGCAGGGGUAGGCAACCUUUUAGUAGUACUGUGCCAAAACAAAAUCUUGAAGUCCCUUGGCAUGCCGGUCCUAUUUUUUUAAAAUUGAGGUGUGUAUGUUACUGUAUUGUGUUUGUGUCAUUUAUGGGUGCUGCAGUUGUUUUGAAGCAUUGUAUGUGUAUGUAUGUGGGCUGUUACAUUGUGUAUGUUCAUGAGUAGUUUGUGGUAUUGUGUAUAAUACCUAUGAAUGUGGGCUGUGUAUGGGGGCUUCAUGUGGAAUUGGGUGUGUGAAUGAUAUGUCACAUUGUGUGUUUGGUGGGGUGUGUCUGUGUGGGGCUGCUUGUGGCAUUGCAUGUGAGAGGCUGCUUGUGGGGUUGUUGUGCAUGUAUGUGGAUUGUCAGUGAUGUUGUGUGUGUAUAUGUGUGUUAUUUAUAUGAGGAGGAGGAUUCUUCUACAGCUCUGUGUAUAUCCAUGGAUGUGGGUGGAUUACCUAGGAUCAAUUGGGGACUGGCUGGCCACAUACAGGUCAAGGGCAGAAGCUGUGAUAGCUGCUGCAGGCUGCUUUACUCCAGUGUGGAUUCCGACAUCACUUCCUCAAUUACAAUGCUAUAAUGUGUAAAUUGAGGAUUGUCCCUCACCACUUGCAAUCACUGCUUGGCUUGCACUAGCAGAUAUUUCCCACCGGGGCUGGGGAUAGGCCAAAGCCUGUUUGGCUCUGGCAGCAUUGAAUGCAGUGCAAUGGCACCUUGAGUAUGCAAAAGGUUGCUGACCUCUGGAUUAGAGUGAUUUAGGAUCUGUAGGCAUCUUUCGAAAUGGCUCAAUUUGCACAUGAAUCUACCACAAGGAAAACUCCAAAUAAGACUGGAAUGUAAACUAUACAAACAUCUAAUAUAAGAAUAUUCUAUGGACAGAUAAAAAUAAAGGGAAUUUCAGCAAAAAAAAAGAGAAAAAGAAAACAGCCUCUUUGAUGAAAAGUAAAAAUAGAAUUCAAACAAAAUAUCCUCUUCUUAACAGUUAAUGCUCUGGCAAUCUAAGGAAGAGGAUAGUUUAAAUUACUGAGUGAAUAAUCAAGUUUAUUUACUAAACAGCAAGUUGUAGUAAAUUGUAAACCAUAGCCAAGCUUUGACUAUAGGGAAGAUGGAGAGCUUUUUCAAAUUGUCUAUUUUUGCCUACAUUUUGCAGUUCAGAUUUAAAAGUCACUGUUCAUUGAAUACAUAUUUUUGAUUGUUUUACAUAAUUUACAGAAGAUGUCACUGUCAUAAUCUUGGAGUUUAAAUUUCAUAGUACGGGUUAUAAAGUACAACAGUGACAGUGGCGGCUGGUGAAGGUUAAAGAUGGUGGGGCACUAGACUUGUCCCAAGGAAUUUGAUUCCGCACCUUUGUUGGGCUCUGCAAUCUCAACCCCCAUCCACUCAACCCAUGACCCAAUGAUGUCAUGCCCUGUUUGACACCAUGAGCCUAUAGAUAUAUUUAUUUCAGAAAAAAAACUACUAAUUUAAACAGGCCUGACUCUACACCCUGAUACUGUUACUCAAUAGCAGCCCCAGCGAAUAGGACAGUAAUUUAGGUUAUACAGGAUCUGGCAUCCUAAUAGCAAGCCAAUAGGUGAUGUCAGACAUCUUGUUAGACCUGACUUAGUUUGAUGGGACUAUAAUCAGAAAAUGGGAAUCUUGAUAUUCAUAAUGCUCUCUGCAACAUCUCCAGAGAUAAAGAGGGAGGAUAUUGGUGGGGGGAGAGGGGUCAUGAUAGAGUCAUGUUUUUUAUCACACAUGUUUCAUUACUCCACACCACACAAAAAGUUGUGAUUUAUUAAUAAGCUUUUUUUAAUACAACAAAAACUGAGGAGUUCUGCCCCACUGCUUUCACUAAACAGUAACCAGCAAUACAUUAACCCUCUACUUUUUUUUCCGCAAAAUUGGCAAAAAAAAAAAAUAUUUUCUUUUUCUUUGCCAGCAGACCUAGUGUGAACAGGGAAAUCGCUGGAUAGCAAUGCAAAUAAACAUAAAUAAGUGCCAGCCUGUGGAAAUCACAGCAUGCGGAAAAUUAUACCAGUGGGUACUGCAUGCGGAAAUGCGGGAUAUCUGGUCAGAAUUCAGACCGAUCAGAGGUUAGGGAUACCCGGUCAGUUUAUGCAGUACAGCCAAGAAUUAUUAUAACACACAGCAGUUUUGUGAGAGGGUUUUUCCAAAUAACUUUUAAGGUGCUAUGUGGGAUUGAUUAAUAGGUAAAGAAAAUGUUUUAUAGAAAUUAACGUUUUUAGUGGGUAUUAUAAAACUAAAUAUUUACAUACGUUUCCUAAAGAACUAUUGGGUUCACUCAUUAAACAUCAAAUCGCAAUAAACCGAAAAGGGAAUUGUAGCCAAAAAGCACAGUUUUUGGAUUAAUUUUUCAACUCUGCUAUAGUCACAGUUCAGCUAGCUUAGCCUAAUAUUCAGUAACGUUCUGUGUUUACUGAAUAAACCCCAAUCAGUGCUAGAACAAUGUAUUCAAUAAAAAUAUAGAAAGGGAUUUUGUUUUUUAUUUUUUAAUAAUACUAUUUAGCUAUUCUUAAGAGUUUCAAAUUAAAGUUUGUGAUGGUAAAAAUGGUUAAUAAACUUUGACUUCAGAUUACAUGUUUAUAAAUAAAGUAGAAUGCCAAGGUACCCUAUCUUAGUGCAAUCUAUUUAAUAAUACUGAAUUAAAAAUGGUACAUUGAUAUUUCACUCUGUGUGAAGCUAUAUCUUGUUUCCCUAGUGAUAAGAAUUAGUACAGUCAGCAAAUUCUUGUAAUGUUAGAAAAGUUCACUGGUAUGUUGGGAAAAAAAGAAAAAAAGAAAAGAAAAAUGUAAAACUGCGUGAAUAUGCAAACUCCGCACAUGAAUAGUUAGUGUAAAGAGCUUUCACUAGUAUAACAUAUUUCACAUGAUAAUGCCAGGACAGGAGCUAGGAAGAGAGAAAUGUUCAGAUAGACAGACAGACAGACAGAUAUGAGAAAUGCUUUGCAGAAAUUGAAAUUACGAUAUCCCUGCUGAAGUCUGAAGGUGUAAAUAAGUAAGACCUUGCAAUUACAUUUGUUGAAAUGACAGACUUGAAAUGUAUAUCAUGUUUAAUGUGGAGGAUAAGUAGUCUUCUCAUCUAUGCAGUAAAUGGCAGUAAAUGGCUUGACACCAUACGUAAUGCAGUGUAUUAAAGGGUUUUAGUAAUUAUACUUCCUGUACACUCUUAUAUCUAAGGGAACUCUGCCAGUGGGAAGUGUGAUGACGGUUAAUAGCUAUGUAGUAGAGGUUUCAUCAGUUGUUUUUUUUUUCCGUUUAUUGUUUUUGACUCUGUCUCUACUUCCUAGGGCGAGAGAAACUAAUGGGCAAUUGACGGUGGUCCAUAAGGGUGUGAUGCCCUGGUCGUGGUCGGCGGUUCAAUUCUGAGUUUAAACCAAUGUAGAGGAGGUGGAGAUGAGAACUUCUCUUGUGUAGCUCAUGUUAAGGUUAUCAUCAUGUUUUAGGUAUCUAGUGGACCCGAGCAGAAAUUGCCUGUGCUUAGGUCAACCCAGAAACACAAUUGUAACUACUCUUAAUUCACUAGGAAUCUGAAGAAGAAGGAACUUCUGAUCCAGACUUGUUUUUUUUUAAAAAAAUAGACUCAGAAGCAUCCGAAUAUAGACUGAAAUGGAAUGAAAAAGAAUACAUUCAGAACACAUCAUAUAUACAGAAUAUAUAUGCUGCAUGUAUAUAGAAUGUAUAUGCUGCAUGUUGACAGGAAGUAUAUGAUGUAUGUGCUGCAUGUGUACAUAAGGUAUGUGCUGCACGUAUAUAGAAUAUAUGUGCUGCCUGUAUACAGAAUGUGUAUGCUGAAUGUCUAUAAAAUGUAUGUGCUGCAUGUAUAAUGCAUAUAGAAUGUAUGUACUAAAUGUAUAUAGAAUUUAUGUGAUAUACAAAAUAUAUAUAUUGAAUGUAGAUGAUAUACACAAGAUAGCAAAGUAGGAAGCUGUCUCCUAAGCAGCUGAAAGAUCAAUAUCAAGAAAAGCCAAUUUCUUAAUUUUGCUCUUUUAACUAUUCAAUAGCUAGCUCCCAAAUUUGGCACCCUUAUGUGGGAUUGCCAUAUUAAGGAUACCAAAUUAGGGCACUGAUUAGCAGAUAGCUCUCUUAUUUGGUAUCCUUGAAAAGAAACAACUUUUGCUUAAAGAAGCAGUUUUGGUGAAAAUGUCAUGCCCCCGCAGUCCCACUGCUGAAACCUUUGCCACUUAGGAGCUAAAUCACUUUUUUUCUGUUAAUUCCGCCCUAGCCACACAUCCACUGACUGUGACUCACACAGCCGGCAUGAAAUUAAAUGUUUCAUUUUCAAUCAGAUGUUAAUUUGCUUUAGACGUUUUUUCUGGCCAGUAAGGCAUUUAAAAAUGCUAAAGUGGACAGGAGUCAUCAUUUGUCCACAACUCAAUGAUAACAAGCCUGCGAAAGUAGCCAUGAAAACUUUAGGGAGCUAUGUGCCUUUGGAGGCUUCCUGAAGAUCGAAGAUGGUCUUACCGUGUUAUCUUUCAUCACACUCUUCUGAGCUCUGGAUUUUUCACGUCUGGAUGAGGUAUUUAGUUGGGUUUGCUGGGAUUUAUCUCUGGCUAAUGUAUCAAUUUGAUUUGCUUUAGCAGCCCAACAGGUUGGCCCAAUUCCAGAUCAAGGUUCCUUAUAAAUGCAGGUGUGUAUUGGAUUUCUGAGAAAAGGAGUUUGUGUCAAGGUAUCUAAUUGCAGACAAAGGAAAGUCCUCCUGGAUAAAAAAAGUAACAGUGCUAAUCUCCAUGCCUUGUACACAUAGUCUCACAUAUCACAUGUUCCAAUGCUCCUGUAACAAAGAAACAAAAUACUGAAAUCUUUUUACUAAUGAGUUGUUACAAAUCUACAUGGUAAGGAAACGUCUUUUUUAUAUAUUACUUAUUAGUAUUAGCAGGUGUUUUGCAUAUAAUAUAAAACCGUCCUCUGAUGGGACCUCUUUUAGGACAGAAAGUAUCUUAAUCCAGAUGUGAGCAGGUAUAUUCUACCUCUACGCAGUCACUGACGUUCUAGGUUUCAUUAUUUCUUUUUACCCAAUAUAUAUUUAUUUAUUUCAAAUAUAUUUUUUAUCAAUGAUAACUUGACAGAUAAUCAUGUUAGUGAGAGUAUAAGCCAAGUUAAGGAUUCCAACUCAUUGGUCUAAGGGUUUAAAAUACCAAAGGAUACAAAAAUCAGGCAAUGAGCUAUUAGUUGUAACCUAAGUCACAAUUAGGCAAAUACCUGAUUAUCUGGGUAUUUUACAUAGAUCAUACUGGAAUGUCACUGAACAGCAUCAUUAUCAUAACACCAACAUUAUUAUUAUUAUUAUUAUUAUUGAUAUAGUGCCAUCAGAUUCCGUAGUGCUGUACAAUGGGUGGACUAACAGACAUGUUAUUGUAACCAGACGCACAGGAACAGAGGGGGUGGAGGGCCCUGCUCAAUGAGCUUACAUUCUAGAGGUGCGAGAAUGGGUGCGAGUUGAUGGUGAAUGAUGUAUCAAAGUAAUCAGCAGUACAAUGAUAUACGGAAUGGAUAGUAUAAAUAUUUGCUAAAGAGAGGCACCCACAGACAGGACCUUAGAGAGGAACAUAGAGCCAUACUGAGUGGUGGCAGGACAUGUUAUCGAGAAAGGACACCAAGGUACAGUGACAAGCUGCUCUCAUCCAAGUAGGGCAUUCCAAUCACAUUUCACAGUGUGUGGAUCUGUUGUCAUGUACUGAACUCAAUUUCUUUUACUAUACAGGGGGUUUAUGGGAUAAGUUCAGCUCCCAUAAAGCAAUGGGAAGUGCAGAAUGUCUGACAGGAAGUCAGUUAUUUUCUAGUCUGGGCUCAACUCACAUGAAGUUGGAAACCAUAGUAUGUUGCAGAAAACAUAGGAACUUUAAAAGUUUUUCACCAGCCUGAAAUGUCUAUUUUAAUUGCCAUUUAUAUAUUCCUUUACAUAGAUACCCUACAUACACGACCAAAUUUCUGCUGCUUUGACUACUGAGGAAGCAUUAGCUGGAAAAGCAAUGGAUGUCUGUGAUUAGCAGCUGACAACUUUCAGCUUGGAACAGUGCUGCCAUGAAUUGGUGUGGCUAGAAGGAAUUGCUUCAUCUCUGCCUUGGCCAUACCUCUAGUAGGGGUCAGGCUGUGGGUGGCCAAAAAAUCUUAGCGUUAAACCGCUCGAAAAUGGUUUAACACUAAAUGGAAUGACAUCACUAUAUGAGCAAAACAUAAUAACCAAUUCAAUUAAAAUAAAUUGUUCUGGAGCAUACAGUGUAACUACAAACAGCAUUUACAGACCUAAACAUUCUAGAAACUUAUAAUAACCUCAGCCAUAACCAGGAAAUGAGUCGUGAAAAAAGAGGAUUGAUGGGAAGAGGACAUCAGCUACAUUUCAAUUUUAUACACAGAUCAAGUGAGAAGUGACUAGCAGAGGAAAAUCAGUAGGAGCAGUAAAUCAAUAUGUAAUACUAAAAGUGUAAAUCACAGAAUUAAAAUGUAAAGGCAAAGGAAAAAUUAUCAAUGAAAAACUGUGCUUUUCUGGGACAGAGUAUUUUUCAUGGUAAGUCUAUGCACUUAGAGCACUGUUGUGAUUUUAAGCAGAAGGAAAUAGCUAUAAGGGUUGUUCACUAAAGUUAAAAGUCAGAGUGAAUUCAAGGUUAAUUUCAAAUUUAAGGUAAAAUUUGGUGAACUGAGAAAAUUCUCUAAGUCUGCUAUUCUUUCAGCUUGGAUUUCAAGAGAAUGAAGUAUGUUGCUUAUUAGAACCCUAGAGGGCAGGAGAGAGCUAGUAAUAAUGCACUGUAAAAAACAGGCCUAAACAUUAAUAAAGAUAUAUUUACUACGUAUCUAUUUAAAUCUUCAGUAAAACCAUUUUAUAUUCUACUUUGUGUUUUUAUUCACUGGUGAGAUAUUAAAGUUUUAAUAGUAAACUAUAUAGUAAAAAAAAUAAAAAAAUAAAAUAAAAAAACUAUAUAGUAAAAACAAAGACAAACAAUUUACCUCUAAUAAAUAGUUCUGCUAGAAAGUCUUACUUACUAAUAUGCUGACUUGUGAGCGUUACCGGGUUGAUUUCAGCAGCUCUUUUCACCAAAUAUUACGGUAUGGUUUGCAAUAGCUUAAUGCUAGCAUUCUAACAGACGGAAAAUGCAUACACACAGAUAUGCAUUCUCAAUGAGCUUAGAACUUAUUUAGACAGCCACACAUUUAAACACUGGCACAAAAAAGAUACCCACAAAAAUAUUUAUAUUCACCACAAUCAGAUUUCUGCUAAAAAUGUCCACUAGGGAGCACCGUUUGGAGCUUAAGUGAGUUGGUGGGGACCAGGAACGGAACUAAUGUAGAAAGGGCUCUGUUGGCAAAAAAUAUUUUUGCAAGGUAGUUCUCAACUGUUGUACAACUGCGAAAGUGAUUUGUCAGCUGUAGAUCUACCAUAUGCCUAUCCUGCAAUGUUGUAUGUGUGAAUGUAUGAUUGUCUUUGUAUGGAGUGUGUAUGUAUGUUUGUGUUUUGUACAUAUAACUGAUGUUAGAAUGCAGGUUUGUAGUUAUGUGUAGUGUUGGAGUUUGAGUGUUAGCAUAUGUUUUGUAGUGUUGGUAUUUAAAUGCAGGGAUGUUUUUGUAUGUAGUGUUGUUUUUUCAUACAGAUGCAUAUUCACAUAUACACAUACAUUCCUAUGCACACAUACAGAUGCACAUUGCCAAACAAAGAUACACACUGGCACUCACAAAGUGCAACACAGAGAUCCACACAGACACAUACACACAGAGAUACACACUGGCACUCACAGAUUGACACAAAUGAACAGAUACAGUGACACACAAACAUGCACAUACACACAUUGACACACAUAUACAUACUGACACACAUAUGCACACAAUGACACACAUGCACACAUAUCCACACAGUGACACACAUGUACACAUCUACAAACACUGACCCAUAUGCACACAAGACACACAUAUACCCUUUACGACUCAUCCUCAGUUAGAGCCCAGCUCUCAUCAUGCUGUGUGCAGUGUCUAUCCCCUUGCCCCAGCUAGCCUCCUUACAGUCCUGCCUGGUUAAAUAGAGGCUGGGGAAGAUUAAAUCUGAUGGAGAUGAGUACUAAUGAUUAAUCCAUGCAUUGCAUUGUAGAAAGCACAAGCAAAUGUAUGGUUUAAAACAUAUUAAUCUGAAAUGUACAAUACUACAAGGAUAGCGACUGCAAAAGUCAAAAGCACGUGCAACAUAUUAUGUUUGGGUGUACACCAACAAUAAAUGAUUAUUUAAACUUUACUUACAUAUUCAUUUAAAAAUCCAGGUAUAGAAUUCACACUUUUUCUCUACAAGCAAGUUGUAGAAAAUGAAAGACAUUAUAUUUUUCUUUUAAAAGCAUUAAGCUAAACCUAGAUCAUGCUAGGUGCUUAUCGAGACCCAAACAAGGUCACACGGAGGAAUUUUUCUGGUCUCCCAAAUGUCCUGAUUUCAGCGUAACAGUAAUUAUUUCCGGGUCCCGUCCCACCGUCCCAGGUUUACAAAUUAGAUGCACUCACACUACAUUGAGGGUACUAGGACCCUGCAGAGGGCACUAACUGCAUGAUUGGCAAUCAGCCUGACAUGCAUUCAACCCAGAAUGACUUGCCUAUUCUUCAGGUUGACCCACCCCUUUUUAGCCCCUCCCACUGGCAUUUAAUUUAUAGAAAACCUAUAAAAUGUGUGAUAAACAGCAGCCCAUUUGGUGAAGAAACGCUCUUUCAUAUGCAGCAAGCCAGCAUUUACCUAAAUCUAAAAGUAAAAUCUUAGCUAUUCUUUUCUAGCAAUUAAGCUAGCGUUAUAAAGUAUGAAUACAUUUUUAUAACCUACAAAGAGCCACUGUGUUAUUUUUGCAAGACAGAUAUCUUUAAAAUACAUGAGGACUUUAGGGGACAAGUAUGUAACACUGAAAUAUGAACUCUGAUGAUUUUCUGUCUGCAAUAGUGUACGGGCUGCAGGCUAACAGUACUUCCUGUUAUUUUCAACAUUAUUAAUGUUCUCAAGUCUAUCUACAUAUUUCUACAGUGAUCCUGGUAACAAGGCCGUUUCUUUACCUGAAAAUUAAGUGAAAACGAGGAGUUGUUUUAUUCUUACUAAGGCAAUAAAACAGUUGGCGUUUUUUUGUUUGUUUGUUUUUGUACUUGUUAAGGGAAGUUUGACAACGAACAUGACACUAAACUUUAUGAAUACCUAUUUUAAAAAAACAAAAACAUGCAAUUGUGCACCAGAGUUAUCACAGUAAAGUGGAUACAUGUCUAUUGUAUCAUUGCUUAAGUGAAUCCUGCUACCACAGUUCAUGUAGAACGUCCCCAAAAACAUACAAUGAAUCCAAAGUAUCAAUAAUCGUAAAAUGGAGAAAUAUUUAUACAAAUACAACCAAUGUGUUUCACAUGAAACCACACCAGCACAAUACCGAGCUUCAUAAUGUUAUGUUAAACAAUGGACCAGAAUCCAAUCACUUUAACAGAAGUAGACAUUAUAGUGCAACACAUUAUAAAAAGUGUAUAUAAUGGAGCACUCACAUAAGAUAGAGCUUACAAGUGAGCUCUAACUAUCUCAAGUGGUCACAGUUGAGUGACCAGUUGAGUAUGAAGUAGUACAUGUAGAUCAAUGGGUAGAUCGUCCAUUGAUAUCCACUCUCAAAGUAAAUAAAAGAGACCGACAUAGUGUAGUACCCUAAUCAGUAUAGAGCUGAUACAAACAAGAAAUACACUCACAUGAGCUGGAGGCCUUAGUUUAUUGCAAUGUAUGUUUGAAGUCCUCACCAACUUUAUGUGGAGACAGGAACUCCAUGUUGCCCCUUUUUCAACACUUGAUUGAACUUAUCGGUGCUCUCACCUCAAGAUUUGGAAAAAUACUGUAUUACAGCUAAUCAGGCGUAAGUCACAUGCAGAACUUGAAAUUAGAAUGUGUGCAAUCUACGAGUCACUUUCUCUCACUGUAAUCUUAAACACCUCAGGAGAGAAAGGAAAAUAUAAAAUAUUUUUAGAUACAAAAACAUUCCAAGCACCUAAAAAUAUUUAAUGCGGAUGAAUUUGCAGCAUACUUCAAGCUUGUGUGGAAAAAAAACACUGAUCAUUGCUCCACCCACUGGUCUCUCACCUUAGACAGGAAGUAACAGAUUAUGACUUGGUCAUCAGAUCAUGUCUCGGUUUUGAGAAUGCUGUAAUUAUUAUCACUUUUAUUAUUAUUGCUAUUUAUAAAGCACUGUCAUACUCCACAUUGCUGUACAAUCAGAGGAAAAUAGACAGAAGAGUAUAGACAAAUCAAUAAAAAAGAAACAGAGAACCCGGGACAGUGAACGGAAAUUGUGUAUUAACUCCUUAAAGACACCUGACAUGCGUGACAUGUCAUGAUUCCCUUUUAUUCCAGAAGUUUGGUCCUUAAGGGGUUAAAAAUGCAUAUAUUUUUUCAGUUAGACCAACAAAAUGGAAGUACAUGAACAAGUGCAUAGAACCCACUUGCAUUUUUCAUUGACAUACCGGAACAAUUCUCAUUCAUUUUUUCAGGAAAAGUAAUGGCCCUCUGAACUUCAUGAGAAACAAUAUAAAGAACUAUUUUAAAACUGAAUUUUUAUAUAUGUGUGGUGUCUUAUACGUCCUCAAAUAUCCAUGAGUGGCAAUUAACUGACUCAGAGAUCUUCAACAGUGGGUGGAUAAUCAAAAAAGAUAGUAUAAUCUACAUAAGAAGAACCAACUGCAUAUAUAUUUAGGGAAUUUAUUUUGUAUUUAUUACAACUCUUUGUUUAGGACACUUUUGUGCUUCAGGAUAAAGUAUAACAGCUACAUAAAUUUAUAUAAUGCAGAACAAGUAACCGUUCAUAAGUACGACAUGCAAAAUUUAAAGCCCAGAAUAAUUGCUUGAUAAUAAUUUGGACUAUUUGGUAUACAUUUUUACCAAUUUUAAGUGCAUAUUAUUUAUUUUAUGUAACAUUAAUAUGGAUAAUAUUAGGAAUAAGAAUAGAAAAAAGGAAAUAAAGAUCUCACGUUUGUCUUUAAGGUCUCAGCCACAGUUUAUAAUAUCAGAUCUGUCUCCGAAACUUGACUGGGGAAUCCCAGGAGCUCUUCCACCCGACCAGGCUGCAACUCUUCUUCCAUGAAGGUAUCGUCCCCUUUGCCUAUUCCUCUGCAGCUCUCCUUCCAGGCAGGUAUGCACCUCUGCAUGCAAUGUGAUUUGCACCUGCUUUUAUAAUGGCACUUGUGACCCUCAGGCCUGGCCUUUUGACUUUGCCCCAUGCUACAGGGACCAUCCAUCCAGCCAGCCAGCAAAUCUGUUACCUGUUACUGGGGUCCAUGAACAAAUUAGAUACAGUUCCAAAUAGAACUAUAGAGUGUAAGCUCGUUUGAGCAGGGUCGUCUUCAACCUAUCGUUUCUGUGAGUUUUUUGUAAUUGUCCUAUUUAUAGUUAAAUUCCCUCCUCUUAUAAUAUUGUAAAGCGCUACAGAAUCUGAUGGCGCUAUAUAAAUGGCAAUACUACUAAUAAUAAUAACUAGCGCAAUUCUUUAUUUUUGGACAAGAACUAGCCUUUGGGUACUAAUCCUUAAACUUGUGGUGACAAGCAUUUGAAGUACAAAAAACACAGAAGAUUGGAGAACAAGCAAUUAUAAUUAAUACAUGAAAUAUGUAAUACCAGUAACAUUUUCAAGCACAGUACAAAAACAGCAAUAUUUGGUUGCCCUCAUUUGCAUGCUUGCAUUAUGUAAAUGCACACACUUCUACUCAGUCAGCAGAGGGCACUGCAGAGUUAUCAAGUAACAGUGCAUAGUUUGUUAUCCAAUUGCUACCAUCACAAGCCAAUUUCAAGGGCUCUCGGGAAAAGGUCCACAGUCUGUGGGCAAGAGGCUGGACUUCAAGCCUCUCCAAAAGACCAUGGCAUGGGAGCUUCUGUCACAGCAUACAAUUAAAUUGUGGAAUUAAGACGUGCAGAUUAGUGGGUAAUCAUUUGUGCGGAAUAGGUGAACACAGUAUCUCAGUUCCACCAACCCCACAAUUAAUCUGUAAAACCAUCAAAGUGGGAUUAUUAUGGUAGCAAAAUAUGUUUUCAAUAGAACUGUUAUUGUAUUGUCCAAAACAAAUUACUGAUAUAAAAUUAAUUCAAAAAUUGUAUAAAGCUAUUGUUGUCAUUGUGCUUUUAAUGGCAUCUGCUAAUGUGGGAUUUGAACCAACUACUUAUUACAUGUGACAUUUUAGUUUUGUGGUUGUGGGACUAUAUUUAUUUUCAUUUUUAAAGUAUUUUUUUUUUUUAAAAGUAAAGGUAUGAUUGCUUAACAAAAGAAAAAUAGAAAAACGUAAUUGUUACAAUUUGUUUUCACUCUCAUUAUAUUUAUUUCAAAUGUGUUAGAACGGAAUAUAUAAAUUCUAUAAUUUUAUAGUAUAUAUUAAAACCUAAAAGAGUAGAAUAAAAAUAUUAAAAUCCAGUGUACGGAUAAUUUAGGUGCUUACAAUAACAAAAAAUUGCAUAUUGCAAUGUUUACAGCACGUUUUAUGCCAUGCCUUUCUAUUAAUUAAUGAAUGAAUUCAUUAAUUAACUCGGCAUAGUUUUGACUAUCUACAGCUAAAUGCACAAACCUUUAAAAAAACUUCAGUGCUGCAAGAACAUAUAAGUAUGAAGCAUAACAUAUGUGUUAUGCUGCCACCUAGCAAAAAACUAAGUUUAUUGCAGUUAAUGUAAUAUAGAGAAGUGGGACAUUAAGAGAAUCAAUUCAGCUGAACCAAGUUUUUUCAAUGUGAACAAGUCUACUGGCCGCUUCGAAACUAUACUUACCAUUUACCAGCAUACUGCACUGUCUAGCCUCCACUGCUAUCUGAUGCACUGUACUCCUUGUGCCUUUCCACAUUUGACUUUGCCUAUCAUAUUUUAUAUGACAGUCUACAAGGAUAGUUAACUAGUGGAGAGAAAAAAAUGGGUCGCAAGAGUAUUCUGAGAACGGACAGCAGCUAAAAUAGCCUGCCCUUCGGUGGGUCCCCGCUCAGAACUCAAGCUGGUUUUAGCUCAACUUGUGCCAUUACAGAGAGAACAUAUCUGAAGCAUAUCAGACUGGUCCCACCCAUACGGGCAGUCCAGAUCCGAAAUGCCAGCAAGUUCUCUCUGCACGAGAGAUACAGCAACCCCAGACGAUCGUUUCAGCCUUGUUAGGCAUUGUCAGUGAGGCAUAGCUGAUAUCUCUCUAGGCACCGUGAGCAAGGGGUCCACGUCUGGAUUACCCUUUAAACUAAUGGAGAGAAAAAAAUGGGUCGCAAGAGUAUUCUGAGAACUAGUGCUCCUAAAUAAAACUGAGGCUGUGUACAGAGAGAUUUGAAAUCUGCUAGUCAGAUCUGUCCCCCUACAUACCUUGCAGAUACAAUGUUUUGGACUGACACCUUUCUAGGUGUAACAAACACCAAGACAAGUUAGCCUUUCUAUAAACCUGCCAAAAUAUGAGCUGCCCUUUUUAAAGACAGUUUCUCUAUAUUCAUCUGUUAGGUUCUUACUUAACACCCUAUUUGAUUGAUAUUUCCUGUCCUAACGUGUCUUAUACCCCACCUCCUAUAGACUGUAAGCUCGUUUGAGCAGGGUCCUCUUCAACCUAUCGUUCCUGUAAGUAUUUUUGUAAUUGUCCUAUUUAUAGUUAAAUCCCCCCUCUUAUAAUAUUGUAAAGUGCUAUGGAAUCUGUUGGCGCUAUAUAAAUGGCAAUUAUAAUAAUAAUAUUCUCGAUACUACAGCCAUACUGGGGUGGAAUAAAAUAAAGUCUCCACGGCCUCCCCCUUUUUGGAGGGGUUCUGUGUUUUAAUCUAUAUUUGUAAUUAAGAAAUGAGAUUGCCUCUUUCAUUGCAAUGACAUGCUCAGUAAGUACAACUUUAUUGUACAUUUACUUUCAACAACACAGGGGAGAUCAGCACAUUAUAGCAGCACUCAGCAAGUGAGCUAUUUUGCCUGGUUUUACCAGCUAGCACCUUUACUAAUUGGCAUUGCAGAAAAGUUAUAAAACCUAGUACAUAACAAUUUUGGUGUAAAUGUUGCUGCAUAGCCAAAAAAACAACAAACAAACCAGCCAGUCAGGUUCUCGUAAAUUGAGCUGAACGUCAGACUACCUGCACUUUAACCCUUGCAAUGUCGGCUAAUCAACCUUUUUUUCCUGCAGUUAUUUGCUUGUAUCUUGUAACAUGUCCAAUAGUGCAGAUUACAUAUACUCAAAUACAUUUUUAUUUCAUUUUUUUUAUAUGCUGUUUAAAUUAAGGAUCUAACCAACACACCUUUUUGGGUCAAUUGCAAUAUGUGGUGCUCUUUUAAACAUAGUACUAAUUUUCAUUUAGUUAUACUGCUGUACGAAAUCACUUUCUCUUGUGUUUCCCCCUCAUUCCUUUCCAUUAAGGUUUUUUUUUUUUACCAUUUUGAGUGAUCGGAUCUCAGAAUGAAGGUGUGUAAGAUCUUCCAUCCAUUCAGCCUGCUCCGUGUGAGAUUCCUAUCGGUGCAGGAAGUAAUUUUGUUCAAGCGUGGGGCAGAGAUUGUCAUGGUCAUAUCUGUAUAGUAAAAAGUAAACUUACCAUCUUAUCCUUAUCUUCAGCCCAAAACAAGGUCAAAUAAAACUUGCCUCUCUGUUGGUGCCCAAAUUGGCUGGGCCAGCCAGGAUAGGGUAUGUGCAGGCCCCACGCAUACACUGAAUAGGCAAAGAGAGUUGCCAAACUAAAUUGCAAGUAAAUUUGUUUACUGGAAUUACUCCAGAUCCACUAAUUCAGAGUUUGGUAGAUAUGUAAAUCAUAUGCUCUAACAGCUUUAGUAAAUAUGAGAAUUACACAUUUGUUUGUACUCUAAUAAUUUUUUUUUAAAAAUUCUGUCCAUUCAAAGUAUAGUGAAAAAUCGUGUCAAAAGUUGAGAUAACCCUGUUGGUUUUUAAUUUAUGAAACAGAAACUUGUAUUGAAUUGAAAACCUUAAUUGCAAUAUUCAGGCUAAUAUCGCCAAUUCAUAACUACAUCUCUGUUGGUGAUUUUUUCCAAAACCCAUAUGUUUACUUAAAUUUUGCAGUUUAGUAUUCAAUUCACUGAAAUUCACUGUUUAGUGAAUAAUCCCCCAAACAUUUCCUAAUUUAACAUAAACGGAUUAAAAUAUUGUAUUGACUGUAUAUUUUGCAUUUAAUAACUGCGUGUUUUGCAUUUUUAGAAUUCUAACUGGCCUUGCAAUAUUUUUAUUCUAACAAACAAUCUGCUGCCUGAGAUGCUUACUGUGAAGGCUAUCAAAAUGGGAUACAGCAAUGGUGAUAUGCCUUCCUGUUUAUCUAACAGAGAAGAAUUUCCAGGACAGAGAUACAGUUUCAGGAAUCAUGUGAUUUAUUUGCUGAGUUCAGGAGUUUGAGAACAAUGUAUGGAUGUCCAGCAUAGUGAUGACUGAGUAAAGUCGUAUCCUUGCAGUUAUACACAUAAAAUGUAAAGUAUGUAAAGCACAUUAUAAAAAUAGGCACAUUACAAUGAACUUUACCUAGUUCCUAAUUAUUUUUGACCACACUGCUAUUUCCUAUAGAUGUCUUUGUAUCUGUAUGUUACUUUGGUGUUAAGCAGCCUGGGCACCACAGAAAUUUGCGAACUUCAUGUCUUAUGCAGCGGGGCCAUCAGCUCGCCAUGCAUCAUUAUAGAAUGGGGUGCAGUGGUGUACCCCACACCAUAACAUUGUGUCACUAGAGUGCAAGAUUGCAGCAGGGUUCUGUUAUGGGCACUAGAAAUACUGUGAACUAUUACUCCCAUUAUUCUCAAGCAACCAAAGGUCUAAAGCAUAAUAUAAAUAGCCCCUAAAUGUAUGUACCUCUUAACAUGAAGAACUCCCUAACUGCUUACCCCAUUCAUCUUCUAAUUGCUUAAAUUAAAGAAAAACAGUAACGAUAAAAAAAAUAUAUGGGUUACUUUUUAAUGAUAGGGUGUUCCUUAAUGUGUUUAGAUUACUCCCUCCGCACUUUACUGAAAGGGAAAAAAAAGGGAAGAAAACCACCAUAAAACACGUGUAAACCCGUUCCGGUACAGUCCCCGCUAUGCAGUCAUGCCACCUUCAAUGAAGCCACCAGUUAUGAUGACUUUUAUCCAAACCAGUGUUUCUCAUAGAAAAGAACCGGAGAUAUGGGUCACAUGCAUGGCAAAUGCUCUACUCCAUCAAUCAAAUUAUUUUCAUUGAUUAGCAAUGAAUCCAAUUCAUACUGUGCAUGAUGACGCCUAACGUGAAGACCUUCGACUGUCAAAGGUCUUCAAUGAGAAGGCACCAUUAGUGGCUUUUUGUCUGACACGUAUGAGACUUUACUGAGACAUUAUCACUAUUUUGGAAAUCCAUAAAAUAUAUAAUACAUGCUUUAGCAUUACUUCUCUUGUAUAUGGCAUCAUUCUUGUAUUUAUAAUGUGCCAGAAGAAAAUCCUGACCAGACUCCUUUUGGGGUUAAGCACCAAGCCCAGUCCCCCAGCUUCAGGUGUCCCUUUAGAGAUGACCACAGCUAUAGGUAUCAUUUGAGGAGGUUUUGGAUAGUAAUGUCACUUUAAUUAUAAUUGUAAUUGAGCAGAUAUAUAAUUUGCUCUCUGAGUAUAUACAUCAAAGCACUAUCACUUUAAUUGUUAAGUUUGACACUGCAUUUUUUUGAAUUGUAUUUAACACAUUAAUGUUGAAUUUUAUAUAUACAAAAUGCUCUUUCAACAGCAUUUUUUUCAAAUUUUCUUACCGUUAAGGACCAGGGCUGUUUUUACAUUUCUGCGGUGUUUGUGUUUAGCUGUAAUUUACCUCUUACUCAUUUACUGUACUUACACAUAUUAUAUACAGUUUUUCUCGCCAUUAAAUGGUCAUUCUAAAUAUACCAUUAUUUUCAUCAUAUCGUAUAAUUAACUAUAAAAAAAAUUUUAAAAUAUGAUGAACAAAUAAAAAAAACACACUUUUUCUAACUUUGACCCCCAAAAUUUGUUACGCAUCUACAACCGCCAAAAAACGCCUACGCUAAAUAGUUUCUAAAUUUUGUCCUGAGUUUAGAAAUACCCAAUGUUAACAUAUUCUUGGCUUUUUUUGCAAGUUAUAGGGCAAUAAAUACAAGUAGGGCAUUGCUAUUUCAAAAUAUAUAUUUUUAAAAUAGUGACGUUGUAACACUGUUAUCUGUCAUAAAUGUCUCAAUCACACCUCACAUGUACAUAUUUUUUUUAACGUAGACAACCCGGGGUAUUCAAUAAGGGAUAUGUCUAGUCUUUUUAGUAGCCACUUAGUCACAAACACUGGCCAAAGAUAGCAUUUAUAUUUGUUUGUGUGUUAAAAAUGCAAAAAACUAUUAUGAACAGUAACGAAAAAAGACUGAACAUACCCCUUUUGCAAUACCUUGGGUUGUCUUCUUUUGCAAAUAGUAUGCCAUUAAAGGGGUGAUUCUCAUUCCUGGGCAAUUUCAAUGUAAAAAAACAAAAAAGCAAGCCUUAUAUUUGACCAUGUAACUUUCAAAAACACUAUAAAACCUCUACAUGUGGGGUACUGUUAUACUCAGUAGACUUCGCUGAACACAAUUAUUAGGGUUUUUAAAACAGUAAAACGUAUAACAACAAUGAUAUAAUCAGUGAAAAUGCCAUUUGUAUGUGAAAAAUGCAAAACACUUCACUUUCGCUGACAAUAUCAUCGCUGUGAUAUGUUUUACUGUUAUGAAACACUAAUAUUUGUGUUUAACGAAGAAUCCCUAAUUAAACAGUACCCCCCAUGUACAGAUUUUAGGGUGUCAUGGAAAGUUACAGGAUUAAAUACAGUGCUAGCAAAUUAAAUCACAUAAAUAUGCAUGUAUAAUUUGAAUAUAUAUACAUAUUUAUAUAUUUGAAGUCUAUAUGUAUAUUUAUGAAAAAAAAUAUGUAAUUAUGUAUAUGGAUAUUUAUAUAUUUCUUAUUAUUUUUAUUUAUUUAUAUAUAUAUACAUUCAUAUACAUAUAUCAUUUCAUUCUAAGUGUAUUUUGAUAUAAAUAUAUAUUAAUAUCAAAAUGCAGUAAGAAUAAAAUUAUAUAUAUAUAUAUAUAUAUAUAUAUAUAUGUUUUUACAUUCUUUUUAUUAUGUUUUCAUUUAUUUUUUAUUUUUUAUUAAUUAUUUUUUAUUUUUUAUAAUAAAUAUAUAUAAACAAUAUAAAUAGUUAUACAUAUUAUGUAUAUCUUAAUAAAAAAAAUACACUUAUUAUAACGUUAUAUAAAAGAUAAUUUGCAGAGGGGGGACUGUCUGGGCUGUCAGGCAGUACCCCCAAACUUGGAGCAACACCGAUCGCUGGCAGGGGAACGGCGGCGGCCGGGUAAGUAUUAAGGACAUGCUUUAAGGACCUUUUUUGUCGGACGCACCUAGUACAUCCACAGUCCUUAAGGGGUUACAUACACUGUAGCUUAUUUAGCACUAUUUAAUUUGUCUCCCACAUUGGAAUUAGUGUAGGACCAGUUGAUAUUGUGGUAUUGUGAAGUAGUGGUUGGCUUAACACAAUACAGCCGUAUGGUGGAACUGAAUCCCCUUAUUUAUUUGCUGAGAUAGGUGAUUUUAAGUAGCCUUACAAGAUUUAAAAAUGUAUUUUUAUGUGUGUGCUAUGACUUAAUCUGUUUUAUAGAAGAAAAUCCUGUCCGUCCAUUAAAAUAAAAUAGACAUGUUUUAUAGUGAUAAAAAGUACACUUAAUAUUAACUAAAUUAAGCAGUUAAUCAUGCUCAAACUCUCCUGACGCUUGAAGAGUUAAAAAAGCUCCAGAAGUGUCACUUUAACUCAGAAAUAGGGAAAAUAAUUCAUAGAACCUUGUACAGCUCAGUGUUGUGUUAAAUGGCAUUAAAACCAUUUAAACUCGAAAUGCCGUACCCGAAUACAUGGCUCUGUAGACAAACUUAAACUGUUAAUGGUCAACUGUUUGUUAGUUUAGAGAGUCAGAGCUUAGCACUGGGCUGUUCAGUCAACAGGAAAGGUAGAGAGGUCACAGAGGAAGGGAUGUAUCAGCUGCAGUUCCGCACAGAGUAUUCAGACUGUUAUUUGGUGAAAUGUUAGAAGUAGCAAGAUAGCGGCUGGGAGGUAAGCAUUAAAAACAUUUUAAUAUCUCCAGAUUUCAUGUUACUAUGGGAUCUCCUAUACACCGAGACUUGUCCAGACCCUACUAUAGACACAGUUUGGUUAGUUUACAAGAAAUGUUGCAAUUUCCAUUCCAGUUGAUUACAAUUUGGUGUUUAGUGAAUAAACCUUUUCAUGUCUCUAUAAAACUAUUUUAACCUCUUGAGUACCAGAGAUGCUGGCACUGAAAGGGUUAAUACGGGUUGUAUAGGAGAAGCUCUGUAUACUUCAUGUGAAACAUACUAAUUGUAAAACAAGAUUGGUUAGAACCAGUUACACUGCCUUCAUAUGAUUGUAUGGAUAUUAUAUUUUAAUAUUGUUUUAGUGUUCUAAGUGUUAUUUAUAGGAUAUUAAAGCUAUUUAUUUAUCAAUGAUUGGCACCUCUCUGAAAUGGGACCUCUCCCUGUGAGUUAUGUCAUUCUUAAUAAAGAAAGUAACAUUUUUCAUUGGGACAUCUUCACUAAACUGUGAGUUGGACGGUUUUUGCUGCCCCUCAGAGCUACAUUGGUUGAAAUGUAGCAAUUUGGCUUUCCGUUUACCAAACUCGCUAUUUCGAAAGUUUUAAACAACCUAAACCCUUACCUCAGUAUAGUUCAUUCUAUUAACAUCCAGAUAACUUCUGUUCAUACUAAUAAGUUACUGAUAAAAGGUACAGCGAGAUACAGCAAUAGUUACAUUUCACAUCUGUAUAGCCCUACUAUGUGGCUACUCUCAUACACAUUUGAUGCUUUAAAGGGGAACUGACACUUUGCAAGAUUUUUAAUAUUAUGUUUACUUAUCGCUAUAGUUAAAAAAAAAAAUAUGGGUUUGUUAGUUGUGAAACAUACACGGUUAUCCACUAAGGUGGGAUUUUGCAAUGAAUUCAAAGAUAAUUAAAAAUGUAAGGCCAGAGUAGCUGAACUGAAAGCACAUGUGAUUGGGAGAAUGUUUCAAGUUUAGCUAUUUUGACCUUAAAUUUGAAAUUCACUUUAAAUUCUCACUUUUUUGAAUAACCUUGAUAAAAUCGACUUUAUCUUGUCGGUAGGCACCACCAUGUUAGCUUCCUGUCAAUCAUUGUUAUACACACUGUUCUUUGCACCUGGCAGUCAGCAUAGAGAGUAUACAACAUUUCUUCUUCUCAUCUUAAUUUGCAAUGAUUGUCCUGGCUUUGUCUUCUCUGAACUGGAUUAUAAAUCAUUUGCUAAGGAUUUAAGAUAAAUGGAAACGAAAAUGGAACAUUUCAUGAAAAAAUAUGAGCACAAGUUAUUGGUGAUUUUCAAAAUUUUAUUAGAUAGUGUAAAUUCCCAAGAAGUAACAGUCUCUCUUUAAAAGUUAUGAAGUUGGUUCUUGCUACUUGAUCCUUCGAUUUACAGGCUAGUUAAAUGUAAGAAAAUGUUAAACAAGUUAAACUGUAACUAGAAUCUGCAAAGAUUAGCAAAAUCUCAAUGUAAAAAUUAAUGUCAAUAUUUUCACUGAUUGUAUUUGCUUUCAUUUUCUGGUAAUUUUUUUGUUUUGUGGAGGCAGAGCCAAAGGUAAUCAGACAGUGACAAAUUCUGGUAAACGGUCAUUUUAAGCACCGUAACAACUUGCAUAAUUGUAGAGGUUAUGGCGCAGAAAAUUCAGAUUGGUACACGCUUUUAAAAGUUAAUUUUUUCAAAUAUUUAAAUGCAUAAUAUAUAAUAGGUAAUAUGAAGAUUGUGUCACUAUAAAUAUUUUUAAAACAUAUUUAAAUACAUAACACAUAUUGGGUAAUAUGAGAAUUGUGUCACUAAAUGGCUAUAUUGUCUUUGGACCAAACAAAAUGUACACUGAUUUCUAUUUGUGGAUUUUAUAUAAACAUGGGUUACAUCAGCAACAAACACAGCAUGUCCAUAUGUUUAACUAAAUCAUCAUUUUUUCAGAUGAGACUUACGACUGUAAAUAGUCUUGAAAUAUUUGAAAAUGUUUAGAAAUUUCUUAAGCAAAUUGUUCAUGUGCUAAGCCCUAUUUGUGUAUUUUGUAUAAACUUUGGCCAUUUUCGAAGCUCCAACCAUUACGUUGUACAUGUUCCUGCUGUCCUCCCAUGUUGUUCUUGAUUUUAAUUGUAGUAAUAACAAAUGUCUGCAGCUAAAAACCUGCUCCUUUGCAGCUCGUGGUUAAAGUAACAAUUUAUCCUUUCUACUUUGCUCUCUGAGAUUUGUUUAGCAUGUUCACUGCUUCAUGCACCUUUAAAGCAGCUCUGUCACAGGCCAACCCUAUGUUACUUUUAUACUUACCCCUUCAAUCCCCCCCCCCUCCUCCCCUCUACUUUAUCAGUCCUAAAUGUCAAUGCCAUAUUUUUCACCAGGUUUUACUUUAUUUUCUCUUCUCAACUGGAACGCUGGGUCUCUUUCCAAGCCGUUGCCAUGCUCAGUAUACUGGCAGUGAUGUAUAGUCUCUGCCUUCGUGUGCCCCUUCUCCGCCCUGUAAUUACAGCAUUACUUGUUUUUAUGGAAAAGAUGCAAAUGUUCACUAUGCGCUUCCGACACCCAGAUCACAAGGUUAUAAACAAGUGACAUAAUGGGCUGGUAAGAAUUGUGGGAAAAUGGGACUUGACAAAUCUUGACAAAGGAUGUGGUUUGCCUUAAACUGCACUGUUCGUCAAGAUUGGUCAAGCAUUGGAAAAAUACAUAAGACAACGUUGUCCCUACUCUGGCAUGUCUUGGGUGAGUGAGCCGCUGUAAGAUGCACAUCUCCUUCCUGCCCUGGAGAAACUCCAAGCCUCGGAUCAGGGCAAUUACAGCCCACAGUUUGGGGCACAGCUGCACACAACCUGGUUUGCAAAAUGUUACUGUGAAUACGCUGGUAGCUGCCACAAUUGCUGGAUACUAUUUAUGGCCAAAGAGGAGCUUGUCAACUACAACACUUCCAUAAAGAAGCAUCGAAACAAACAAAAACAACAACAACAACAAAACAAUGGAAUAAAAUCUCACAGGCUGCUUUGCUAUCAGUUUAGCUACUUGGGCCUUUAAUAUGAACGUCCUUUGGAAUUCCCACUUUUGUGAAUAAACCAAAAAUUAUAUUUAAAGUGCAUUUAAGAAUGCCAAAAUAGCUGAAUUAGAAAAAAAAUACCCCAAUUCAAUUAUUUUUUCACUUUGUUUUUUUUCUCACGAUUUAGUAAAUAACCUCUUCUAAUAACUAUUUUAGAGAAAGAGGAAAGGAAACUCAUUACAAACUGAAUCCUGAAUCUUGUUGCAUUGGAAGAGUUCAAACUAUUUAUUGGUAAUUCUGACUCCUGGUUAACUGUACUUUUCAUGUUCAUUUUAUUGUUUGGAUGGUCAUAAGAAUUUGUUUGGAUAUUGAAGGCUUUCAUUUUGAUAUAAUGUAUAAAUUGUUGUAAUGUAAUGCAUGCUUGGAUAGUUCUGUUUACAUUGCUAAAAGUUACCUUUUGAUAUCACAGUAUGAACAGCCUUGAUACAAUCUAGAAACAGAACACAGUUUGCUUUGUGAGUUACCCUCAUUUACAUUAUGAUCUAGCUAUCAUCAGAUGCAAAUAUAAAGUCUAAAAUACUAAAAAGAUUCUUAAAGGGACAGUCUACUGCACAAAUACAAAAUUUAAUGAAAUCACUGUUUAGUAGAUAUACCCCAAAUGAGAACCUGCAUUUCUAUGUCUGCUGCCUUUGCAAACCCUCCCCUUCUAACCCCGCCCAGGCUUUCUGUGGCUGUCCAAUCACAGACUUCCCAAUACAGCUCAAUGAGAACUCUUUGCAAAGCAGGUGCUCUGGGCUAUGGCUGCCUCCUGAGUUUAGCUCCACCUACCUAGCUAACCAAACCAGGAAAUAAUGUUAUCUGAUUGACAGCCAAGUGGUGUAAUCAGAUUAAUCUAUAAAAGUAUAAUUUCUAUUGAAAUCUGUACUUCUUGCAAAAUGAAAAAAUACACAUUUUCAAUUUUUUUUUUCUUUUGUCAGUUUAUCUGCUGACUGCUUUCAUGGCUAGUGGACAAAUCUAGUGAAUUUUACUAGUUUCCACUAUAAAAAGCAAGUGAAAUUAGUUUACAAAUGUGCCCCCUACUGGAGCAGAUCAGAACAAAUCCAUGUUUUUUUUUUUUUUUACAAUUAACACAUUUUCCAGCCUAUUUCCUUGUCACAGGAUUUUAAUACAUUCAUAUUUAUUCAAUUAACUCUCAAGUCUUUAUUGUUUAAAUUACAACCUACCAGAUAACUGAUAGUAGUCAAUUCCAAUCAGUGGUGUAUUUUGGAUCUGUGCUGUCCUAGGCAUGAUGGAACUCGGGUAACCCUAAUUUACAUUUGCUCCACCCUUCCUGUCAAUGCCACACCUCUUCCUUUUAAAGACUAACACACACUUUGACUGACAGUCACACACUCUCAGAUACACUGACAUACACACUGAUUUGACACAAUCUGACAGACACACACAAUUACUAACUCACUCACAGCCACAUACAAUCACUGACAGACACGCACACACUCACUCACAUACACACACAAUGACACAGACACACACACUGACUCACUGACACACCCCCUCUCACAGACACACACACUGCCAGGCAUACACACUCACUCACUCAGACUCACACACACAUACACAUUCACUGACAGACACACACAUUCACUCACUCACUCACUCACUCACUCACAGAGACACACUGACAGACACAAUCACUCAGACACAUAGGCUCCCUCACAGACACACACUGAAAGACAUACACACACACGCACAGACACACUCACAUAGAGACACACAUGCAAUCACUCAGACACACAGGCUCCCUCACAGACACACACUGACAGACAUACACACACACACACACAAAUACUCACUCACAGACACACACAACAGACAUACACUCACUCACUCACAGACACACACUGACAGACAUACACACAUUCACUGAUAGACACACACACUCACACACACUGACAGAUAUACACACACAGACACACUGACAGACAUACACACACACUGACAGCCACACACACACUGACAGCCACGCACACUCACACACACACACACACACACACACACAUACACACACGCAUACACUGACAGCCAGACACACACACACAUUUUCCCCCAACACUCACAGAUUAUUUUUAAAUUUGAAUUCAAAUCCACCCAGCCUCCCUACCUUUGGGAGAGCUGGGUGGAUUUUUUACCUGGGGUCCAGUGGGGAUGCUGGUCGGUCGGUUUGGGCAGGGAGGGAGGCAGGCGUGCAGGCAGUCGGGCGGUUAGUUGAGGUCCAGGUAGGCCUGGGCCUGACAUCAUAUUCCGGCUUCCGGCAUCACUCUGCUGCAUCUGGCUUCCGGCAUCACUCUGCCUGCCACCAGGCUAACAAGGCAUUUGCUUGGGCAUUUGGGGGUGGCAUUUUUGCCCCCGCACCUGGAAAGUGCCGCCCAAGGCAAAUACAUCUCUGAUUCCAAUACGUUCUAAUAUACUGCAACAUCUGUCAUUAGCACCAUUUAAAUACCAAACUCAUAGGGAGUACAUUGUACCCCAAUAAUUAAAAGAAUAAAAGUUUAGGUUAUGAAAUACAUAUUAGAUGAUUCUUUUUUUUAAUCAAUAUUAUGUAUUACAUCUAUGUUAUUUUAUUAAUUUUCAAAUAUUUUAACCCUUUGACUGCUGGUUGUUGUGCUGCCCAUGAGCAUGUAUUUCUUGCAAAAUUAUAUCCAAAAUUAAAUACACAAUACAAGUGAUUUCAUGUCGCAGCUUUUUUCCAGAUCUGUUCAGAAUGAAUCUGGUUAAAAUUUGACCCUUGAUAAAUAUACACAUCCUCUAAUUGUCAUAUGAGAAUCUCGGGAGUGAGAAAUCUCUUAACACUAUAGUGUUCCUUUCCCUAACAUACUAGGUCCUCCAGUUAAAAACAUCACGGCAAUGGUGAGACCUAAUGCGUAUAUGCAGUGCUUGCCUUAAAGCUUCUCCAUAGGAAAGUAUUGAAUCAGUGCUUUCUCGUGGGGGAUUUGAAGACGUUAAUCGUCCUCAUUCAAAGUGUGAGUAUGUAGAAUGUUGUUUCAAGGAGUAAGUGCCUCUAGUAGCAGUCUGGAAGACAGCCACUAGAGGUGGAAUUAACUCUGCAAUGGAAACAGUGCAGCUUCUCAGAAACUAUUUUACAUUGCAGGGUAAAACAGACAGGGGCACUGCACCCAGACUACUUCAUUGAGAUGAUGUGCUUUGGGUGCCUAUAGUCUAAUUUUAAGGUUAAUAUUCACUUUAGUGUAAAUUAUUGGUGUAAAAGAUGUACUCAUUCAGUUGAUAUAACUGAAAUUCAAUCUAAUUUGCCUUUUGUGAAUAUGAGAAUUGCCAAUCCGGUUGGUUCACUUAUUUUAGCAAAAUAUCAAAUCCAGACUAAAUUUAGACUUUAGUCAAUUGCCCGUAUUGUGUUUUAUUACUGUUGAGCUCUGUUAUAAACACAUACACCAAAAGCUUCCCCGGACACUGCACAUAGGAAGGAGUUGGGGGGAUGUCACCGUUAGGGGUCUUUUCAAAAUAUACAAAGACUCACAAAAUGGACAGAGCUAUUUUAAAGGGUUAAAAGCUUUGUUACUGAUUUUCAGGAUGUAAGGUAAAAAAACAAAACAACAUAAAAAACAUUUUACACACCUUUUAAGGUGCCAAUUCCAUGUCAAUUUGGCUGUUAUUCUAGUACAAACCCUCUUGUUGUAAGGAACAAGAUAAACUACAAAAAGGUUAAAACAGCUCUUUACCCUCUGAAAUCACAUCUACUUUAUUUUAUGACAAAUGUAACUUGACUCCAUUUUUCUCAUUCUUAACGUACAACGCAACCAUAGGCACAAGGGUGCAUAAAACGUGUGAGUGUAAAGAAUUCCAUUUACACUACAAACAAGGAAAUAGACUGCAACUUAUUUUCAUCAUAACUAUAUUUAAAACGUGCGUAUGAAAGUGCAAAGAUUCAGCCAGACAGAAAAACAGGACUUGGAUUAAGUUGCUAUCCAGGAAGAAGGGAUCAUGAUUUAAAACACUGACACACGGUUGUGUCUCCUCCAAUCUCCAAGGAUAUAAUUCAUAAUGCGUAUCCAUUAUUUGCCCUCAACUAGACAACAGGUAGGUCUUAUGGGUGGUGGAAGGGCUGGGGAUGGGGAAGAAUGGCAAAAGUAAGUGAAUAGCAAAUACUGGAAAUGAAAAGGGGGCCCACUUAACCCCUUAAGGACACAAUUUCUGCAAUAAAAGGGAAUCAUGACGGAAUAUUUCGUCAUCAUGUGUCCUCAUGGGGUUAAAGCCAAAUAACACAAGGAUUAAACAUAUACAGGGCUAAUCACUAAACUGAGAUGUCACAGUGAAUUUUAAAUGUAAGACUAAAGUUGUGGAAUUAGAAGCAUAGGUGACUUAGGGCAUGUUUCUGUUCACCUGAAAUUUGAAAUGCACUUUAAAUUCCAUAAAUUUUUUUACAUUACUGAAUAAAUCUGAUAGAGUAAGACUUUUAAAUAAAAGCACAUAUAUUGUAAUGUUCCUACGAACCAAAAAUAACUUCUUGAAAAUUCCUAUAAGAAAUGUUAAAAUGCACAGGGUUCACAUAGACUGUCGCGUAACUAUAAUUAAAAGAUAUAUUUAAAUGGUAAAAAUGACAAGAAUUGUUAUAACUGAUUCAAAUGACUUUAAGUUUAAAUAAUCAACCAGCCACAGUAAAUGGCUGUGGAUAUAGGCCUUUUGUUUUAAUGAUAUAUAGCUUUUUAUUGACUGUGCAAUAGUAUGAAUAGGUUUACUAAUAAACUGUAGAUGUACCUAAAAAGUUUUUUUACGUGUGGUUUUUAGACAUCAGUCUGAGUUAUAAGAAAUACAGCUACAUUGCCAUAAAAGGUGUCAUCACAGACACGAGAUUCUCACCCACAAACCACCAACCUACCCUGUGAAUAUAAAAAUAGAAUAAUUAAGAGAAAAUAUAGUUAAAUACCAAAGACCUCUUACAGGGCCAUGAAAUAUAGCCUUAUGACAGGUACUGUUUUAAGACUGAUAACUGUCAACUGUCCUCAAUUUGGUAAGACAGUCCUGAGAAACAGGACCCCAGAGAAAAGUUUUCAUAAACAGUCUGUUUGUAAAAGGAGGGCCAGCCCUGCGUCGGUGUCUUGCAGGUUUGCCUAUAGUAAAGGAUUAACGCUGGAAUGACUAGUUCUUUUUUGAGGUUUCAUACCUAAUUUGCAGACACAAUGGCUGUACGCUGUUUAAAAUUGUCUUUUUUCAGUGUUCACCAUGUUUUCCUGGACAUGUGACAAUUUCACAUGUUUAAGGUCAGCAUAUUCAAAUGAAGCAGAAAGGAAAUUAAGUUGUUUAUAAAGGAGGAAUCUUGAAGAAACUACCUUAAUGUGUUAGAUGAUUUAUUUUAUACGACAUACAGCAUGCUAGCUACCAUUUUUGUAUGUCCUACUUUUCAUAUCCUGCCCAUAAGCAUGAAGAAAUGUGUGCAAGAACACACACCAGGUCUUGUACCUUACUGCUAUGUCCUAAUGGGUUGUUCAUUAAAGUGAGAUAAAUUGAGUUUUCAAUUGAAAGUGGCACUGUCACAAUUUGAGUACUUGUGUACCACUGAGUGGCCUGGGGUGAGUUUUACUUACCUUCGUCCUGCCAUCCUCUUUUGGUGGGUCCUCUUCCGGUCCUGGUGCCUUAGUUGUUAGGAGCCAACAUCACUUGAGCAUGAGCAAGAGUACAGCAGAGGGGUCUAUGGAGGAUUCCACAAGACUACAGGAUCCUCCAUAGAUAGAGUCAGUUUACCUACGGCCAUCACUGGUGACAGCUGGGAGGACUGGAACUUGAUGGUAGUAACUCUUGAUGGCAGUGUCAAGAAGUAUCAUGCAUAGGAAAAGUACAGAGACAAAGUAACAAAGUAGUCCCUUUUUUGUUUUGCAAACUCUUCCUAAAAACUACCACAAUGACCUUUGGAACAGUACCUAAAUUACACAAAUUACACAAUUCCCACCUAUCCAUCAAAACAAAAUCAAAUAGCACACUGACCGUAGUCCACUCUUUCAAAUACUUGGGUAUGUUGUUAGAUCCCAAUCUAUCUUUUGGCCUCAAGAUUGAAAAACUUUCAUCUAAACUUUAUCAAAAACUAGGUGCCCUGUACAGAAACAAAUCCUGCCUAAGCCCUACAGUAAAGUAAAAGAUUGUACAGCAAAUGCUGAUGCCAAUCAUUGAUUAUGGGGAUGUAGUAUCUGCAUCGCAAUCCCACAUUAAUAAACUCAAUACAUUGUAUAACUCGUUCUGCCGAUUUGUGCUACAAUGUAAUUACAUGACCCACCAUUGUGACAUGCUAAAAUAACUAAACUGGCUGUUGCUGGAAGCCAGGCGCACCCUCCAUCUUUCCAGCCUUGUGUUUAAGAGCUUUUCUGGGAAACUCCCACCCUACCUGAGCAGAAAGCUCUCCCCGGCUGUUCCCACCUCCUAUAAGCUCCGAUCCAGUACCAACACCUUACUUAGUCUACCUCAAUACAAAAAGAAAGCAGCCCGAUACUCCUUUUCCUAUAGAGCGCUGCAAUUAUGGAAUGACCUCCCGUUCACUUUCAAAUCUUCCGCAGGCUUUAAAUACUUUAAGAGAUCCCUCUCUACAUACCUCAAAAUAGAAUGCACGUGUCAUGGUUGAUUAUAUAUUUCCUACCUGUUCUAUGUUAUAUUUUGUAUUUAUUGUGUAUUAAUAUUGUUUUGUAUUUUAUUGUACCCUAUUGUUACAAUGCAAUGAUUUGUGGACCCAGGACAUACUUGAAAACGAGAGAAAUCUCAAUGUAUCUUUCCUGGUAAAAUAUUUUAUAAAUAAAUAAAUAAAUAUCUUUUGAUAUAUGUUUUGAAAUUCCAACACAGUCAACAUGAGUAUUUCAUAAAGAGUCUAUCUUUAUGAAAGAUUUUUUUGGGGGGCAAGAGGUGUGACAGUGGAUAAAAGAGUAGAUGGAAUAAUGCAUAGCUAACUUAUAGAUUAGAUGGAUAAAAUGCAUAGCUGAUUUAUAGAAUUUUGCCAGUUUUGCUACUUUGUCCUUAAAUUUAAAAUUCACUUUGAAUUCACCUUGAAUUGUAAUUUUAGUAAAUUACUCAGUAAGUGUCAAAUGUCAGGAAUUUAAAUUUCAAAUUACCAUCUGACAAGGAAAUUGUUCAGAAUCCGCUGUUUUAUCCUGACAUUGUAAACUGACGUUAUAUUCCUGACAGUGGCUUACCUGUGGCCAUGCAUAGUAGCAGGGUAUGUGGGCCACCUGGCAGUAGUCUUAAUAUGUAAAACCCUACUCCUGUCAUUAUGGGACAUUCCUAUAUUGGAUUGUAACUUGUGGGCACAGAGAUUUGGGGAUGGAAACCUUUGUGAAUGCCUUGAGCUUCACCAUGUGUACCGGUUACUACAUAUUGGACUUGUAGACCAAACAGUGGUCCUAUACACAGACUGUAAGCUCUUUUGUGCAGGACUUCUUCACAUCUUGUCUCUGUCAAUGUUAUUCUCUAUUUGAAUUAGUUGUUGUUAGAUCCCUAUUCUAUUACUGUAAAGAAUAUAUUGCUGCUAUAUAAAUGCUAUUAACAAUAUUAGUAUUUAUAAUAGUGUCCAUAUCGUGCAGUCAUAAUACCUCUAUAAUGUCCUAUUUGUUAAUGCAGACUGACAUUUGGACUGUAGAAAAUGACCCUGUCAGAAUUGCUGGGAAUUUAACAUGAAUUUCAUACUUUGAACCAUAAUAGUUGAACUGAAAAAUAUAAUGCAAGUCAGUGGUUCCCAAACCUAUCUCCAUGGCCCACCAACAGUCCAGUAUUUAUGUAUCCCCCCUUUUUAUUAAAAUGGAGAUAUUGACAAAACCUGGACUGUUGAUGGGACAAUGUUGACUGCUUCACCUCAUUAUGCUUUUGGUUUGGCUAUUAAACUCAUUUUGAGACUUGUGAAUAUGGGCUUGCAUGAUAUCUCUACUGUGAUGCCAAUGACUGACAGGUGUGGUCAUAUAUCAACAACAUAGUUAGAACGAAAAGGAUGGAAGUAUAAAGGACUUCUAGUGCAAUGAUGGAGCAUAAGUAGUUAAGGUGGUUUGUGUCCCUUUCAAUGCACUGCAUCCAUCCCAUGUAAUAUGUUUUGCAAUAUGUAUAUUAAGCAUCUUUGAUAACAUACUAAUCUUUUUUAAGGGCACGUCUGUUUCGCCAAGGCUUUUCAAUGCUAGUAUCUUACCGUAGAAUUCCGCAAUUCAUGGAAGGGACAGGUGCACCUAUCAUAGACUCUCAUGCUGGGGUCCAUAAAUUACAUCCUAUCAAGGAAGAUGAAAUGGAAGGAAUAGAGCAAUCAGGUUUGGAUGGCCCGGGUUCCGUGUCCCAGAUUGACAAGAAACACAAUCAGUUUCAACAAGGUACCUCGGAACAACAUAAAACCUCUGCAGAUGAACACACACACUCAACCAGAAAUGCUAAUUUUUUUGUGGAUUCUAUGAAGAAGGCCAUAACAUCACUGGGAUCUAAUGGUAGGUCAAUAAUAAUUAUUGCAUUUUAUUUAUGUAUGUUACAUAGUUACAUAGCUGAAAAGAGACUUGCAUCCAUCAAGUUCAGCCUUCCUCACAUUUGUUUUUUGCUGUUGAUCCAAAAGAAGGCAAAAAAAACACAGUUUGAAGCACAAUUUUGCAACAAGCUAGGAAAAAAUUCCUUCUUGACCCCAGAAUGGCAGUCAGAUUUAUCCUUGGAUCAAGCAGUUAUUACCCUACAUUGAAAGAUUAUAUCCUUGAAUAUUCUGUUUUUGCAAGUAUGCAUCUAGUGGACUCUGAUAAAACCACUUCUUCAGGCAGAGAAUUCCACAUCCUGAUUGUUCUUACAGUAAAAAAAACAUUUCCUUUGCCUUAGAUGAAAUCUUCUUUCUUCCAGUCUAAACGCAUGGCCUCGUGUCCUGUGUAAAGUCCGGUUUGUGAAUAGAUUUCCACACAAUGGUUUGUAUUGGCCCCGAAUAUAUUUGUAUAAUGUUAUCAUAUCCCCUCUCAGGCGAUGUUUUUCUAAACUAAAUAGGUUUAAAUUAGUUAACCUUUCUUCAUAGCUGAUAUGUUCCAUUCCUUUUAUUAAUUUUGUAGCCCGCCUCUGCACUUUUUCUAGUGCCAUAAUAUCCUUCUUUAGAACAGGUGCCCACAAUUGCACAGCAUAUUCAAUAUGUGGUCUUACCAGUGAUUUAUAAAGAGGCAAAAUGAUAUUCUCAUCCCGAGAAUGAAUGCCCUUUUUCAUGCAUGACAAUACCUUCCUGUCCUUGGCCACUGCUGAUUGACAUUGUUCCAUAGUUUGUUGUCUAUAACAAUUCCCAAGUCCUUUUCGUGUGUUGUUAUCCCUAAUUCGCUUCCAUUAAGGGUAUACGUUGCUUGUGUAUUCUUUACGCCGAAGUGCAUAACUUUGCAUUAAAUUUCAUUAAAUUUCAUCUGCCAGUUGAGUGCCCAGUCCCCCAGUCUAUCUAAAUACCUCUGCAGCAAAGUAAUAUCUUGCUCACAUUGUAUUAUUUUACAAAGUUUUGUGUCAUCUGCAAACACUGAAACAUGACUUUCAAUGCUGUCUUCAAGAUCAUUUAUAAAUAUGCUAAAUAGAAGGGGUCCCAGAACAGACCCCUGAGGGACACCACUUGCCACCUCUGUCCAGCUUGAAAAUUUACCAUUAAUGACAAAAUUUACCACUAAUGCCAUGUUGUGGCUUAACAAUGGGAGAAAUGCAUAUAUAAUUGGAAAAAUAAAUGGUUAUAAAUCUGAAAGUGAACCUACCACGGCAGGAUCACUUUAAAUGGACACUACACUGCCCAAAACGAUUAGCGACUAUUUAGUAAAUAUACAUCCAAUGAAAACAUGCAUGCAUUGAACAGCUUGCAAAAGUUGCGGAUCUCUUGUCUGAAACUUUGCAAACCCUACCCUUCUAACCACGCACAGACUUUUUGUGGCUGUCCAAUCAUAGACUGUCCAAUGCAGCUCAUUGAGAGGCAGGUGCUCUGAGCAAUUGUCUGCCUCUGGAGUGAGCUAAUCUACCAUGAAAUAAAAGGACAUGUUGCCUAAUUGACAGCUAGGAUGUGUUACAAGAUUGAUUUAUAAAAGUGUCAAUUGCUAGUGGAAUUUGCACUUUUUGUAAAAUGAAAAAAAAAAGAAGGCCACACUCGUUACGCAUAAAGCACAUCAGGAAGCUUAAGUGCUUUAAGUGUUUGGAGUGUUACCUUAAGCCGUAACAAAAUCAAUCAAAUGUAACCUGUGGUGUACACGAUAUAAAUCAGCACCAUGACUAAAACAGCAGACUGGUUAUGUUGCGUGCAGUGUUCCUGUAAGGUUGUGCUGGAAAAUUCACUUUCUUCCUGGAAUACAAUCAUAUGCCACCCUAGGAGAUAACCUAAAAACUCUGCUACUCCACGUUUUCCCACAAGUUUACCAAACAUUCAUGGGAACUUUCCAAAUCUGUCAGUGUUUGGCUAUGAGACAGAACACGAAGAAUGCUAGUGCCAACUUAUCUCACAAUGUAUUUGAUUGAAAAAAUGUUUUUGUAAAGUAACUUUUUUGCAGACGUGUUUAAUGAACAAUAGAGCGAAACGUUUAAUGAUUAGGCCGGGCUGGUAACAGAUAAGUAAGAGUCUGUAUUUCCUGGUUACAUGCAUGAAAAUACAGCCAGAAUACAUUGGCUUUCGUCCUAUAGUAACAGUGCAUGUAGGCUAGAUAGGGAUAUCUAUCAAACAUAACCGACAAGAAGAUGUGUUUUAGAGCUACAAAGAGUAGAGGGGAUUAAAAUUAAUAAAAAUGUUUUAUUAAAGUGUUUUGUAAGUCUUUAAAUAAUAUAUUUAAUUAUAUAAAAAUAUGAUUUUGUUUUAAGAAACAUAAAAAUUGUAUAUGCUGAAAGGGACACUCCAGACAUCAAAUUUGUAAGAAUACAGCUAAUUUUGUAUUUUCUUAAAAAAAUUUAAAACACUCGCAUCACUUCCUGUUUCCCAUUUCCAAGAGGUUGUGUGUAAAUAUUUUAUAGAUUUCGGACAGGGCCUGAUUUGUUGAAUGGCUCCGCAAAGAAAAAAAAAAUAUUUAUAUAAAAAAUCCUCAAAGGAUGCUUUGGGUUUUCAUUGAAAUACAUAAAUAUAGAGAUAAAAUGUAUAAUAGAGCCACAUUGUUGCAAAAUAUAGUAAUGAAUGGGUCUUUAAGCAGUUUGCACCAGCAAAACUUGCCACUGCCCAUCAGUCAUUACGAGAGAUGGACACGUGAGCAUCAAAUAUGGAGGAUCCCUCGUUUUUGCUUGAUCUUCCACAGACCCCUAUUUUGUACUCUUACACAUGGGAGAGAGUAUACUAAUAAUAUAGGGCCUUGGCAGAUGAAGUAAUUGAGAAUUGAAGACAGAGUUGAAGAGAAAUGUGGCUAUUCCGAAGGAGAGAGAGGUUCAGGUAAGUAUUUCUACCUUCUCCAUUUCCUUCAGGUGCUACAGUGAACAUGUCUGUAUGGCUAAUGGGAGCACAGAUGUGUGUAAUUCUUGUCUUUGUGUAUGUUAUCUGUAUAUAUGUAGUGUACGGUAUGUGUGUGUCUCAGGUUAAUGUCACAAUACAAGGGCACUAAGAACGGCAAAAAAAAAAUAUGAUAUAAAAACUUAUCCUAGGGUUAGUCCCUUCUAAGGUCUAAAACACAUUUGUGUUCACAUGUUCCAUGUGCCUUUACAUGGAGAACCCUUGCCCCACUGCAAAUCAGACUGAUCCCACCUACAAGGCUGGUCCAAAACAGAAAUGCCACAGGCUCUCUCUGUACAGGAGAUACAACAACCCCAGACGAUCAUUUCAGUCUUUGUUUGGGCCUCGUCAGAGAGGGUUAGCUGUGACCACCAUUUAGGGUGCCAUUGUCUGAUAUGCAAGUGGUUUAGGUUAUCCCUGUAAUGGCCCACGAUGUGCUAAAGGUAGCAGGAGGCCUCAGUUGGGACUCAUUAAUGGAAAAACUAUUUGAGUUGUUGUUGGUAUUAUUUUACACUCCGUUUUGACAAAUUUAUUGUAAGUAUAUUUGAGUAAAGUGUGUGGCAUGUGUGUGUGUGCUUGUUUGCAAUUCACAUGUACUGUCAAUGUCUCUGAUUUAGGUGUAUACAGGUAAGUAUACUGUGCAGGUGUGUAUAUCUUCUUGAGUAAUGUGUUUGAUACAACAUAGAAGCAGAUACUGCUUGUUUAUGGGCCAAAUGACCUUUAAUAGGUGUAAGUUGAAAAUGCAUGUACUUGAGUACCCAACUUCCUUACAGUUUAGAUUCUGUUUUAUAAUGGGUUAAAACACUAAAAUAGUAUUUUCUUUUUCAGCUUCCUCCUCAGCAGAAGACUUUGUUCAUAUUACAGACUGUUUAAAGGACACUCCGGAAAUGUGCAGUGAUCAGGCAGAAAUAUUUGUACCAGGUACAGUUAUUUUUAUUUAUUUUUAAUACCAACAUUGUAAACUUGAUACUAUAGCAAAUGUACGUGCAGAAAGAAUUUUCUGAGAAUCUGCUUUACAUUAAAGUUGCAGGAUUCUUUUCAUAGAAUUUAAAUGCAAGCUGGAAACAGAAAAUAAAUUUACAUGUUGCAGUAACAUUUAACACAAUAUGGUAUGGAGAUGGGUAGAGGAGAGAAAAGGAAGUGGGAAGACCACAACUGCACUGCAUGUUUUAUGAUAGUAAAAUAUAGCUUUUAUUCUAAUAGGCAGACGAGUGUCUUUGGUCAGUGCUCCUCCAAGGUGUGAGAAAAUUAUAUAGUCAUCGAUAUUGAAAGCCCCUGGGUGUGAGGCAUCAUAGAAUAUGACAAAAUUAUAUGUAUUUGGCUAUAUUAUAGAGCUCCACUUAUUUACACAGACUGAUUUCUAAACACAGGUAUUGUAGUGGAAAGACACAUUACUGUGCGUAUUAUUGUUGUGGAACUCUGUUAUUCAGACAGAUACAGCAGGAAUACUGAAAAUACCCACAAUCAGGUGGGGUAAGAUCAGGAUGUCCCUCCUAAACAGGUCAUAUGCGGGCACAUGGGGUGUGCCGGGUGUGCCUGGGCACACCCUAAUCCCCGCGGCACACCUAUGGAUUGAGACCGGCAGGGGAAAUCUCAGGAUCUCACCUGUCGGCUCAUGCAGAGCCAGUGCUAUCUGGGCACCAUCUCUGCUCUAAGCCUCCAUGGGCCUGUGCGGAGAUCAAAGAUCUACCUCACCGGCCCACAGCAGCAUGAAGUAGGCAGGAGAGGACCCGGGGAGCUCUAGCCAGCAGCUACGCCGGGUUCCUCUUGCGAGAUUUGAGCGUUGCAGUGGCAACACCGCGCAGGCUAGAGUUCACUCUCCACUGGACCACCAGGGAGGGCACAUGGCAGCAAGGACCCCCCCUCCCUACAUAUGGUAAGAAGGGAGGGGGGAUAUUUACUAACCUGCCCCCACCUCCAUCCCCACAAUCCCUCCAAACAUACAGCACACACACACACAUACAGGACACAAACAGCACCCUAACACACAUAACAUCCACACACAUACAGCACACAAACAGCACCCACACACACAGCACCUACACACAUACAGCACACAAACGGCACCCUCACACACAGCACCCUCACACCACCCUCACACUACCCUCACCAGCACACUAACAGCACACACACACAGCAGUGUAUGUAUGUGUGUUUGUGUAUAUAUAUAUAUAUAUAUAUAUAUAUAUACAUACAUACAUAUAAACGCGGUGUGUGUUUGUGCUUUAAGGUGCACACUCUAAUGCAACAGGGCACUGUAUGGUAAUGUGCUCGAUGUAUGGGUGUAUUAUAGAGCUCCACAAUAAUGUCCUUUGUGUAUGGAUGUAUCAUUAAGCUCCAUAUAAAUAUUCAGUGUGUUUGGCUGCCUUAUUAAACUCCACAUGAAUAUUCAGAGUGUAUGGGUGUAUUACCGAGCUCCAUAGUAAUGCACACUCUGUUUAGGUGUAUUUUAGAGCUCUCUAGUAACUUACAGUUACAGUAUAGUCUGUUGCAGAGCCUUGAGUGCUCUUUCCUCAGGGACCUGCUUUGGGAAAACACAUUUGAGUCACACCCAUUGCAAGCUCUGUACCUAUACCCUGCUACACAUAACUGCCACCCUAUUUCUUGUCCAGCUUUUAUUGUUUGUAUCCUGCUGAAAAUAAAUACAUAAUUCAAUGAAUGCUGCAUCCAAAAGAAACAUAGACAGCAUUACGAAAAUGACAACCACUGGCACUCCCUAGAUGAUUUUACACAAGAAUUUGGGAUAUUUGGCCAUUCAGUGCAUAGUAGACCCAUGAUGACAUUAAACGAAUAUAGAAAAAAAGUCAACAAACUAUUUCAAACAACAUCCUUAACUCCUAUUUUUUUUUCAAUUCUUUAUUUUUGUAGGUGAGCAAGUAUAACACGUCAAUCAAAGUACACAUGCACAGUAUGACACAAUGUUGACAGCGAACAUGUCAGCGUUUUACACCUAUUUUUACAAUAUAUAUAAUAUAGACUUCGGUAAAGUGAGGUUAAUAUACAGUGGCUUAUAUGUGAGUGUAGACCAUGGCAGUCAUCCGAGACCAAUAACAAAAACAAAACAGAUUAGAAAGCAUUUGACCUGGGGCGAGAUGUGUCUGCCUGUUUGCCUACUAGUUUAAAGAUACCAUAUGGAGAUUUACUCUGAGAAGCGUAUCUGGGCCGCCUGUCUGGUGGCAUGUAUAGGAUUGUGUUCUAGCCCAAUUGGGAAUAAAUGAGCCCGGAGGGCUAUUCCUUAGAACGGUAGUUUGCUUAAGUACCACUUUGUUUCUUAGAGGACAAUUGACCAGUAUAGGUCACUUCUAGAUUGGUAAAGUAUAUGCAUAAAAACACUUAUGAUUAAAAACAAAUGUAAACUAAAACAGAGAGGAUAAUAAAACUGGUAACAUAAAAUUGGAGCGUCUGCUGUAUAGCCCCAGUGUGAUUGGGUAUUGGCCGAGAAGGACAUCUUCUGUUUGCUCCUCAUCCCAGAGCUGAGGAACCAGCUGAUGUGAAGAUAGUGACAUUGUCCACAUCCAACUGGUGAGUGGAUCUGUUAGACCCAGAUGUUACACGAGUAGCCAGCCCCAGUGCUUGUAGAAAGCUGUCCUCGUUGGACAGUGAAGUUAGCUUGUAGCAUUGAUCACAUUGCUCGACUAUACCCUCACUUGUAUGGGACAUUUGCCGCUCCCAGCUGUGAAGUCACCUCCUUGAAUGUGGCACACCAUUGCAGCAUUGCUCUACUGAGGUCAUGAUAGAAGCUCAAAGCAUGUUGCACAAACAUAUACAGUAACUGACCUUUAACUUGUAAAAGGAAAGUGUCUUUAUCAGAUCGUGACUUAAAGCAGAGAAUUACAUCCCUGGGAGUCUGUGCCUUGUUCUUGAGGCUGCCCGGUAGUCGGUACAGUCUAUCCAGCUGCAACCCUUUGGCCUGCUUGGGUGUCAAGGCUGCUGCAAGCAGUCUUCUGAUGUAGAGAGAUAAUUCUCCAGCAUCUAUAGUGUCAGGGAUACCCCGAAUUUUCAGGUUUUGCUGGCGUGCCAAGUCUUCAAGGUGUUCCACUUCAGCACUUAGCGCUACACAGGUGUUUGACAACUCCUGUACGUGAGUAUCAAUGGACUGUUGUUUAAGUCCAAAGGCUUUGGAUGCUCUCCUCCAUGGCCUUGAUUCUGCCUGCUAGCGUGCCUAGGUCACCCUUUAAGGUCACCAUUUCUGAGGCAAGGGAUGCUUUGAUUUCCGUCACGAUAGUAUUAAUAUCAGUUUUUGUAGCCCACUGUGGGUCAGGUUGCUUCUGGGAGAUGGCUCUGCCGCUGCUGGCCUGUGACAGGAGAUCCUCCAGAUCCGGGUCCUCGUCUUCCGCCCCCCAUCUCCUUAUUUUUUAACCUGCCCCUGACACUAUGUCUAAAGAUGUUAACAGAAUAAUAAACUUGUCCACAAUAAAAUAGUGUACAUACUAAAAACCCAAUAUCAACACCUGAUGCAUUUUGGGUACAUGAGUAAGCACCGGCUUCUGUAAUGAGGUGCACACACAAGUCUCAUGACACACACCAUACACUUCUGCAAGAAAACAAAUAAACAACAGACUGAGUAAACAAACGUAAUGUGAAAACUAGCCAGCUCUUUAUGUGAAACAGCAAUCCUUGGCAGCAACAAACACAACCAUAUUAUCACUAUACGUGGUGAAAUGUUGCUGUGGUUAUGGCACUCUAAAGGAGUGCAUGACAGUUGUUUUACAUUUACUAUAUUUAUUCACUGGUUUGAUGGUUCUGGAGACUCUGCGCCCCCUACAAAGGUUAAUGGUGAGCGCUUGUCUCUCUGUCCAAACGAACAAAUUAUUGAAUGCAGCACUAAUGCAGCGUGCCAUAUGAGCAGAUCUUGUACAAACAUUGUAAGACAGUUGAGGAAUUUUAAGACAUUCAGCCCUUGUCACAUGUAGUUCCUACACGACACACGUUAAAUGUCCAGGACUCGCAUUAAAACCAUAUCACAUUUAGUAUAUGCGUCCAAUAAUAUAUAGAAACAGGGACUGCACUCAGGUAUAGGUCACAAGCUAUCUUGAGCAGUUGAGGAGGGCCAGAGCCAAAGGACAGAACAGGGCUCUUCCAUUGAUCUCCCUGUCAGCUCAAGGAGGGCCAGAGCUUGAGUAUCACAGCCACAGCUUGAGUAUCAGGACCAGACAGUGGCCCACCGGACUUUAGAUUACCGCCUAUGCCAUCUUCUGAGUAAUAUGGCUCUGCCUAAUGCUACCGUAUUUUGUUUCACUUUGUUGCCUGCCAGCCACAUUAUUAUGUUGCUACACAAGUAAGGAGGACAGGGUAUGUCUAAAUACCCAUAGGAUCACCAGUUUGAUGAAUGUAACUCAUUAAUAUAAAUGUAAUAUCAGAUAACUUUUAAAUGAUUUGGCUUGGCAAGUUCAGUGAAAUAGAAAGUAGAAAUAUCUACUUUUAGCUGAUGAUCUAAUGAGAUGUAUUUGUUUAAUUUGUAGAUCUUUGUCUCCAGUUAGUGAUGUUUAGACAUGGCGCUUCUGAUCCAGAACUGCAAGAAGUCCUCAGGAAUAGGUUGCGUCUCCUGGAGAAUGACAACAAGGAAGUCACAGCAGUGUUUAGUGUAAGUGUCACAGUUCUGAAAUUUGUACGCAAUGUUCAAUGCUUUGUGUACGGUAAUGAGACAGACUUUAACCACAAAUCUUAACUUUAAAUUUUAACUUCAAAAGAUUUUAACGUUAAAAUUGUGUUUUUUUAAUCUACAAAUGUAGUUCAAGUUCAUAGACAACAUGACUUGCUCCACCUAAUAUCAGAUUUAGAGAUGCGCUUCCUUCUCCACUCCAAUUUCCUUAGUUUAAUUUUAGUUUUCUCCUUAGUCUGUGAACUGAUCAUUUGUUUGUUAAGUUCACUAGAAGUGAUGGUUUCAUAAAUAACCUCACUUGUCGAUUUCAGAAUAGAUUGCUAUUGAUCGUGAUAUGUUAAGUCCUGUACUUUAAUGUUCCAUUGCUUUUCAAUAUGUUUACAUUUUAAAAUGAAAAAAAAAAAACACACACAAAAAAACACUGGAUUAUAAGACUGAGAGUUUUAUAUGAAUUUAUUUCUUGCACUUAAACAUUCAAUUCAAAGGGACACUAUAGUCACAAAAACAACUUUAGCUUAAUGAAGCUUUUUAGUGUAUAGAACAUGCCACUGCAAUCUCACACUCAAUUCUCCGCCAUUUAGGACUUAAAUCACUUUGUUUAUGCAGCCCUAGUCACACCUCUCUGCACGUGACUUAACCCCUUAAGGACACAUGACAUGUGUGACAUGUCAUGAUUCCCUUUUAUUCCAGAAGUUUGGUCCUUAAGGGGUUAAACAUUUCACGUAAAGUGAGAUCUAAUGUUUAAACUUACUGUUACACAUUUUGUUUAUACUAAAGUGUCUGAUCUCCUGCUCUGUUAAUAGCCUCCUAGACCAUGUAGGAGCCUUCUGUGUGUGAUUAAAGUUCAAUUUAUAGAGCAGGAUAUAAAAACGUAUAAAGCAAGUUAACAUCUGAUUGAAAAUUAAACCAUUUUGUUUGUAUGCCGGCUGUGUCAGUCACAGCCAGGGGUGGUGUGGCUAGGGCUGCAUAAACGGAAACAAAAGUGAUUUAACUCCUUAACGGCAGAAACUACAGCAGUGAGACUGCAGGGGUAUGAUAUAUAUGUAUACCAAAACUGCUUCAUUAAGCUACAGUUUUGAUGCCUAUAGUAUCCAAGCUGUAAAUUAAUAAUAUAAUUUAAUGUUACUAGAAUAACACUAUUUUCCUUUACAUUGUUUAGGAAUUAUCUGCACGGUUACUCUCCAUUCAUAGUGAUAAGGAUAUGAUAACUGUGACCUUUAAGACCUUUGAAGAAAUCUGGAAAUUUUCCACAUACUAUUCAUUAGGUAAUGUGAAAUAGUCCACACUAUCCCACUCACUGUCCUCAGCGACAUUUGCAUGGAGAGAUGUAAACCAUGCAGAGAUUGUUUCACAGUGACAGUGAUACUACAUCAAAUGUUCUGGAAAAACAGAUUUUUUUUUCAUAUUAAAGAGUUAUGAUAGUACAUGAUGCUAAAGGGACACUCCAGAGUCCUGUGUUUUUUGUGUAAAGGCUGUGUCCUUUUUUUUUGUAUUUUACAAAAAGUGCAGAUUUCAAUAUAAACUGGCACAUUUAUAAAUUAAACUUGUUACACCCCCCCUGGCUGUCAAUCAGACAGCAGGUCAUGUUACUUCCUGGUUUUGCUCAUUCAGUGGAGCCUUGCAAACACUUCUCAUUGAGCUGCAUUGGGAAGUCUGUGAUUGGACAGCCACAGAAAGUUGGGGCGGGGUUAGAAUGGGAGGGUUUGCAAAGGCUUCAAGCAAUACACCGGCAAUUCUUGCAGCUGUUUUUAGAUAAACCUUACUGAUACAUACAUGGUUUCCUUUGGGGUAUAUCUACUAAACACCGAUUUUUUGUAAAUUUAUUUUUGUAUUUGGAUAGUGGAAAAUCCCUUUAAUAUUUAGGGCUAAAUAGUAAGCAAUAUUUUUUCACAAAGUAAUCCUAAAAGAAUGAAGCACAAAUUCUACCUUGUCUACCUGUUAUUUUAUAUCAGUGGUGACUUGAGACUGGCUGAGCACCAUGGGGAAUGCAGCCCACGUAUAGAACUUAUCAAAAUAGUACUACGGUGUAACUAUCACUGCUUGAGGCCAUGUUCUUAAUGAGAGCAGAGCCGAGCAACUCUGUCACUUUACACAGAAUAUUCUCAGGUUUCUAUCUGUGAGUCACUCAUUUUCGCAGCUUCAUGUCCAUUACAGGUAUCUUGGUGAAGCAAGGAGAACUGGCUAGCCUGAGUACAAAAAUGAGUCAGAUAUUAUACCGGUGUCAUGUUAAAAUGAUGUUUUUUUUGCUAUUUGUGUUUAAAGAGCCACACACAAGCUAACAAUUUUGUAUCAAGCACGUUCUUGUUUGGUCAAAUUAUUGUUUGGUUACUUUUGCGCUUUUAAUGAUGCUAUUCAGGUUAAGUGUCACGAGAAAUAAAGUUCAUAAAAAUCUGAAGUACGUCAUGGUUAUAAGUUACUAACAAAUAAAUAUUGAAUUAUUCUUACAGGGUUACUCCAGCCACCAUGAUCACGUCUGCUUUUAGAAGUGGUCAGGGAGCAAGGAAUCUGCAUGUGCACUGUUUCGGUUUGAAAAGCAGCACAUGCAGAGAUAUCUGGAUUGUUUUUCUGUACAUUAUCAAUGUACAGAUAGUUCACAUUGUUAGUGCUUUAUAGAUAAAAAUAUUAAUAAUUAUAAUAAUAAUAAUAGCAAUAAUUAUUCAUAGUAACAACCCCUGGAUGUUGGGCUAAGGUACUAAAGUAACAUCCCCAGGACGUACUUGAAAACCAGAGUAAUCUGAAUGUAUCUUUCAUGGUUCAAAUGAUUAUUAUUAUUAUUAUAAUAAUUAUUAAUAGUGUUUCAUGAUGUGCAGUCACAAGUGUGUCCACUAGAUGUCACUGUUAUAUUAAUGUUUGUAACAGAAUUUACUAAAGUUAGAAUUCAUAGUGGAUUCAAAGUGAAUUUCAAAUUAUAGGCCAAAGUAGUCCUAGCUGACCUUUUCCAAUGCAGCUAUUUUAGCCUUUAGUUUGAAAUUGACUGAUUUCCCACUAUUGUGAAUAACCCUGUAACACUGCUAACACAGUGAAAUAACACGAUUUUGACUUUGACGAUAAGCUGUUUGAGUUCUUAAAGGAAGACAGAAAGAUAAAAAUGCAUGUUUUUUUCUGUUCUGUUGAAGAAUAGCUUAAUGGGAGAGUGUAGUUUAAAAAAGACUUUCUAUUUUUAAUGCGUUGCUUAGAUAAUGCAUUACAAAUGUAGAGUUCCCAAACUCUGAGCCAAAAUGUUUUCAAAUUUUGAACUUACCAAAACACGCAAAGGCCAAGUAUGUUUUUGUUUUAUUUGUGAUUUUCUAAAUACCACCAGUAGUGCCAAAAACAGAGAUGAUUGAUGAGAAAAAUAAUGAUUAUAUUCACCUAUCAACUGAGAAGUGACUAACAGACGCAAAAACAGGAAUAGCAGAAAAAGAAAUCUAUUUAUAUAUUUAAAAAAUAAAUAUUAUUUAUACAUAUAUUUCUUACUGUUCCUUCUGUUUUGCUCUCUAUUGGUCAAUUUUUCUCAGUUAACCUGUAAAAAUGCUACCAUCAGUGUGCUGUGAAAUAUAAAGAUAAUAAUUUUUUUUCCCCAAAAUUUAUUCCCGAGUCAGUUUCUCUGUAACAAAAGUCAAAGUGACAUUUGGCCAAAAUUAGGCUGUCUCAAAAAUAUUUAGAUUUUUGGAAAAAAUGGUUCUGCCGCACUGAAUUUUCUCGCUAGGCACAAGUUAAACCGUAAUUCUAAACACCAUUUAUCCCUAAAAGGCUACACCCAGCUCUACCCAUUGUAGCUUGUUUCAAUGGCAAGUUAAUAAUGCUAUAGCCAUAAGACCACAGUGUUAAUGUUGUAACUUCUUGUUUUUUGGGGACAAUGCAUUUUAUUAACCGAAGAUUAUCUUGAAAAUUAAUGUAAAUAUAAAUAUAUCUCGUUGAUGUCAUUUAUUCCCAUUUUCAAUGUAAUGCAGGUUUCCUGAAUCACUGCAUGGAGAACAUGUUUUUAGAUCAGUUAUUUUGGUUAUUCUCUCCCGACGAAGAACCAGCUGGAAUUAAUGUUCAUGUCAAUGAGGAAUCUUUAAAUCUCAUUUAUAAGAGACUUUUAUUGGAGGAAGGUAGGUUAUAAUGAUCAAAGUAAUAAUGAUUAAUUAUGAAUCAAUUGUUACAAUUGUUCCCUGUAGUACAGUCUAAUUAAUGCUGCCGCCAGACUGAUUUUCCUCUCACACCUCACCCCUCUGUUAGUUCUUACAUUGGCUUCCUGUAUCCUAUAGGAGUCAAUUCAAAGUGCUAACCCAUACCUAUAAAGCAUUAAACAAUUCUAGCCCCUCUUAUAUCUCUUCACAGAUCCAUAGGUAUCCCCUUCUCGGUCUCUCCACUCUGCCCGUGACCUUCUUCUGUCUGUUGCUCGCACCCGUAUGGCCAACUCACGCUUGCAGGACUUCUCGCAGGCGGCUCCAUUCCUAUGGAAUAGCCUGACUACCGCCAUCAGACUCUCUCCUAGUCUUCAAUCGUUUAAAAGUGUCCUAAAACCCAUCUUUUUAGGAAAGCUUAUGGCCUCCCAGAGUAUCCUCUACCUUACACACCUGUCUCUUGCUCUCUCCUUAAGGGCAGCACUCUACUCUCUCCUCUGCUUCACUCCCAUCUUAUUUGAUUGCCAUUUCCUGUCCUAAUGUGUUUUAUACCCCACCUCCUAUAGACUGUAAGCUUGUUUGAGCAGGGUCCUCUUCAACCUAUUGUUCCUGUAAGUUUUCUUAAAAUUGUCCUAUUUAUAGUUAAAUCCCCCCUCUCAUAAUAUUGUAAAAGGCUACUGAAUCUGUUGGCGCUAUAUAAAUGGCAAUAAUAAUAAUAAUAGUAGAGUUUUCAAAUCUAUUUUUCACCUUUGGCUUCUGAACUUGAAUAAUUCAAAUGGUUUGCAGUUUGGAAAUUAACCUGUAGGGGUUGCUGCCCAUUCAUAAUCUUAAAGGACCACUGAAUCAAUACAUCUGUAUGGGGAAAGUUCAGCAUCUCCAGGAAGCACCUCUAGUAGCCAUCUGAGGAGUGGCCACUAGAGGUGUCCCUAGGCUGUAAUGUAAACACUGUCAUUUCUCCAAAAAGGCAGUGUUUACAUGAAAAACUUGAAAGGAUUGACUAUAUUCAACAGAACCACAUUAAGCUGUACUUCUUCUGGUGAAUAUUAUUUAUAUUUAAUUGAUUGGUGCAUUCAUCUUCUGGGCAAUCAACCUGGGGCUUCAAAUAGUUUGCUCAAUAAUUAUUAUUCACAUUAAUAUUAUCAAAAACAAUCUAUUACUUUCAAUGGUGUGGGGAAGCAUGUUUUUUGUGUCAUAGGCCAUAAUGUAACAGUCAAAUUAAGAGUCAGAUCAAUGAACCCUAAAAAUUCCAACAUGCCGGCUUCACUGCUAGCACGUCAGUGCCAGAGCAUUCUAUACUUCCUGCUACAAGGGUUAUAAAUAAAUGCAUUGUGACAGAGAGCAGGAGAACCACCCUUAGAAUGUCUUUCUUGCUCUUCCCUGUCACUCAAUCCUCUGCUUAAGCCUCUAUGCAGCCGGUGUUCUAUCAUUCUGCUAUAUUCCGUCAGAUUGCUAUACCCCAUGGAGAGGUUUAUGUUAUGGAUUGAUAGACAGGUGAUGAAUGGGUAAUGUUUUAAAAAAACAAAACAUUAAAUAAACAUCUAAUUUUGCUUGCAUUUCUGCUAGCAAAAUGUGUAGAUUACAUUUAAUGCUCUUUUAUUUAAACCUGCAUUAUGUGUGCCAUGACAGGUGAGAGUCAUGCAGGUGUGAAUUAUUUUGAACAAUGUGAAAAGCAAUACAUUUAACUGACCCUGUUGUUUCUCUUCUAUUUUAGGAACAUUCUUUGUCCUUUGUGGUGACGGUCACAUAAGACAGGCUGCCGUCGUGGAUGAUGUAUUGCAGAUUUUCCAGUCAAACAGUGUCGUUGAUGGAGUAGAUGUGGGAUGGACCCAAAAUAAGCAAUCGGUGCUGGGUGACACAUUGGUUGGCUCUAAAACCACUAUUGAGCCAUUAUGUCCUUUUCAUCAGUAGGUAGCUGCCCUCUAACAUUUCAUUUUAUUUUAAAUUCUACAAUGUAUUAGUUAUUAUGAUAACAAGCCACAUUGAACACAGACUUCAUCUGUCUGCAUUACGGUAAACUGUACCAUGUUCCACUAUGUUAAUAUGUAUCUACAGUAAAGUUCUCAUUCCAGGAAUCUGUACGAAUAAGACCUGCAUUAAACAAUAUAUUACCAGGAAUUCUCAGUAGCGAGAGCUGCGGAAUACUGCUUAAUACACAUACACAAUAGCUUAAAAUGUUGUCUAUUUUUAAUGCUUGCUUUUCCUGUAUCAUAGGUGGUUCCUGAAAACAAAUUCUGUUUCAGAUCUUGUGGAUUUUACUAGAUGUAAAAUGAGAAAUAAAACUGGUAAGAAUACAUAAUUCAUUUUUAUUUGGCCUUGGUUUUAUUUAAUUAUUUUGGUCUUGAUAAAGCAGCAACAUAUUUCACAGCAAUAACCAACAGGACCGUACACAAACAAUACAUAAUACUCAUACAGUCAUUCCCACAGACACAAAUAUGCUGACUUCAUUGAAUAAUAUCAGGAUUAGAACAAAAUUACACCAGUCAACCUGUUCCUAUAUUCCACCAGAAAGAGAGAAAAUGUUUGUUUGUUUGUUUGUUGGGAGAACAUAUGUAGGAGGGUUCUCCUGCUCCCAACGUCACUCAUUCCUCAUAAGAGACAUCAGUACUACUAGCAUUGAAUAGCAUGUGGCCCCAUUUACUAUGCCCUGUUGUGGUUUCUGUUUAAAGUACCUGUUUAGUACGUCCCUUAUUCCUGUCUGUAAUUUUUGGUAUUGACCUUGACGAGUGAUAGAUCCCCAUCUGGCAAAAUAACCUAGAGUCCUUGAACCAGGGUCCUCUUGUUCCACCACUGAAUAAACUGUAAUGAUUUGGGGAAAAAAUUUAAAUGACUUUUUUUGACCUACAAAUGAGAACUAAUCUCUUUUUAUAAAUCGGUAAUUUGCAUUUCUGAUCACCAUUUCAGCUGUAGGCUUGUGUGAAGCACUGGUUGAUCAUGAAGGUGAAAUGAUGGAUGAGAUGUCCUAUAAGAGUGGAGAUGUUAUUGAAACCAUCAGCACUUAUUUUGAAUGCAUGGAUUGGUUUCUCGGGAGACAUAUAACCAGUGAGAAUAUUGGUUUUGUGAAGACCAGCAAUGUGAAGACUCUUUCAUCAGAUACAGGGUGAGAGAUUUAAUUUAUCCAUAAUUGUGUCCAUGAUGGGAUAAUUUCAUUUCCGUGCCAUUACUAGAUGACGAAAUUGAAAAGAAAAAUGUUCUUCGGAAAAGACUGUAUUGAGACCAGGGUUUCAUAAACAGGGUAAUGUACUAAAGUAAGAACUCAAAGUGAAUUGAAGGCCACAGUAGCCAAACUAAAAGCAGAAGUGACUUAGAUAAUGUUUCCAGUUUGGUUAUUUUGACCUUAAACUUAAAUUCACUUUGAUAUCUCACCUUAGUGAAUCAUUCCGAUAGUCCCUUGUGAUAACUCUUAGCAUCUCAACAAACAACUUUUCCUGCAUGUUCUUUAAUUAUUAAAUUUUAUCAUUAUCAUUUAAAUGUUCCACUAUGUUUUAAUAAUAAUAAUAAUACAAUAUUUAACAAUGAAUAACUGAUAUGCACAAAUACCGUUAUCAGACAAGAGAUAAAGAAGGCCUUGCUUAAACGAGUUAACAAUUUAGUAAUUAGUGAAACUUAAAAGGUUACUUUAAGAUGUCUUGCUGGUUAUUAGUCACAGACUACAUCACCCAGGUUGUUGCAGAGGAAUAAUGUAUAAAGAUUUUUUUUCAAAAUGAGACCAUAAGCCAUAGAAUUCAGUAACCGCAUUAUUAAUUAUAACAUUUCCAAGAUUUUUGUGGUUAAGGACUAUUUUUUUUCUCCAGACAAGGGAACCUGGAGUGGGAAGAAAUACUGAUGUCCCAAGGUGUGAAAAGCUUUGAUCUGAAUAAUGCAAAAGAACUACUCAACAAAAUGCUUCACUCGAGUGUCUGCAAUGUUUUCAGAUUGGGUACGUUACAGAAUACAUAAAUUAAACAAAAUUACAUCUAUCAAUGCCUUUCUUUAUUAACCAUUCCUAGAAUAUAUUCAGAGCAGUAAAACAACGGCAGAUAAAUACCACCAAAAUAUUUAUGAAAUAAUGUGCUAACAGUACAUUGGAGAGGGGGAGGGAGGAGAGAGUAACACACUACACACUACUAACACACUACAUGUAAAGCGAGCGUGACAUGUUUCAUGCCUGAAGGGCACUUUAUUAGCAGCUCCCUUAUUGGGAGACUGUGGUGGUUAUGGUGCUUGGAGUCUUACAGGGUUCUCUAAACUCAGGGCCCACUUGAUGUUGCUAAACGUUUUAGUGUUCCUUUAAUAUAAAGAAAAAGUAAUCCAAGUAUCUCUGAUAUCUCCUGGGAUACAGAGCAAAGACGAAAAUAUUUUUUCAGACUUUUUUAGAUUUUAGUGGUAGAACAACCCAAAUAACUUAGAAUUUCGUAUGUUAGUAUUGUUGAUACGUAGAGGAAGGAAACACACAAUUUGAUUAUAUAAGCGGGAAAUUAAAACAAAAAUACUAGUAACAUUAUAAUUGUUUUCAAUAGCUGUAUAUUGUUCAUUAUAUAUUGUACAUUGUUUCAUAAACUAUCUCUUGUUUCAACAAUUUAUUGUUUCUAUAAACUUUCCUGAAGACAUAGAUUAGUAAUUUUGUAGAAAUACUAUGUUAGAUGCUCACCCAGUCUCCACUCCUUCAAAAAAUCAUUAAAAACCCACUUCUUCAUAAAAGUGUAUCAAUUAAACUGUUAACAGCUCCCAACUGAUUCCUUUCAUGCAACUGUCCACUACUAUCCUUACCCUCUGUGUCACUUUAACCCACUCCCUCUAUCAUGUAAGCUCAUUGAGCAGGUCCCUCAACCCCUCUGUUCCUGUGUGUCCAACUUGUCUGGUUACAACUACAUGUCUGUUCGUCCACCCAUUGUAAAGCGCUGCAGAAUUUGACGGCGCUCUACAAAUAUCAUAAUAAUAAUAAUAAUAAUAAUAAUGUGCAACAUAUGAUUCAAUCAUACAUAUUUUAUCUGAAUUUGUGUUUUCAGAUGAGCUGGAAGAUAUCAAGCCAUCCCAACAGAAAGGUAAAACAGAUUCAAUAGUUACUAGCAUAUGCAUUGCUAAGGGGGGGAUGGGGGCUUAAGCUCCAGAUCUCCAUAUUUGGUCGAAGGGGCGGGAUGAUAUUAGUUUUCUUAUUUUUUUUAUCAGUUUAUUUUUAUUUAUUUUUUAUAUUAUUAUUAUUUUAUUAUUUAUAUAGCGCCAGCAAAUUCCCGUAGCGCUGUACAAUGAGUGUAUAAAGAAAGGUCAGUAAUCUAGGCUAUUUUGGGGGAAAGGUUAAUGCCCUUCCCCAAGAUGACUGUUUGCAGAGAUUGAGGGGGAAAAAAACGUUGCUGUACUCACCUUUGUCAGAUAUUGUGGAGGAAAGUAACCGAACACCUGGUUGUCUACCAUGUGCACGAUUGGGGACAUGUGACUCUGACUGGGGACAUUUUUGGAACACGCUUGUGUUCCACUAUGUUCCUGGUGCAUUUACUUACACCAGGAGAGAUGGACAGGUAUUUUUUUGGUUGCAUUUCAAUUUAUUUAUUUUUAUUGUCAUAGUCUUAUUAUUGUUUCAAGUAUUUAUGUUUAUUAAUUUUCUAUUCCUUGCUAGGCUUUCAUUAAGUACAAUUGUACACAUACUUCCUGUAUUUUGGUAUCCUUGGUGACCAUAACCAUGUUAUUAUGGUUGGGAGGAUCUCAGUCUUGGUUUAUUAGUGGCUAUAUAAAGGAAUCAUUUUCCUUUUACAUCCGGCUCCCUUGAUAAAGGCAAUCUCGACGAAACAUUGGGGGCUUCUUGAUUUUCUCCCUCUUCUCACUAUUUCUGGUAUUUUUCUCUUUAUGGUAUGUAUGAUUUGUUGGGUUGCUCUUUCUGGGUAUCCAAUCAAAUUUGUAUCUAGAUUAGCAUUUUUGCUUUUUGCAGUUAUUUACUACGUAUAGAGAACUGUGAUACAUUUUAUAAGUUUUUUGUAAUGUGGCAUUAUUACUGAGACUUUUUCUCUUUUUGUUUGUUUCUUGGGAUACCUAUUCAAUUUGAACCAAUUAAUAAAGUUUUUUUAUCAUUAUGGUUGUGCUCCUCAUUCAGUAUUUUCUACAGAUUUUCUAGGUUCGUGGAGAAAUAGGAUCUUUUGAGUGAGCACCACAAUUUGGCUGGUUUGCUUUUGUUAAUAAAUUCUCAUGUCAUCUGACUAGUGUACCUGCCUGUUUCUAAAUAAUUGUGUACAUUGUGCAUCAGGAUAUGUUUUUAUUGAGACCUCAAAGAGCAUCAGUGGCACACUAUUCACUAGGGAUGUGCAUGGGCAAAAAAUUCCGGAAAGUUCGGAAAUUCGGGUAAGUAAAAAAAUGUGUCUGCUUCGGCAAUUUGGACCAAUGGCAUUCGGUUCGGCACUUCCGAAAUACCGAACUUUGGCCAUUUGGAAAUUCGGCAAUUCGGAACUUCGGCAGAGCCUUAAAGAUGUGUAAGUGGUUGUGGUGACCAUCCUGGCACUGGGAGCCCUACAGAUGUGUAAGUGAUUGUGGUGGCAGUCAGGGCACUGGGAGCCCUAUAGAUGUGUAAGUGAUUGUGGUGGUAGUCCAGGCACUGGGAGGCGGGAUCCCUAUAGAUGUGUACGUGGUUGUGGUGGCAGGCCGGACACUGGGAGCCCUACAGAUGUCUAAGUGGUUGUGGUGGCAGUUCUGGCACUGGGAGGCGGGAGCCCAAUGGAUGUGUAAGUGGUUGUGGUGGCAGUCCAGGCACUGGGAGGCAGGAGCCCUAUAGAUGUGUAAGUGGUUGUGGUGGCCGUCCUGGCACUGGGAGCCCUAUAGAUGUGUAAAUGGUUGUGGUGGCAGUCCAGGCACUGGGAGCCCUAUAGAUGUGUAAGUGGUUGUGGUGGUAGUCCGGGCACUGGGGGCCCUACAGAUCUGUUAGUGGUUGUGGUUGCAGUCCUGGCACUGGGAGGCGGUAACCCUAUAGAUGUGUAAGUGGUUGUGGUGGCAGUCCUGGCACUGGGAGCCCUAUAGAUGUGUAAGUGGUUGUGGUGGUAGGGACAAUGGGCAACUAAGGCCCCUUCCAAAUAAGAUUAGAGUGUAAAUAGCUCUUAUAUUAUUUAUAUCUUGCCAACUAUUUUAAUUGAAUAAAGUUACUUGUAAAUUAACCAAGUAUGCAAUUAACAUUAUUGUAUUUAUCUCAAUAUUCAUCGAUGAAACAUUUAAUUGAUAUACUGUACUAUAAAAUUGUGUUUUCUUAUUAUUUUCAGAAACAAACCAUUCAGCUAAUAUUGAUACAAAUACUUUCAAACAGAAGCUGACGGAUUUUUUUUUAAAUACCCAGGAGAUUGCCAUUUCUCCUGAUGUUCCCAAUGAUCUACAACUUGAUAAUAUAAACCUUUUGAGCAAAGAUGCCAAGAAUUGUGAGAAUUACGAGGCUCCGUGUUUCUGCAUCAGUGAGGGACAGGAUAAACAAGAAGCAUUAGAGUCAUUACUUCUGUUUUUAAACAAAGAAAAAUACACUCCCGGCUUCAAAACCAUCUAUGAUAUCUCAUAUGGAUUUAAACAUAUGUUAUUUAAUGGAUAUAGUGAAGAAGGGGAACUGAUUAGAUAUCUCAGCAUAGCUCGGGAAUCAGCAAAGAAAGCCAACAUGACUUGGGCGUUAACAAGGAUUUGUUUCCUUUUGGGAAGACUAGCUAUCAAAAGACACAAGUUCUCCCAAGCAAGGGUCUAUUUUGAAGAAGCAAUAGGGGCUGUAAAUGGGAAUUUCAGUGACCUCUUCCUCAUCAGAGCAAUGUAUAUGAACCUGACUGCUGUAUACCUGAAACAAAAUAACAAAGAAAAAUGUUUACUCUUGAUAGAUAAAUCAGCUUCUCUCAUCCUUGGACUUCAAACAUACCCCAGCAGCACUGACAUGGAUCCAAUGAUACUGAAGUAUGUAUUGAGAAAGGCAAUACUGAACCAAGAUUCAUACAGUGAGAUAAGAGCAUGUCUACUUCUGGCCACAAAUUACAUCAGUUUAAAACAAAGCGUUGAGGCCUUACCCUUCAUUGAGAGGUUGCAGGUUUUAAGAAAUAAAAUGGAAUCAAAGUCAAGUUCUGUACCAGGAUACUACUUUAAACUUGCAGAUAUAUACAACUACAAGUGUUUGCCCCAUAUGGCAUUGAGCUCCGUUAAAGUGGCAUCUCACAGCUCUAGCAGUUUUACAAACUCUUUGAGAGGAGCAGGAUUCGUUGCUGAUAAUGCUGUCAAACUCUGUGGGAUAAAACAAGGGGGACAAAUAUUUCCCACACAGAUAGCACACUACCUCAGAAACGCGUUGGCAUCUGCACUCACCGACCAGGAGCAAAUACUUUGCAUGUCCAUAUAUUUGAGUUUAUCAGAACUUUGCUCAAACCAUAAGCAGUGUAAAAAGGCUCAAUCAUAUAUUCUAAAAGCAGUUGAAAAGAAUGGUUUGAUGGCUUCAAGGUCCAAGGUGGAUUUUUCAGUUACUCUAGCGUGGCUUUGCAUGUUGGACAAAAAUAAUUUGUUGGCUCUGGAUAUUUUAAAUAGCAUAAUGCCAUUGUGUAUUUGUACAGAACAUCAGCUUGGGAUUAUCUAUAACCUGAAAGGAAUUGCCUUGAGAAGAACGAAUGAAAUAAAACAUGCUGCAGAACAUUACUGCAAAGCACUGAAAAUUUCAAGAGAUACAGGUGCUUGUCACAACCAGGCAGCGGUAUUGGCCAACUUUGGGACAUUAUGCCUGCACUUGAAUGCUCAUAUCCUGACAGAGCAUUUCUUCAUUAAUUCUAUACGUGUUUACUCAAGUAUUCCCAGCAUAGACAAUGGUACAGAUUUCAUUCAUGUGCUUCUUAUCUUUGGGAACUACUACAUGAGUGGAAUCCAUAAAGAGAACGCAAGGAUUUAUUAUGAGUGGGCAUUUCUUGUGGCAAUGGAAACAAACCAUCUGGAAAGUAUGUAUGUGCUUUUAUUUUGUACUUUUUAUUGUCCACUUGUAAGCAUUGAGAAUUUUCAGAGUUAUUAAUAGUGUUGUUUGUUUUUCACAUUCUGCAGUGAAAAAAUAAAGGAACACUUCGAGUACCAUAAAAACAUCAUCCUAAUUAGGUGACUAAGGAUUUAAUGUCCAAUUUGUUCAUAUCGCCUAUAAAGAAAGAAAUCCACAAUAUAUUUUCUGGUGCUUCCAUUAUAACAUAAUUCUAGUGACAAUUGUACAAAUAAUGAGCUUUUCAAAUUGUUUAAUAUUUUUGGAAACAAUUUUCAAAUGAUUUAAUAUUUAAAAACAUAGUUUAAUAUUUCUGCUAUAGUUAUAUAUUUUAAAUGUAUUUUUUAAUAUUUAAAUACUUUGGAAAAAAUAAUUUCAAACGUUUAUCCAAAAAUAUUAAAUUGAGGCCAAAAUAAGCAGAAGACUCUGUUCCAGUGUAAUUGCCAUUGUAUUACUGCUUAAUAUUACAUCAAUGGAUUUCUACAAAAAGUAGUACAUUUAGUACUACAACCCUAGGCCAAAAAUAGACGAAUAAGAAAAAUACUCCAUGUCAAUUCUGUUUUCAGUUUAGCUAUUAAGGUCUUUUGAUAUUUGAAAUUCACUUUGAAUGCAGUUAUGUCUAUGUCCCUUCGAGUAUAUCUGAAACCCUUGCAGUGUGUAGCACUAUUUAUUUGUACCGUGACACCGUUACAUCAGUAACACCUAUAUUCUUCUCAUCCUUGCAUUAGAUUGGUAAAUUUUGCCUCUUAAUUUUCACUUGAAAUCCACCAAAUGUUACUUAUGGCUGGAAUCACAUUAAAGUGGCUAAGCUGAAUUGAAAGUUAAUUUCAAAUGUAAGGUUAAAAUAUGUUUUCAGUUCAGCUACUGUAGCCUUUAAUGUGACAUUCACUUUAAAUUCUCACUUUAGUAAAUACACCUUAUAAGGAUAUUUAAACAUAUUGUGAUAGUAGCAGGAAGCAAAAUCAUUUAUCUGAUUAUGGGCCCAAGUUAUCAUAGAGAGCAUGACAAAAAUCUGACCAAUAUACUGAUUGUGUGCUGGACACUCAUCCCAACUCAACUGCGGGUUAUUUAAAGGACCACUCGAUGAAGUGGUCUGGGUGCCAGGUCCAUCUAGAAUUAACCCUGCAGCUGUAAACAUAGCAGUUUCAGAGAAACUGCUAUGUUUACAAUAGGGUUAAUCCAGACUCUAGUGGCUGUCUCAUUGACAGCCGCUAGAGGUGCUUCCGCGCUUCUCACUAUGAUUUUCACAGUGAGAAGACGCUGCCGUCCAUAGGAAAGCAUUGAGAAAUGCUUUCCUAUGGACUGAUUGAAUGCGCUCGCGGCUCUUGCUGCGCAUGCGCAUUCGCCGGAUGACGUCGGAAGAGGGAGGAGAGUCCCCAACGCCGAGGGAGCCCGGCGCUGGAGAAAGGUAAGAAUUUAACCCCUUCCUCCCCCUUCAGCCUGGUGGGAGUGGGACCCUGAGGGUGGGGGGUGGGACACCCAAAGACCCUAUAGUGCCAGGAAAACAAGCUUGUUUCUAAGCUUGUUUUCCUGGCACUAUAGUGGUCCUUUAACCACAAAAAUUUUAAUCAGUUGCUGAUUUUUUUAUUAUUAUUAUUAUUAUUUUAGUGGCCCUAACUUUACUUAUUUUUCCUAUCUGUGCUUAUGAUGAACUGGCAGAACUUGAGAUGCAGAAGAUUCUACAGUCUCAAAUAUUAUCAUUAUUGUAUUGUUAAAAUACAUUUUUUUUCUACUUGCUGUGUUUAAACAGGCCAACUUCAAGCUACACAGUUAUUGUGUAAUUUCUACAAUACAGUUGUAAUUAAUGAAGCACAAUGUAUCAUUUACAACGAAUAUCAGCUUUCCUUAGCCAGGAAAAUGGCAGACAAAGUGCUGGAGGGUCAAGUCCUUGAAAAAAUCAGUCAACUGUAUUUAUCAUUAGGUACAGAGAGGUAAGUAAUAAUCUUUUACGAGCAUAGAAUGAGAACGAUAUUAUUUCCUUAUCGCCUACAAGGUACUGUACCCACAGACCAUAAACGUAUUUACCGUGUGUGUGCUGCUUUGAGUAUCUGUUUGGCUAAAUGCUGGAAAGUGGCACCAUCUUCUCAGGCACAGAUAUAGACCAAGAUCUGAUACUUGAUUAGAAUGGAAAAAUUCACAGCGGCCAUUAAUGAAAACCACUGGCCAAUUCCUGAAAAUAUGGUCACCUUGGAUGGAGACCUUUUCCCCUGAGGGUCCUAAAUUGAGUCUCCUUCUGUUGUGAGCCUCCCUAUCCUUUUUUAGAGAUGCAAGGUCCAAUGAUUGAAGGAACUGCCUUGUGCUCACAUAGCCUAAUCUUUUAAGGAGUUCUCACUUACAAAUGUUUACCUUUUCUUUCUUUGUCUAGCUUUCUUACUUACUCCUACUUGUGGAAGGGAACUCGGUUCUCUCAUAUAUUGGAACUUCAUUUGGUUCCUCAUGUACUAUCGACUCACUUUGGUCCUUUCUGGAAAUAUACAAAUGCAACACUUUUCGUGUUGCAUUGAAAAUUUUAAAUACAACUUUAUUUAUCAAAAAGAAGGAAGGACCCUAGUGUCUUGUGUGUCACUACAGAAAAUUAAAGGCUUUUAGAGCAAUCUGUUCAUCAACGAGCAGCUCAAGGUUGAUUUGACUUAUGGCAGAAUGUAUGCCCAUUAAACUUGCACCAAAGUAUAUAUUUUCUGGCAAAUCAGCAUGACAAUGUGGACCUUGUGUAUAGAAUUAAAUCUCCAAUAGAAGGUUUGGGGAGAUAAGCCUUAGAUUGCUCUUCUGCCUUGUGUCCUUACAGCACCACCUUUUAGUAGAGAAUUAAUAGACGUGAUAAUGGGGGCAAAAUAAAACAAUUUAAGUUUUUGGUAGAGGGAGAUUACCUGGUGAAAAUAAUGGUUUUUGAAAAUUUUGGAGGGAGAGGAAAUUGAUUAAUUGAUAUGACAGAGUUAAAAAUUACAAUAUGAGUAAAACAAAACAUGCAGAUUACAAGAUACAUGCCUGUUUAGGACAAUGUCUGGUGAUCUGACUAAAGGAAUUAUUCAUGUAAAACCUCAGCAUAGAAACAAUGGAGGCAUGGGAACAUUGAACGGUUGGGUUUGUUCUCCACAUUCAUCUCUUAAAUACAUUGAGUCUCAGAUCUAGAAAUUAGUGUUUCAUCACUGAGCACAAAUGAAGGAAACAAUCAAUAACCUUCAACGCAUGGCUUGAGGCAAAUUUGGUGGAGAUGAGGUCAUGUCCAGGAACUGAACUCAAGCUAUGUCAGUCUUUAUUACCCUUUUCUAGAUUACUCUAAGAGUAUACCAUGCUGUGUCUUUACAUUUCCUUAUAUAAGGAAUUUCUAAACAUGAAACUUUUAAUAUGAGCAUUAGCUUUACUAAGCAGCCAAGAAUAUUGUAUUCAGAGAAUAAUCCAGGGGAUGGGUUUAUAAUACACAUAGGUUCUUGGAGAUGAAAUUACAUUUACCUAUUACUACCUAAUAAUGGCUUCACUGUAUAAGAUAUAACUGCUUUUAUAUCGGGGAAAUGUAUUGUCCGAUUAUCAUGAUUAAGUACCAAGUAUUACACAGUGGUAUUACACAGUGGUUUCAUGAAAUAUAUCACUGUGUUUAGGGCCUGCAAAUCAGCUUUGGAAUACACUAAAAGGAGCCUAGGGAUUUUUAUUGACCUGCAAAGAAAGGAAAAGGAAGCUUAUGCAUGGCUCUGGGCUGGAAAAAUCUACUAUAUCCUUGGUCAGAACGAAUUAGUGGAUCUUUAUAUUCAGGUACAUAUCCAUAUGUAUAUUUCAUUUCUGUAUUUUGAUGUGUCCUGGGGAUAUUGAUAAAAGCACACAAGCAUUGUAUUCUUUGACCAGUUGAACAGGAGUACACCACAUGCUAAGCAGCUUUCUUUUUGAAGGAGACAGUUCUUAGAUAACAAGCUUGUUGUCACCAUUUUUUAACAAAAAAACAGGUUCAUGUCUGGUCAUGGCAUUUGUACAACAUAUAAAAAAGUUAGGAAUGAAAGGCAACCACAAAGAAUUAAUGUAAUAACUAGGUGUGUUGAAGCAAUAACAUUAAAAAGAAAAUACUCACAUUUGAAUUGAUGGUCCAGCCACAUUAAAAUGAUAUGAGGGCCAAGACUAGCUGGAGUGCAUGCCAUCAGAUCACAUCCAUGGCACGUGUGCAAAUUGCCAAAACAAGAUGUGGAACACAAGCUAAAUGCUGAAAGUAUCAAGAGAAAUAAAACACUUUGUGAUGACAUACCAUGUCCUGGGCCUACCAACUUUGAGGAAGUGUGGGUCUGCCACCUCAGAGAGGGAUCAUCACUGAAACCAAGGUCAAGCUAUAUCACCCCCAGCUGGUUUCAGUGUGAAAGCCCAUCUGCCAACGCCACCUCCUUACAGGCAGUUGGUCCCCUCUGCCUGUCCUUCUCCAAGGCAGGUAUGGAUGCCUAUGCCUUUCCUCCUUCUCCCAGGCAGAUAUCAAUCCCUCUGCCUGUUCUCCUUCUCUGAGGCAAGAAUCAACCUCUCUACCUGUCCUUCUUCUAGGCAGGUGUGGACCCCUCUGCCUUUCCUCCUUCUCCCAGGCAGAUAUCAAUUCCUCUGCCUGUUCUCCUUCUCUGAGGCAGGUAUCGACCCCUCUACCUUUGCCGCCAACAACUACUGCCUUUACCAAGGCAUGGCGGCUGACAUGCCUAGCUUUUGCCACCGUCUUUACAAACACAUUUUGUAGCUGUCAGGCCAGUUCUUUCUUAAAAUGUCUCUGACCAGGUGUCACGAUUCGGGGAACCAAACACGCCAACACACACACACACAAAGUGCCGUACCGGACCUUAGAGUGGCCGGGCUAAGCACACAAAGAAUAGUGAGGAAACAAGCCGAGUAAGGGGAACCAGAAGACAGAAUAACGAUAGACAAGCCGAGGUCAAAGGGUAGGAGAAAGUCACAAAGUCGGAUAAACAAGCCAGAGAGUACGUAACCAGAAACACAAGUUCAGAAUCAAUACUAACAAGCAAAGACCACAACAGGGCGAAGAGGAACAGGAAAGGUAAGUAUAUAAAUCCAAAGGUUAAUUCUGAUUGGAUAAUUUCCAAUCAGAAUUAACAAUCACACGUGGGAGAUAUCUAAACCUCCCACUGUGAUUGAGGCACUGUGCCUUUAACGCCGGGUCAGGUGACUGACCCCGGCGUUGGUUAAAGUGGGCGGUCUCCCAGCGUGCAGCGUCAUGCAUGCUGCCGCUGGGAGACACAGAGGAAGAGGCGGACGGCACCCGUGGGAGAGAGGGUGCCGCCCGCCGAGCACACGGCUGAAGGGGGACCGCAGACGGCUGGAGGGUGAGUGCCGCGAGCGGACUGCAGCCUCCCCUCGCAGCCGCCCGCGGGACCCUGACACCAGGGAAUAGUGAAGCCAGGUAGCAGCCCUGAAAACUCUGCUACUGGAAUCCCUGAGCCAACCAGACAGGAAACACAGUUCCUAAUUUGGUGACUUGUCCUUAAACAUUUGGUAAAAACCAUAUAAAUAUAAACAAACAUACAUAACUUAAAGAACAGACCAUAAUGACACAAUCACAACUUUCUAACAUAUGGUAAAAUAGGUUAGUUGUUGCAAAUUCCUUAUUUCCUUAUUUGCAUAUUGAAAUUAUACAAAUCAAUGUGUUUCAGUUUGACCAGCAGAGGGCACUGUAGAGUCAUCACAAACUUGGUCCUCCAUCUAAAUAUUUGCAACUCCUAAACAAAUCUCAGUGUGAUCCUGCAUAUUUACAUGAGCAUCCCAAGUAGCCAGGACACAAACAUGUGUUCAAAAGAAAUCCUAAACAAUUUGUAGAAGCACACUCAAACAUACAACAGAUCUACACUAUGGUAUUCAAGAAUAAAAUAAAAACACACCAUUAUGUACACAGACCAUGUAUAUGAAAACAGGGGGCUGCACUUACCUGAACAUGCAUAAAUGGGGUGCUGCUGGGGCCAAUUCAUACAAUACACAAGCUUCAGUGCACUCGCUCAUCCACUAACUUCAAAGUUCACAGAUUGUAUUUGGAUUUUUUUUAAAACACCAAAUAUGGGCAAAAAUAAUGGGGGUUUAGUAACAUUAUAUGAUCAUGCAUUGCAUAAGCCUUGCACAACGUCAAUGUACCCCAUCUUUGGCAGGUCCUACUCUAACACCUAAUGUCUGCUCUUCUGACACCAUAUAUAUUUACAGAACACUUGUCCACUUAUAAAUCAGUUGCAUCUCUCACUAUGUAAAAAUGUUAACACAUUGCAAGUGAUUGUCAUUUCCAGAGACGUGACCGUUCCCCUUUAAAAAAAUGUACAUGUUACAAAUGACAAACCUUAACGGGGAAUGCGUGCACCCUCUGUAAAAUAGUUUUUCCUUUUCACCUGCAAAUAUUUGUUUGUUCUUCCCUCAAUGGUUCUGCACAUGAUGCAAACCUCACGUGAAAGCCACUUUCUUCAUAAAUGCUCACUGGUUGAUCUAGAUGCUGGCUUUCAUUCAGGUCACUUGGCCAAUGCAUGCAAAUAUGGCUACACCUGUAAGGUGGACAGGUCAUAUAACCACCUAAUCAGAAGACUGUGCAUUUACUCCUAAAAAACCACAGCUGUUUAUCUAAUUAGGCAAGCGUAUAACUGCUAUCAUUCAGAGAAGAGAUACGAGUUUCCAUAAUUUCUACCCAAGUAAUAAUAAUUAGUCCCAAGAACCGAGCACACGGUUUAGCUAAUCUGUGCUUACCAUGGUGCAGCAACCAGCCGUACUUAUGUCAAACAAGGAGAACCACACUCUCUGUAAUUUGAAAACUAACUUUUCAAGGCUCUAAUAACUCCAAAAGCAGACAAUCACAGCGUAUUAACAUUUCAGUCUCAACUGGAGACUUUCUCAAGUCUAUGUAAUAAUAAAACUUGAUAUUAAUCCUAAUUCCACUUUUUCACUGUGCGGUACGUGAUGUAAAAUCCAUCCUUUUGCGUAUGGCGCUACACAGAAUGCUACAGUGAAUGAAAACUAUAUUCUCACACACAUUGUUUAUUAUUCAGCCCCACAACAGCGGAAUGAAAGUCAUGCAAUGAGGUUGAAAAGGUCUUUACUUUAAAUACAUAUAUUACUUUCUUCGCAGGUUGCCCAGAACGUGGCUUUGUCCACCGGGGAUCCAAACUUGGGAAUGGAGUUAUUUGAAGCUGCUGGAGAUAUAUUCUUCAAUGGAGCAAAUGAUAGAGAAAAGGCAGUAUCAUUCUACAGGGUAAAGUACAUUCCAUGGCAGAAAGUAGAAUUUAGUCUUAUUAGAAAACAUAUAUAAUUAUGGAGAACAUUUGAAAACAAUCAAGGGAAUAGGUAUAUUUCCCUUCAAUCCUCAUCAAUGUAAUCCUCACCCUUGACAAAUUAUUCCUGUUAUUUCAGCUCAUUUGAUCUGUCAUCCAAAUUAACUGGGGGUUUCACAGAUAUAUUAUCCUAUUUGGGAUAUUAUGAAAAUGUGUUAAUGACUAAAAACUGGCUUAUUAAAAAAUGAAGAGAGUAGUUUUGAAACAUUUUCUAGUUGGACAAAAGUAAUAGAGUACUCCAGAGUUAUAAAUAAAUGAAAACUAUAGUUGAUAAACAAUCAAUCACAUACAACACACAGUGAUGAAUACAAAUUAUAUACUUGACAAUAUGCUAAAAGAUGGAUAUUCACACAUAGAUGGGAAUUACAUAGCACGCAGGAAUAAGUGUAGAGCCGUUCCCGGUACCGGGGUCUGUAUCAACAGCUUCUGGGUGCCAGUACUGGCUACAAUUAUUCAUCUACAGGGAGGCUUGGAGUAGAUCUAAAAAAUUAAGUAAAAAAUAUUAAAAAAAAAAAAAUUGAGACAUACAAAAACAGUAUGUAAAAAACAGCAUAAAUGAUAUAUACACUACCGCAACAACAUAUAAGUACUUUUAAAUUUUGAAAACGCAUUUCGACUUUACGUCAGGGUUAUGCCCUGUGUCCAUUUCUUUUUAAUUUGCUCACUAAUGACUUAUUAAUGGGCAUUGAAAGUUCCGUCACUAUCUGAAGAUGAAAGCUAAAUAUAGUAAUGCAGUAUGAGCAGAAUUCCAAUGUUACUGCUAUUUAGCUGAGUUAGUCGAUCGGGUGAAUAUGUUGAAUUACAUACUGAUAAAUGCAAUGUUAUGCAUUUAUUAGAUGAGGAAUAAACAGCAAUAUAUUGCAAACAGGACUGAGUUAGGUAUUUGGAAAUAAUUAUCAACAGACUAAGCAACAACAUGAAAUGUCAGCUGGUAGAAUUGUCUGUACAGUGCUGUCAAAAUAGUAUUAAUGCAUAUGAUGAAAAUGUCAUUUUUCCAUUAACCAAUAGACUUGUGCACAGCGAGAAAAUCUGUUUCUGCUGAACCAGUUCUGUUGAAAAUAUUGUUUUUUUCAAGGUGGAUUAAUUUAGGCCACAUGUCGGUUGGGCUCAUGAGAAUUUUGUUUACAAAAAAGGAUUCGGAAAAUGAAUCAGAUGAACCCAAAGGGCCAAAAUUGGGCCAAUUAGUGUAUGGCAAAAAGUAUACAUAAAAUGAAUACUAUGUAUAUAUUUUGCAGUACAAUAAUAGGCGAUUUUCAGUGUAUGGCAAAAAAUAUACAUAAAAUUAAUAGUAUGUAUAUAUUUUGCAGUACAAUAAUAGGCGAUUUUCAGUGUAUGGCAAAAAAUAUACAUAAAAUUAAUAGUAUGUAUAUAUUUUGCAGUACAAUAAUAGGUGAUUUUCAUACCAUUUGGUUUACAUAGCAAGUAUUAUGUACAUAUUUUGCAGUACACCGACUGGCUCAUUUUCCCAUCCUCUUUUAUUCAUCGUUUUCCUGAAUAUUUUUCACUGACAAUAUUCGGCCGUACUGAACUGACAAAUGAUUAAGUGUCAGAGGUCCUGAGCUAAAUUUCAGUUUUGGAAAAAAUGGAUCGACUGAACCAAUUUUUUUCCCAAUGUAUAAUUAAUAUUGAGUGGAUAAAAAAAUGGUACUUAACACAGGAAUACAUAGCAAGAGAUUGGACAAUCUAUAUAUAAGCACAUUUUUUCACCAUUGGACACUUUUAAAGUGCAUUUACCAUUUUAUGCAAUUUAUAUAUCCUAUACAACAAAACGGAGUAAACUAAGGAAGGAAGAGAGACAAUGGGAAGGGGUUCAAGGCCAUGGUGAGGCCCAUGCUUGGUGUUGUUACUGGUGGAGGCGCUUGCUUGUAGAGAGCAUCCCAAGGUGACCAAACGUUUUGAAAAUGGGAACAGGCAUCUUGCAGUUUAUAAGCAAUUUUCUCAAAGUUUCGUGUAGUUAGUAGCGAGGUGAGCAAUAUUGGAGAUGGUGGCACAGUUGUGGUCUUACCAUGCUUGGCGAUAAUCGUCUUUCCAGCAGCAAAGACAAGCAGAAUUAAGUGCUUGCUGGGUCAUUAGAUAGAUGGUGAAAGCAUGUCUACGAGGAGUACGUGGGAGUGUCUGGUUAAAGACCUGUGAGACCAAGUACGAAAAAAAAUGUCCAGAGGGGUUUUAUGAUGGGACAGCUCCAAAAUAUGUAGGAUGGUGCUCUUUGGGACUUUCAUCUUCAACAGAUUUUAGAUGUAUCAGGAAAAAUCCAUCCCAAUCGGGUUGGGAUCUUCCUACUGGUCUCCAAGUGGAAAGCACAAAUACCCAUGUUUGAGACUGCUCUCAUUCAGCAUUUUCGUGGAAUAGUUGUCUGGAGGUCAUUACCUCAUUGUGCUAUGUAACAUCAUGAGUCAGAAUUUAGUUAGCAUAAAAUUGUUGAUUAACAAAGAGAGAGGGGGGCGAUUGAAACAAUUUCUUCUGCUGUACACAAAUCUUGUGCACAGUAUACUUCUACAGAAAAUGUUGUAGCCCUUGUAAAUAAUACAUAUUUCAGACAAUCAGAGCGGAACAUUUGAACUCAAAUUUACAUUUUUGUCAUGAACAUUUUAGGACUGUGCUCUUCCUCUUGCGGUGAAGACAGAAAAUGUCAAGGCAGAGCUUCGGUUGUGCAACAAGCUGACAGACUUAUUGAUCAACAUGAAACAUUAUGAGGAAUGUCUGGAACAUGCAAAAAUAUCUCUGGCACUUAGUGUGCUUUUCGGUAAAGUUCAUUCUCCCUGUUUCCUUAAUAUAAUAAACAUACAUUAAGUAAUGUAAUCUAAAGACAUGGAUGCUGUAGGAAACAAGCUAUGCAUUCUUAAACAUGUUAACAACAUGUCACAUGUCAAAAAUGUAAACUUCUUUAAUAAAACAUUAUGAAUAACGCUGUGACAAAAAUAACGUAUUAGAAGAAAACAAGAAUGCUCAAGUUAUACGAAAGAGUGAUUAAAAUAUUAAUACAAUACAAAUACAUACUAUUGAUGUUUCUAAUAACACAGGUUACUUACCUCAAAUUUUAAAUUAUUAUUUGGAAUAAUGUCAAUUCUGUGCAACUUUCAUUUCACAGAAUGUCAGUCAUUAGCUGAGAGUAGUCAGCUGAUGCUCACAGCCAAUGAAUAGGGAUGGUCACGGCUGCCAGCUUUUGUGGCUCCCAUUGCUAAAUGGUUUGCCCCAUUAACAGGUAAUUGGGAACUGGGUACUCCUGUCAUCUUCAGCAGUACAGCAGGCUGUAGUGGUUAUGUUAAUUGGAGUAACCCUUUAAGGCUCAGUGGUGGAUUGGAUCUUGUGGUAAAUCUUUGUGGUCAUGCACUCAUUUUUACUCUGUGAGAUAUUCCAUAGCCUAUAGUCUAGUGGGGUUUGAUUUGUUUCAGUUUUCCUUACAACUACAAAUGAUCUGCGGUCUGCAAUGUAAUGUGCCACAGAACUCACCAAAGUGUUAAUAUCUCUUUAAAAAUGUGCCACACGUUUGAAUUUAGUGCAUCUAAUGGUUUGAUUGUAUCAUUAAUCAAUUUACUCUCAUUAGGAUUUGAACUCUACUGACUCUUCUCUGCUUUGUAUGUUGAGGGACAGGCUCCAAAUACAUAUUUUACAUUCUGUCAGGAAUAACGUUAUUCCCAACACACAAAACUUAAGAAACAAAUGAAAAAGCAAAGACAACCCUAAAACGUAUUACUGGACCUUAGAAUGGCCGGAUUUAACACUAUGUAUAAAGAAUAGUACAGGACAGGCCAAGGUCAUGGAAACAGAGUACGAAAACGGUUAGACAAGCCAAAGAUCAAGAGAUACAGAAGUCAGAAUAGCCAGAUAACAAGCCAAGGUCAAAAUAAACAGGAAUAAAAAGAAUAAACACGGUCUCGGAUAACCAAACUGUAAAAUACGACAGGGCAAUGAGAACUGACCAGGUAAGGUUUAAAUAUACACAGAAGGGCUCUGAUUGGCCAAACUGUGUCGGAAUGUGCAUGCGUUAUGUCACACGAAUGUUCCCGAGCAUCACAAACCAGGAGAAUACAUGAUGGGACGGCUCCAAAAUAUGUAGAAUGGUGCAUAAGGUAUGCUUGCAGCAUCCGGCAUCUAAAAUACUAGCAGACUCUGCCUCUGCUUAGGUAAGUAAAGCCAUUGGUGGCAUUCCCACAACCUCGUGGGAACACGCCUCAAUGAAGUGUGCCUUCUGGGCAAGAGACCACUCUUGGGUCAGAUUGCGGCUUUGCGGGCGCUGUGACACAUACCUCUAGAAAUUGUAUUUCUCUCUUUUGUGUAUGAAUUUGUGUAAUGACGUACUUGGCAAAGAAACAGUCAUCCUGUACCUUUCAUAGUUUAUAGUUGUAACUAGCUUCAAAUUAAAGUUGGCAAUCAUCACUGUAUACUCUAGCUAUGUUUUCCCGAUUUCAAAACCAGUGUGCUGGAGUGGGGAGCUAAAACAAAAUAUUCUUAUGUCCAUUUUUAAAUCCAUAUUUAUAUACAGAGAGAGAUAGGCUUUGCACAUUUUCUAAACAUAUCAUUAACAGAUUCCUGCUUUUCUUUUUGUAAUUGUUUUUCAUUCUAGAGGAUCAGCUGAAUGAACGAGUGGCUUACCACCGAUUAGCUGUGAUAUACAGCCAUUUGGGUCAAUGUGAAUUGGCAGAACAUUUUUACUUGAAAGCUCUCUCACUCUGCUCAUCUCCACUGGAACUCGAAGAGGAAGGAGUAUACUACAUGAAAGUUUAUUUAAUCCUAGGGGACAUUAUUUUUUAUAAACUUAAGGUACUGUACAUAUAUCAGCUGAUUAUAUUACAUGACCGCAUUGUUCCAAGCUUUCUACUUACGUUAUUACAUUUGGACACUUGGAAUCCAGGCUAACGAUAAAGUUGCCCACUGGACUUAUCUCAAAAUGAUUCAACCCCUUCAUGGUAAGCAUCUUUAGUACUUCAUGGAGCACCCCUUUGCUGUUAUUAUUUGCUGCAUCAAGAUGCUUAGCCAGACACCAUCUUCUUGUAGCAUUCUGAGGAAUCUUAGUCCAUUGCUCAUUAGCAAUGGCCUCCAGUUCAGUAAUAUUCUUGGGUGCAAACUAAUGAAACUAAUGAAGCCAUUGAUUAGUUGGAUAAGGUAUGCUUGAGACAACAGCUGCUUUGCACAUUUAAGCUGUUGUGAGGGAUUCUAUUGAGAGGGUUGAAUCGUUUUGAAACUUAAGAAAUCAUUAUAAGUUGCAUUUAUAGUUGAAUUUGGAGAAACCAGUUGAGGCAUUUGUUGUGUUGAGCUAUUUCAAUUUAUUUUGUUUAAUUUGUUCAUUGCAAACAGCUGAAAGUCUGUGAGUUGUGACAAUAAACCUGAUUUUCCAUGGGGGCUGAAAAAAUUCGAUUACAACUGUAUCAGUGGCGGAUCCAGAGCCUGAUCUCGGGAGGGGCACUUGUAGAUUAUUUAAAGAAAUAAUCCAGACACAAUAACCACUACAGCUCAGUGUAGUAGUUAUGGUGUCAGUAGUGCCAGGACCCCCUCCCACAGUAAGUAGUCAAACCAUUUAAGAACAGUUUGACAACUUACCUGAGAUCUGCUGGGAAAUGGGGCUGUAGUAGGGCAUAGGAGCAGUGGUGUGUGUGAGUGGUGCAAUGUGUAAGGGGUGCAGUGUGUGUGUGAAGGUUGUAGUGUGUGAGUGAGGGCGGCAGUGUAUGUCAGGGAUGCAGUGUAUGUGUGGGACAGUAUGUGUGUGUAACAGUUGCAGUGUGUGUGUAUGGGGGGCAGUGUGUGUAUGUAUGUGUGGGGGCAGUUGUGUGUGGGGGCAGUGUGUGUGUAUGGGGAGCAGUGUGUGUAUGUGGGGGCAGUGCGUGUGUAUGAGGGGCAGUUUGUGUGUAUAGGGGCAGUUUGUGUGUAUAGGGCAGUUUGUGUGUAUGGGAGUUUGUGUGUAUUAUGUGGGCAGUUUGUGUGUAUAGGGGCAGUUAGAUGGGGUUUGUGUAGGUUGUGUGUGUAUGGGGGGGCAGUGUGUGUGUGGGGGCAGUUUGUGUGAAUGGGGGGCAGUUUGUGUGAAUGGGGGGCAGUUUGUGUGAAUGGGGGGGCAGUAUUGGGGGCAAUGUAUGUGUGUGGCUUUUUUUUUUAUAAUAUAUAUAUUUUUAAUUUAAUUUAAUUAAAAUAAAUAUCGUAUGUCCCCCCUCCCUUCUUACCUUUACUGGGGAGGAGGGGGGACAUAUUUCGUUCCCUGGUGGUCCGGUGGGGGAUUCAUUGGUGGUCCCAGUGGGGAGAGUGAACUCUAGCCCGCACUCCCGGGCUAGAGUUCACUCUCGCGAGAUUUGGAGCGUUGCCGUGGUAACCGCGGCAACGCUCCAAAUCUCGCGAGAGGAGGACCCGGAGGAGCUGCAGCCUUAGCUUCCGGGUCCUCUCUCUCCUCCCUCUCCCUCCCCCGCCGGCCGCCAGCACAGUGCCUGUGGACCGGGGAGGGAGAUUUCUGAUCUCCCCCCCGGUCCGCAGGCACAUUGCAGGGCUAGCACCUGCAUGUGCUAGCAGGGGAGGGAGAGGGAGACCGGCGGAUUUCUCGGGGGGGGCAAUUGCCCCAUUGCCCCCCCCCUGAAUCCGCCACUGAACACUAUAUAUAUCAAGGGUAGACAACAUUCGGCACGUGAGGUCUUGUGGGCUCUUUUUAUAAUGCUCUUUCAGCCAUAAUGCUGGCAAAGCAGCAGAGGUGAUGCAUUCCACAACAUCUGGAGUAACAAAGGUUGCCUACCCCUGUUCUAUAGUGACACAUUUUGUCACUAUAUGGUAUGGUUUUCCUUAUAAAUUAUUUUCCAAUAAUAAAAUCUUCCUAAACACUUUCUAUAUGUGCCUGGUCCAAAUUUCUUCAUGAUUAUUGAUAUGUUGGGAAUAGUUCAACCUGGUCUGGAGGCACUAAGGAUGGACAUACUAGCGAAUGUCCUCCACUUUGUGCAUAUUAAAUCUUGGGUUUCAGUCUCAAUAAGUUUGGCUUUAUUGAUAUAUAUAUUGAUAUGUAUAUAUCUCAUUUAUUUUAGGAUCCUUUUGAUGCCACCGGAUAUUAUAAUCUUGCACUUGCAGCAGCCGUGGAUUUGGGCAACAAAAAGACUCAGCUGAAACUUUACACCAGGCUUGCUGUUAUUUACCAUAACUACUUAAUCGAUAGAGAAAAAUCGCUUUACUUUUAUCAGAAAGCCAGGACUUUUGCUAUGGAGUUUAAUAUGAAGAGAAUUAAUCUGUCCCCAACGGAGUGUCCUCCAGCUCCAAUUUGGACAGGCUUUUAA